GCCGUGGUACUCCGCGUAGUACCGCCUGUGCAGUUCGCCGAGUCUCCGCCGCCGCGCGUAGUCGUCACCAUUCAGUGUAGCUGCUUGUCGCGAGUAGGUCGGUCGGUCCGUGUCUGCAGGUGGACGGGACCGCCAAAAAUCCGCGGUGAUAGCACGCGCGUUAUCGCGAUAAUAUUGUGGCACCGGGAGCCGGCCGCGGUGCGUGCAUAUCGAUAACACGAUUUUCUACAUUAAAAUAAUUUAACGGUACCGUACGGUGCAAUAUAAUAAUAUUGCGAGGUACCCGUUUUAUUUUAGUGGAAUCGUAUAGCGGUGUUAUUGAGCCGAUGGUGACCGAUACGACGCGACAAUAUUAUUAGGGGGACCACCAUGUGUGAACGGGAAAUUAGAAUGUACCGGGAUCAGCCGUCGCCGCGUCGUCUUACCGGACCGGCCCGUGGGACGUGACCUACCCGACGGCAGCGGCGGUCUGACUUGUCGUCCACGCGUUCCGGCCGCGUUACCCCUGUAUUACCUGCUGCAGAGACGACGAAGACGACCGCGGCGCUGGUGGUCCCUGUGCGCGGUGAGUAUGCGACCGUUCUUACGCGAACUGCCACUGAUAGAUCGGCGAAGUCGCCGGCGGUGAUACUGACGUUUCACCGCACAGCAUGGCUUCAGUUGCCGCUUGGCUGCCGUUUGCUCGGGCGGCAGCUAUCGGCUGGGUACCGAUCGCUACUCAACCGCUGCCACCGCCGCCGGUACCUAAAGACCGGCGGAAGAUCGACGACGAGAAACUACUGAUCAACGUCUCGGGACGCAGGUUCGAGACGUGGCGCAACACGGUGGAAAAGUACCCGGACACGUUGCUCGGGUCCAACGAACGCGAGUUCUUCUACGACGAAGACUGCAAGGAGUACUUCUUCGACCGGGACCCGGACAUAUUCCGGCACAUACUUAACUACUACCGGACCGGUAAGUUGCACUAUCCCAAGCACGAGUGCCUGACCAGCUAUGACGAGGAACUGGCGUUUUUCGGCAUACUGCCAGACGUCAUCGGCGACUGUUGCUACGAGGACUACCGGGACAGGAAGCGGGAAAACGCGGAACGGCUCAUGGACGACAAGCUGUCGGAGAACGGCGACCAAAACUUGCCACAGCUCACCAACAUCCGGCAGAAGAUGUGGCGGGCUUUCGGCAACCCGCACACUUCCACAGCUGCGCUCGUCUUCUAUUACGUCACCGGGUUCUUCAUCGCCGUGUCCGUCAUGGCCAACGUGGUGGAAACAGUGCCAUGCGGCCACCGGCCCGGCCGAUCCGGCACCCUGCCGUGCGGCGAACGCUACAAGAUCGUGUUCUUCUGCUUGGACACGGCCUGCGUCAUGAUAUUCACCACCGAGUAUCUGUUGCGGUUGUUCGCCGCCCCGGACCGGUGCAAGUUCAUGCGCAGCGUGAUGAGCAUCAUCGACGUGGUUGCAAUCUUGCCCUAUUAUAUCGGGCUGGGCAUUACCGACAACGACGACGUGUCCGGCGCGUUCGUCACGCUCCGUGUGUUCCGGGUGUUCCGGAUAUUCAAGUUUUCCCGGCACUCGCAGGGUCUCCGCAUACUCGGCUACACGCUCAAGUCGUGCGCUUCCGAACUGGGAUUCCUGGUGUUCUCGUUGGCAAUGGCCAUCAUCAUAUUCGCCACAGUCAUGUUUUACGCUGAAAAGAACGUGGACGGUACGAACUUUACGUCCAUUCCCGCCGCGUUUUGGUACACCAUCGUCACCAUGACAACGUUGGGGUGAGCAAUUCGAAUUCGUUUAAUUCAUAUUAUCUAAUGUUUUAAUAUAAUUGUUCACUGCAAGAAUGUCGUAUACUAUUUUACUGUGUUAUUGAAGUCAGCGAUAGCCGCUGCGUUACCAAAACUAUAAUUAUGACGCGUGCUCUAUGGAUGCCCGCGCGGUAAUGCGAAAAAACAGUCGAAUUUAAAAAAAAUCGGAUUAAAAUACGUGCAAUGUAUUAUAGCAAUAAUAUUAUGUGGUGUGUGCCUAGGCGCAAAUAGCCCAAAUAUUUCGAAGGGGUUUAACAUUCCAUAAUGUCGAUUACGCAUACUUGGUAUUUAUUUGGAAGGAACGGAAUUUGGUGGAACUAAGCUCCCUCCCCCCGAGCCCCUCUUCUAUUUGCGUCUAUGGUUGUGUGACCGUCAAAAACUAAUAAUAACCAACCGGCCCGAGUAUUAAAACGAAUUCAAAACAAUUGUAACGUGUCUGAAACGAGUACUGAUAUGAUGAUAUUUACUCGGACCUAAUAUGAACGUAACUAUAUGUAGUCAAAAUGCACGUUCGAAGUGCCAAAUUUAAAGCUGUCUUGACCUUUUUUUUUUUUUUUUAUACGAACCGAGUGUUGUUUUGUCAUUUGAUUUUUAAUAAUUAAACUGUAAUGUCAUUUAUAGCCGUUUGCACACUAAAUAAUUGUAUUUAUUCGACGAAAUAUUUUAACAAUAUAAUACCGUUUAAUUUAAUCUAAACAAAAAAAAAAAAAAUAAUAAAAUACUAAUUCACUUUUUAAAUAGUAGAAUUUCGUGCGAACGUUUAAAGGUAGCGGCCGUUAAGGUCGAAGUUCGCACCGUUUCAUUGAAAUCUCUUUACGGUACGUCACAGUGGCGCGACCAAGAGGAUGGACUCCGGAUGCGGAUCUCCUCCAUUCUCCCCGUUUGGACCGAAUGAAUAUAGAUUCGAAUAUUUUGGUUUCCCAAUUAAACAAUUUAGUUUCAACAUUUUAAAACACGUUAUCUUUAAAAACACAAAUUCGGAAAACAGAUUAAACGGAUUAGCUCUACUCAAUAGACAUAUCGAUGCGUUACGGUUAUGGUCAACGAAAUUGUAUACGUAUUAGUAUUGGAAAAACGGCGUUCAAAUUUUUUACUGUGGAUAUUGUAGAAUAUUGUGUGCAUCAUUUUAAAUACGUAAUGCCUAAGACGUAAUACGAGUGCUAAUCAAACAAGUAUCGACUCUAAUAAUAUUACUCGAAAACCGAGCGUUAUAAAGAGCAAAACGAUUGGUAACCCUGGCUUCUAUGACUUCUUCUGAGCAUAUCUAUUCUUGUAGAACUUCUAUAAAAAUCUUCGUUUUAAUUCAACGUUUUUUUUUUCGUUUUUCAUGUUUGGCGAUUUUGUAAUGAAUCCAAAAGAAAAGAAACUUGUUGCCACUCGGUGGCGCAUCUGUAGUUUUUUAAUUAAAUUGUUUUGGCAUAUGCCAUGAAAUGUUGUAUCCCUCUGAAAAUAAAAAAAAAAAAAUAAAAAAAAUGCACUGAAAUCUCUAAAACUCUCAAGUUGUUCUUCUUUUGGAUUUAUUACACAAUCGCCAAACCCGAAAAAUAUAUUUUACAAAAAUUUCGCUGAAAUCAAAUACCAAGAAGUUUAUAGAGAAUCUAUAAAAACAAAUGUGCUCAGAAAAAGUUAUAGAAUUAAGUGAUACUAUUGAUCCAAUCCUACAGCUCUUCAAUGCUCGGUUUCCGAAUAAUACUACCGACCUCGGUACUUUUUGAUCAGUCCUCGUACGUAAAUGUUAAAUAUCACAAAAAUAGCAUUUAAUGUUAUUCGUUUAAAGUUAUACAAAAUAUUGUAUUCAGCGGACAUUGCACAUGCGAGUUGCAGAUUUCGUCCUUAUACAACGACAUAGUAAAUUUGGCGUGCACAGUAUUGUGUUGUGUUAGUUCAAAUAUUAGAAUGAAUUGACCUGUAUUGUCAAACAUAAAGGUACGAACAUCAUCUGUGCCACGUUGCGCGUUAUUUUUUUGAUAUUUAAAUUUUUAUAAGAGAGAUAUACGAACGUGUGAAAUAUCACAACUUAAUAAUACUUAUAUCUCACUUGAAAAUUAAAAAAAAAAAAAUCGAAAAAAUAGCGCCGACGUUGCACGGAUAAUGUUCUUAUUUAAGUUUGAUAAUUUAGGUCAAUUCGCUCUAAUAUUAAAACUAACAGCAUAAAGUUGUCCCCACUGAACGCGAAUUUGCUAUGUCGUAUACAUUUGUAAGACGAAGACAGCACACGUGUGUACAACGUACUCUUAAUACAACAAGUAUUAAAUAUACAUAAUAUACUACAAUAUUAUAACUCCACUCAGAAUCGUUUUUCAUUAGUUCAAUCGUUAUGUACAGAUAUACAUUAAAUUCCCCUCUAUAUACUACCUUCCUAACUCCUCACUUACAUAAGUGGCCCACCCAUCUUGCGAAGUAUGACCGUCUUUUUUUUUUGUUUCUAUGUGAUACCUAGUUAUAGUAUUUAUGAUAGCAAAGCUGGAAUUAUAUUCUCUUAAAAUUCACAAAAAAGCAAUAAAAAAAAACCAAAACAUGUUAAAUAGCAAAAAUGAUAGAAGGAUUUAAAAGUCCCCUUCCCUUCAAUGGCUCUAAUUUAUUAAAUUACAUUUUUGUAGAGUUAGAAAAUUGUAUUUAAAAAGUUAAAGCUCUUAGAUGAGGGGCUUUUGAAUCUUUCUAUGCUUUUUAAGUGCCUUUUUUUACGUUUUUAAGUGGAUUUUUACAGAAUACAAAUCCAGUUUCUAAUCAUUAGUUAUCCAUAAUAUAUACAGUUAUAACAUUAGCAUUUUGUUGUACAAUAUAUUAGUUUUUUACUCCUUCCCCCUCCUUUCUUGAGAAAUUCAAGCUGCGCCAGUGGUGUAUCGUAUUAUGCAUUAUUGUAUAAUAUUGAAAACGCGUCCCGUUAGCGAAUGCGGUCUGUUAUUUCGAUUUUUUUAACGAAUUCACUAAAUAUUCGGGAAGGCUUUAAAAGGACGCCACACCCACAUCUGCUAUCUCAGUGUAACUAUCGAGUAACAUGUAAAAACAAUACUUACGCAGACUAAGUGAAACUAGCUUUCCUCAUCGAACCUUAUCGGGUUUUUGUGUUUUUCUAAAUAUGCAACUCGAUAUGAAAGUUACAAAAACAUUUUUUUUUUUUUUAAUUUUUAAACUCCGUUUAGCUAUCCGUCCAGAUAAAUAGAGUAUUUAAGAUUUUAUCAUGAGGAGGAGGGCUGGGGAUAUACAUUCGUGAACACUUCAUUAACUCGAAGUUGCUUCGAAAAUUUCGUACUUCCUUGUCCCUGUCGAGAAGUAGUGAAUUUUUUUUUUUAAAGUCGAUUAGGUCAACUGACUAUAUACAAAAAGAAAAAGAUUUUCUUUUUUCUCAUCAAACAGUACAUUUGGCAGACUCGAGUGAAUUUAGGGGGCAAGCUGACCCUUUAGACCCCCCUUAAUAGAUUUAUCACUGUACCCCCGUCUAAUUUUCAUAAAUAAAUAAUGACAAAAAUAAGGAUUUAAUUAUAGAUUGAUAUUAUUUAACAAUAUUCUAUAUCCUUGUAUAAUAUAUUAAACAUGCAUAAAAUAAAAAUAUAAAAUAUAAUUUUCUGUUCUUCAAACUUGAUCCAUCCAAUCGUAUUUAUUAUUAUUUUUUUAUAUUUCAAGGAACGUCAAUCUAUUCCGCACAUCCCCUCUUGUAAAUAAGCUACCGAUCCUGUAGAUUCACAAAACAUAAAAUAAAGUCUCAUUUACGUAAAUAAAUUUCGUAUAUCCGUUAGACACUCUUUACUUUACACGAUAAAAAUGGCAACUGUAAUUGGCUAGAACAUAACUUAGCCCGCUAAAAUUGUACAAUGCCUAUGUUAUAUACACGAAAAAUUAUUAUCGAAAUCCCAUAAAAUGAAUCGAUUAAAAUAUGAGCAGAGUUUCUUUUUAAUAUUUUUAGAUAAUUCUAGAAUCUCUGAGCAUAUAAUAAGGCUGCCUUUUUUUAAGAGAAACUUUAAAACCCCCAUAAUAUGCUCGUUCAAAACUUAUUACCAGUGAUUUAGAACUUUUAGCGCUUAAAAACGCCAAAAAAAUCACUUUAAAAGUAAAAAAAGGUAGAUGAGUUUUUAAAGUCCUCCCCUUAUUAACUAAUAUUUUUGUAAUGUUACAUAAUUUCCCUUAAUAGGCCACUAGAGAGGGACAUGUUAAAACCCUCCAAACAUUUUUAAUUUUUAAAAUAUUUUUUUCAGUACUUUUUUGACGUUUUUUUGUGGAUUUUAAAUGCUAAAAGUCCAAAGUCUUGCUUAAUACAGUACCAACUUAGGUCCGACGUCAAACGGCAGACGAUAAAUGUUAUUUUUAUUUUAAACGUCGACGAACGCAUACAUUUUUAAUAUCAAACCACUGCGGAUUUAUAAAUUUGAACGAUAUUAAUAGGUUCGACCGGAGGAAUAGAACGAGUGGGUCGUGUAUAGUAGUAUUCUGCACGCUUUAUCUAUUUUUAGAUUACUUAACAUCACCGGUCAUCUUGUCUGAACUUAAAAUUAUCAUAAUAAUAAUUAAUAAUCGCGGAUAGUGUUAUGAAAAAUCACAAUUUUCAGAGUAAAAUACUUUUCUAAAAUGCGUAGGCGUACUGUACGAAAUACAUUAUUGUAAACUCGAACAAUAUAAUUCUGAAAAAACUGUGUACCAAAUAUCAUUACCAAAUUAUACGAUGUAUUUGUGACUGCUCAAAGAAAAUAUAAUAACUAUUAUCGAUAUAUUUGACAUACACGUAUAUAUUCUACAGAACAGUGAUAACUUAAUUAAAGGGGAGAUAUGGAGGAAAGAUCUCUUCAGAGCCUUUGUAUAAAAAAAUACCUUAGGCAUAAUAUCGAAAUUUAAGUUCCUGAGGCCUAUACAAGUAUGAUAGUUUUUUAAAUAAUUAUUAAAUUUAAAUUUCACUGUUAAUAUUAUUAUAACAAUAAUCACUAGUAAAUUAUGAAAUUGAUAUAUCUGUGGAUAUGAUAAUCAUCCAAAUCCUUUAUUUUUGUUUUUAACGUCUCAAGUGUAAUAUACAUAUCUGUAGUUAAAAUUUUUAAAGUAAAAUGUAUUUUACGUGAUUUGUGAAAAGUCAUUAAAUAUCGUAAUUAAAGUUUAAAGAAAAGACUUGUUUUUCAAAACAAAUUUAAACCAUUAGAAAGAUUAAUUGAAUUUAAUUUAAAUUUAAAUACAGUGAACAUAUUUGUAGCUAAAAAAAUGGCGUUUUUUUUGUACUUUUUGUUCACCCUCAUCUCUGCUGUCAAGAGCGAAGUAGUAAUGUGAUUCCUAAUUACGCAACUGCUACAGAAUAUUUUGGAAUAGGUACUUAAUAAAAAAAAAAAAAAAAUGAAUAAUAAAACGUAAAACGUUUUUAAAUUAUAAAAAACUAAAUUUUGACACGGUUUAAAGUAAAAGUAUUCCGUAUAAUUUGUUCGUAUAAGUUACUACUAAAGUCUAAAUUCUGCAAUAACGCUGACGAAACAAGCUUUAAACCUGAGCUUGCAUUUUUUACCUAUAUUUUAUCCUGUGUAUAAGUCUAAAAUCAUUUUUUAAUAGUAAUUGAUGACAUUAAAUAUUUUAAGUAGCCAUUAUUCAAUACUCGAAAACCACGGAAAUUAUUACGAUCGCAAUUUCGUGAUUUUUAAUUUUUUCUUUUACCGAAAUUGAACUUUUAUUAUAGUAAAUUCGUCCGCUUUUUUUUCAAUUGGUAUGAAAAUUAUUUGGAAAAUCAAAAAUAACAACCUUCCUUAUUCACCAACUAGAACCGAAAUUCGAUAAAAAGGUCUCUUGGCAUUUUUUUAUGGGAGCAAUAAAAUAUUGAGCCCAAUUUUGUAUUUUUUUUUUAUUAGCGUUUUAAGUUCAAAUUUGUAUGGAAAUCGUAAAAAUCACAGCAUUUCAAAACAUAUUUAAUCGAACUUCGCUCAAAAUCGUUUUCCAUAAGCAACUAUUCAUCAUUAUGUUAACGAUAUAAACUAAAUUACACUAUAAAUACUGCUUACUCUAUUUCCCGCCCAACAGUACUAUCCAACCCAACGGUGGAAGGCCCAUCCCUUGUAUCAGAUUUGCAUAUUUAUUCCAUAGUCCUAGACAGGCUUUUGAGGCUUUUAGCAUUCUUCUAUACCAAGCUCUUUCAUCUAUGCCGAUCUAUUGCGUUUUCCAUAUCCGUUGAAUCGCUGACAUCUGAAAUAUCAUUCGCCGUACCCCCUCCAACUACUGCUACCACCGCCGGGGAUUUUCUCUAGGCCUUUUUUUCGGGUAUCUAUCCUCAUAAACAUUUCCUAUACAAUUUAAAAGGCCAAUUCGCUGGAUUCGUUUGACCCUCGGAGAAAUUCUGCGUGUAUUUCGUUUGUUGUGUACAAGUAAAACCAUCACAGAACGGCGUUUUUCGUCUCUUGUAUUAUAUACACCCCGUUUUGAUUUCGUACGCGAGCCCGUGUGUUUUCAGCGAAACUUUUCUUUCAAAGGUCAAUUAUAUAACGUGUAGGUAUACCAAUACAAAAAUCGAACGGUUUAAAUUUAAACUUUCAAGUUCGAUUAUAAAAUAAAAACAUGUGUACACACCUAUGAAUGUACUGCGCGAACUUCAAAAGAAUCUUAAAAAUAGUUUUGUUUCUUCUUCUUUUUAAUAUUUUACUAUCGUAAAUUUCUAUUACGUAAAACACUGCAGACACAUCGAUCACGCGUCGUCCGAAUACAUAUUAUGCAUAUCGAUUUUAAUACCCGAUAAAUCUGUUAAUAUAUUUUAUAACAAUCGUACGGACACUACUUUGGAAUCGGGCCAUUGGUAACAAUAAUAUUCCGCACAGCCAAAAAUUGCAGCGGCGCUACGUUAUAAGUAUUUCCUAUGCGUUUAUAUUACAAUACAAUAAUACGAUACUAUGAUACACGCGAUGUAUAUAAUAAAACAGAAAUUCUUUGUUUUAUUAUUUCUUCCAUUCUUCACUUCCCCCCUCCCCCUCUCGAUUUUUAUUACCACGGGCUAUAUACUCUUUUGAAUUGUAGGGUAUUUUUUUAAACUACAGAAAAAAAUGACGCGUACGUAAUUUCGUCAACAAUAGUAUACAUUAUAAAAUACCAUAACGGUAUCGAUACGUUAUUUAAUCCGUGAUACUCACAUUUGCGGUGCCCAUUUUUCAGUAUGACUUCCUGUUUUUAAAUUCAAUUUGGUUUUUUUUACUUUUUAAUUGGAAAAAAUAAAAAUUUUAACGUGUUAAAAAACAUGAAUAUAUACUAUACAGAUUGUUGUUCAAAACGAAACCUAUACUCGGGCCACUGUAGCAAUAUGAGGUGGAUUAGAUAAGUUUCCAAAAUAUUAAAUGAGUAUAAUAAUUAACUGUAGGUAUAUCUAUAAUUAUUUGAUUCCAAUCAUAAUUUUAGAGUACAUUUAAUUAUAAAUUUAAAAACAUAAGUUAUAAAAAUUGAUCAAUUUAUUUUUUGACUGGACACACUACGUAAUAUUAUACUCGGAUAAUAUGAUUCAGUAUCCUAUAUAGUACAUAGUAUACACACUACUGAGGGUAUUUCACGAAAUCGUUAGUUGCUUCUUCGCAUUAUUAACUUAAGAACAAAUUAACAAAUUCACAACUGUUAUGCAUAGUCUUUGUUUUAUCUAUGCGGUACGAUCCAUAUAAGGAAUCAAAUCUAUAGAUAAUCUUCAUCUUUGUUUCGGGAUAUAUCCAUUCGUUGAACCUACUGGAAUAUAGAUCUCUGAACUUGUACUGCGCUAAGUUAUGCAAAUAAUUUUUAAUGACAUAUUUUUCCGGGCCUCCUUCGGGGUAUCCUUCUUUUCGGUAACCGUCAUAAUAAUUUCUAUGCUUUUUUGUUUAAAAAUAAUAUGUUAAUUCAUACUGAGCUAAUAGUUUGUAAACGCAUUUUAGAUUUUGAAAAUGGGAGCUAAUAUUGUAUGAGUAGGACAGGCUUUAUAGUUUUGAAAACGUGUUUUUUCCCAAUAAUAAAAACAAUAAAAGUGUUCUGAAAUAUGCAGUUAAUGUUUACAUUUAAUGAUAUAGUACAAUAUACUGGUAUGUCGUUAAAUGUGAAAUCGGUUGUACUGUUUGUAGAUUAUUACGGUUAUUAUAGGACCGUCCAGGAGACUUAUAUCUAGAUAAUAACAUUUUAUUUGUUAUCUUAUCUAGAUGACGGAAUGUUCGAUACCUUUGUAAGGGUUAUCUAAGAGAAAAAAUAAUCAUCAAUUAAAUUGAUAAAACGUAUGGGUACAUAACUACCAAGAGAAAAUUUGAAAAAAUGUUCUCGUAGUGAAAAUUAUUUAAUAUUUAAUUGUAUACGUUUUACUUUUAGUUAAAAUGUUGAAGUUACUUUUAAGUGAUUUGAACACCAUUUGAAUUUACAGAAUUAUUUAAACCGUUUUAUCUUCUCUAUGAUAAUAUGUUCUUAAUAUUAAAAAGAAACUAUAAUCUUGUUUUUAUUAAGCUAAAUUCUACCCGAAAUAAUUUUAUCAUUUUGUUAUUUUAAUUUGUAUUUACGGAAAUCACCUUUCGUUUUUAAAAAGAUAUCGGUUCGGAAUUUUGAUUCAGAAAGCGUCUAUAAAGUUUUCGAUUGUAGCACGAUUUCUGGUAGAAAAUUUGUUUACACGCAAAAAAUAAGAAAAAACACGCACACACACACACACACACAUCGUAGUAAAAUCGACAGUGCGUUACUGAUUCCUAGAUUCGCCAAAAAUCUAAAAUAAUGAAAACUGUAUAUAAUUAUUAUUUUCGAUAUUUUCGAAAGAUAAAAUGAUCAAAAUCAUAACAUAAAGAUAAUAAUAUCGAUUUAUACCGUUUGAAAAAUAUACGCGGUACGACUCUAUUUGCGUGUCGUAAGAACGAAAUGACAAUCGUGUUAUGUUUUAGUGAUACAAUAAUCGAACGGCAAUAAUAUUAUGAUAAUUCUAUCGCUUCUCGCGCGGCUGUGGUCUUGUUUGCAUACAUAGUCCGUCUAAAGCAGUGGUUCUCAAGAUUUUUUUUAUUCUAUGCCCCCUUUAUAGAUUUUAAAAAAACCUCUGCCACUCCCCCGUAAAUUGAAAAAAAAAUGGAUGACGUUUUUGAGGGUAUGGAUAAGCUAUAUAUAAAUGUAUAAUGUAUUAUGUAUAAUAUUGUAUAAAUAAUAUCAAAUUAUUAUGAAGUAAUCAAUUAAUUUAUGUGGGUUGUAUAAGACGUAAGUGAAUGCGAAAUACAAAUAAUUUAACAAAUACAUUUUACUUAUAAAUGCGGUCCUGCUUGCGCCCCCCUAGCAAUGUGAUCACAACCCCUCUCCCAGGUUGGGAACCAUUGGUCUGAAGCGUCGGUCGCGUAUAAAAACCAUCGCGUGUUAUUGCAAAUUGCUCGCGUCGUAUGCGUUUUUAAACAACUAUUAUACGUCACAACGUCCCUAUGAAAAUUUACUAAUUUAAAACGGUCGUAUAAUGGCGUUUGCAUUACCCGUGGUGACUUUAAAUAAUUAGUAAAUCCCUGUAAAAUGCCACGCCGCUGCCGUACCUACCCACGCGGUUGUGGCGUAUUAUAAUAAUAUCGCCCAAAACUUAAUUUCAUUAUAAUAAUCGUUGCGCGGCCAAAAUUUCAGCCACUCAAAAUAUGUUAUUAAUCGCACUCGCCAGGGCCCCGGAUUACAGCCACAGUCCUAGGGGAGCUAUAUGUAUACUACGCUUGACGGGGAGGGUGAGUGGCCCUUUACUUUGUGCAAAAAAAUUUGUUUGUACUCAGUUUUAUUCAAUUUUAUUCGACGUAUUUAGUGUCGACUCGAGGGCCGCUUGUUAUAGGUGUACACGUAAAAUUAAACAUUCCGUGUCAAAAAAUACAUAAAUGUAUACAACUCGUGUGUAGGAAUUCGUAAAUUUACAAUUGUCUGUACACACGAAAAGACAAAUAUACGUGAAUUAUACGUGUCACGUGGAAUACGUGAAUAAUCAACAUAAAUAUCCGUGUGCGUAGAUAUCUGUGCAACCAUGUCACGGGUGCAAUAAAACACACGUUCUAUUAAGACCUCUUUGUAUAGUAUUAUUGACGACAGUCAUUAUAUUAUCAGUGGCGCACAAAGGGAUUUUGAGAGCACAUGCAGUAACUUUUAUAGUAUACCAACCCGCCUUGGACAAACGCUGAAAGUACACAUUUUACAAAUGUUUAGAUAAUAACAUGUUUCUGUUUAUUUUUUCUUAGCGGCCUUUUUUUGAUUUUUUCGGGUUUGGGUGCUGCUGUCUAUCAAUGGUUAAUCUACAAUAUUUUGCCACGGGCUUUACAAAGCUAAUCAAAUUCAUAUUCAAUGUUUUUAAGCUUAAUAGAGGAAAAUCGUACGCUUUCUCUAAUACGCCUAGGAUAUUGUACCUUGUACCGUCCUAGGAAAAUAACGCUUUGUCAUAAUCGUAUUGGGAAUCACGGUUAAGUUGAUAGUAAUGGUCUAGACGGGAGGUUCAAAUAAAGCUCUUCGGGAAAAUACACGAAAAUAAUUAUCGUUGUUGCAAGACUGUAGAUCUCCUUAAUCCAACUAUGGUUCUCCCCCCCCCUUAUUUAUGUUAUAUUUGUUUUUAAAACAAUCAAUAACCGAUUAAAUACAACAGUAUUAUCAAAUAAACAAUUUCUAAAAAAAAAAAAAAAAUAGUGAAUCAAUUUGAAAUGAAAAUGUGAUAGAGGUUUAAUGUAAAUAAAACUCCCGUAAGGCACAUCCUUAAUGUUAACGUCAUUCAUGCAUACAAUUUAAUUCCUUUUGGUUCUUGCUGCAUUUAGCGGGCAUGUUGGUUUGUUCAAUGCUUAAAACCACCCAAUUUUCGUACACAUUUUGUACGGCCAUUAUUUAUAAUUAUUAAACUCUCCUUGAACUUCGUAAUAAAAAACUAGGUAACUUUAAGAUUUAUUGAGAAAAAAAGUGGCUAAUGUUACAGACUAUAUACCGUCAAACAUUAUAGUUAAUGAAUGUAUGUUUAAUAAUUUAUGUGAACAUUGAUUUGUUUAUUUUUCUAUGUUUUCUUACAAUUAUAUUAUACAAACUGCUGCAGUAGUUAAGUAAUAUCUAUGUAAAUAUUUCACUAUUGAGGAAAAGAUGCAAAAUUAGUCUUUAUGCAUUAAGAGUUGGCAAUGGGCCCCUACACGAGUAUGCUCGGUAGGGUUCAUUAUUUACAGAUUAAUCAAAACUAAAAUAGCUAAAAUAACAUACUCCUCCUACAACAACAUGCUAAAAUUGAAAUUGAAAUUUAACCCGAUUUGUAUCAUCGCUUCAAUUCGCCUAUCCAAACGUCUCGAAACGGUUUUCACAUUCCGUACUAUAGAACCGAUGGUGUACUUUAUUUUGAACAAUUUUUCUAUAGAUUUCUGACGAAGCUUUGCUAAAAUGAUUGAAAUACCGACAGCAAAUUUAAUGACGGAUACGCCGGACAAAAUCGAUAUACCUAUAGCUGGACGUGGAGAACUGAAAUUUUCGAAUCGGGCGGACAAAUGAUUGAGACAUUGCGACAACAAUUAAUGGAAGUGUGAUUUUUAAAUUCAAAUCAUAUACGAGGGGGAGAACUCGAUUUUGAUUCUGAAUUUGUUUAUUUUGAUUACCUCAAACUCGUUUUCCUUUUCAAUAUGUUCACCAAGCUUCAUUGAAUAUUUGGAAAUCAUAAAAAUAAAUAUCAUAUUGUAUGCAUUUCAUGAGAAUGUUAAUUGAUAAUCAAUGCCACCAUUUAGUUGAGUACCAAUAAAAAUCUGGAAUAUACACGUCUGGAUCUGAACAGUACACAUCUGGAAUUCAGGUUUUUUUUGUAUAUCGAAAUCAGUACUGUACAAAUUUUGAAUUUCAUCGAAAUAUUUCCUGUGUAUUAUAGUUGACAUAACUAUUAUAAUUCGUACAUUAACAUCAUUUCAGAUUUGUGUUUUCCAGGUUUUUACGCGCGCCCCAUUUGGCAAUAUUAUUACCGACAGAGUUAUUCAUUUAACGAGAUUAAACGGGUUGACGGGUUUAUAAAUGUCAGUUUGUUUUUGGUUAUUUGCUUUUCUUGAGUCUUGUUUAUACAUAUACAAUUUUGUACCGACGCUCGUAGGGAACUCAUAUUAUAGCCGGUAACAUUUAUUUACGAAUCGAGACAAAAAAAAAAAAUACGACAAGAGUAUAGUAUUUUAAUAAAUUACGCGAUCAUUAAAUAUUUUAAAUCCGAACACGAUUUUAUACGUAAAUAAUGAAAUAUGUUUAAAAGCUGUACCAACGACUGUACAUGAAUAAUAAAUAAUUCGCAUUCAUGGGUAUAUAAAACGAGAUAAUACACGCGUGAAAUUACGAAACUUAUGUUUUAAAUUUGAUAUAUAAAUUAUGCCGUAUGUACGACGGACAAAAAAAUAAAAUAAUAUACAUAUAAUACCUUUUCGUAUUACAUUUUUCGACGAUCAAAGUUUGUGAAAAAAAUGAGCCGUAGUUUUUAAUUAAAUUAUUAUAUAACUGAAGGAAGGAAGGAAGGAAGGAAGGAAGGAAGGAAGAAAGGAACGUUAAUUUAAUUUAAUAUUUAAUGACUUUGAUAAUAUCAUAAUAAUAUAUAACGUGAUAUGGGUACGAGAUACUGAGGGCCACAAACAUUAGGUAGCCGUACGAAAAAAAAAAAAAAUAAAAAAAAAAAAAAAAAAAAACUGAUGAAAUAUUAUAAAGACGGGUGUUGAAUAUUAUAUUCGACUUGUUUUAUACACUGCUGUGCGUAUAGUGUUUAUUUUAUUACGACAGUCGGCACCGUAGGUACGUAUAACAUAAUAAGCAUUUUGCUCUCAUUUCGAAUUGGAAGCGACGGUGACGACGACGACGACGACGGCAAAACGCGUGUUUUUUAAUUUGUAAAACGAUCCCGAGUGGAUUAGAUAUAUCAUAAUACUAUGUUGUUUUAAUACGGGACGCCACCGUGUUUUACAGAGGAAAAAAAAUACUUAUUAAAUAAAAAUUAAUUAUACAAAUACGGGGGGGGGGGAGAAAUGGCUGAUACUGCUGCUGAUGAUGGGAUCCACUGUUUUAGGAGAAAAGCUGUGGGAGGUAGGGAUAUAAUUUAGAGUAAUUUUGAUUUAUGAUGUCUGUACGCUACGCAACGAAAAAAAAAAAGAUUCUGAACGGAUUACAAUAAUAUAGUCGUACUUUAGUUUUUGUUAUCGCGGGUUAUAACCCACGGUAAAACCGAUAAAAUUUUUACAAAAAAAUCGCCAGUUUUCCCCGUUUAUUUAAAUAACUUAAAGUAAAAUCAAAAACAAAACGACUUCCCCAACGUGCUGACAAAAUCAAAGUAAAAAUUUCGAGCAAGUUUUAUGCUGCGCUCAGAUUCUAAAGAAGAAAAAAGAUUAUUUUUUUUGAAAAUGAUUACGACGAUACCAUAAUUAUCAUUAAUAUUAAUGAUAAGGGCUCGGGACAUUUAAUACAUAAAAUCCACAAAGAAAAAUACUCAAAAACUUUGAAAAUAAAAAAUGUUUGUUGAGUUUAAAAAGUUCUCUAAAACUUAUAAAAUAACUUGUUUGUAGUGUUAGAAUAUUCAAUUUAAUAAUUUAGAGCUAUUACAGGAGGGAUCAUUAAAAUCCAUCUAUCAUAUUUGCUUUUUUUUUUUUUUUUUUUUAAAUAUGUUUAAGUGUUUGUUUGUGGAUUUUAAAUGCUAAAAGUCCCGAGUCCUGGUAACGAUUCGUAAUAAUUAAUAAAUAUCGUUAUGAAAUCUGCAGAUUAUAUAGUAUAAUAUAUGUUAGGGAUUUGGCGCAUUCGGAUAAUUAAUUUGUUAAAUCUACUUAACAAUAAUAAUUUUUUAUAAAAAAAAAAAACAAAAAAGUUGGUAAUAUUAACAAUUCCGGGUAUUUUUUAAUUAAAUUAAUCCAACGAAAAAAUUACAUAUUAAGAAAAAAAUGAUUAUUAUAUUUCGUUUGUAUAGUAUUAAUAAUAAUAACGAUUCGAUAAAUAAUAUAAUGAAUACAAAUUCAUCGUAAUUUAAACCGAGUGUAAUAUCACUUAUUUGGAUAAAAUAUAAAUUGUAUGUAUAAAAAAAAAAAAAAAAAAGUAUGGAUAUCAUAUUGAUUAUUAUUAAAUUUUUAGGAUUCCGUAAAUACCCGACAUUAUCGUUGUUUCUAUAUAUUGAACCACAAACCAAACAUUUUUUUCUAAGCAGCCCCGUUAUCGAAUCUUGUACUUCUUCAACGGUUUAAAACAUUUUUAUUUGUUUACAGAUAGUUCCUCUAAAUUAAAACGACGUACCCUUAAGGAAGCUCAGUAUUUAAUUAAUCUGGCGUUCUGGCUCAUAUAUAUUUUAUGAUACCAUAUCAAAUACAAUGUAUACUUUUGUACAUUUGUUUUGUUUUUUUUUUUUUGUUUUAUUUAUUCCAACAUUACACUAUUGCCUCACUGUGGGUGUAAAUUAUUAACAAAUAAAGUCGAAAUGCCAAAAAACCGAACCGUUAAAAUGUCUCCAUGUCCGUAUGUCAUUGCAAGCAUAGAACCCCGCGAACGGUUGAUGCAAUUCUAUACAGCAAUAAAGUGUCGUAUGUGUACCGCCUGAUAAGAUUGUUUAGUCAAAAGAUUACAAAUCAAUUUAGGGAUUUAAACUGAUGAAUGGGUGAUGGACGAUUUAUAUUUAGCGUUAAAGUCGAUAAUAAUGUGCCCCCCUUCUAAUUUCCUAACUAAGUCAUUAAAAAUUCUGAAAAUCCUCAGUAGCUCUUCAUGAAAACUUUCAAUGAAAAUUAUCCUAAACGAAAUUUCGCGGUUGAAAGCGAAAUCGUAUUUUCAUACAUUUAGACUACUAUGCUAGAGUAAAAAAAAAACAAACUUCCAGUAGUACAAUAUUUCCAUUUUGAAUUCAUGAUUUGAUUUCGUAUAUAUAUUUUCUCUGUUUUGUAAAAAAAUGAUUUUUAAUUUUUUGAUACUUAAGUACAAGUUUAUUUUAAGAAAAUAAGGUAAACUGUAAAUUUCAACUAAAUUCAAAAUAAAACAAAUUUUUCUCACAAUAAUAAACAAGAAAUUAAAGAAUUCAAAUAUCGUCCUUAUCACGUAAAAGGUAAUUAAAUGUUUUGAAAAUUAAAAAAAAUGUAUUUUUUAAAAAUGUAUAUGCUAUUCAGUGUUGGUUUGGUUCAUAAAAGACAUGAAAUAAGGCAUUUAAAUGUUUGUUCAAUAAUUUUUUCACUAGGAAACUUUUUACAGGACGGGGAUGAGUUUUUAAAAAUAUAAAAUUGCACGAGCAAAAAUAAGUGAACUGUAUUCUAUAAUUCAACGACGCAAAACGUCAUACUUGUCCGUAAAAACGGUCGAAUCCCUUCUCCAUAAAUGGAUUGUGAACAGUGGAUUAGCGAUAUAAAUGUCGUAUCGUUAAGGCGGUCAUUAAAAGACAAUACUCAAUAUUGUCACAUUUUUCAAAAUAGGAUAAAAUCUUGAAAACCCCUUGAAAACCCUUUAACUAUAUUUAUAUAGAACGUAUUCUGUAUUAAACGGAAUACGUAUUAAGUAUGGAUAUAACAAAUACACCAUCAUACUACGGAACCCUAAAUUGAUGCGUGUACUGAUUGACACGCACUUGACCGGUUUUUUUUCCAACUACCGCGAAAUAAUCGUCAUGUUAACAAAACGCGCUGUACCUAUAUACGUUUCACGAGUAUUUGCACUUUAUAUCGGUUAUAUUUACGAUAUUUUUGAAAAGCGAGGGAGAGAAUUCGACAUUUUACUCUUUUUCCUAUAAAAGCACCUACCGUCCGUUUCGUUUUUCUGUUAUAUGUAUAUUUAUAUAAAUUUUUUUUUUUAAUAUUUCGUCAUUGCUCUUGGCGAGAAAUUCGGUUUUCUGGAGUACACUUGUGAUAAUAACAAUUAUUAUAAGAUAACGAUUGUAAUAAAUAAUUUAAUUAACUAUAUAGAAAACGUGUAUUAUUAAUGACUCGGCAGGAAUAUUAAUGAUAAUAAGUACGAGUAUCCAAAAAAGAACCGGGGAAGUUUAAAUCACUGUAGAUAAAACUGAAAUGGAGAAAACAAAAACUUUUUAAUUAUGUAUUGUAUAUAUUCUUUAUAUAGUUAUAAAAUGUGUCCCGAAACAUUUUCCAAAAGAAACGCGACAUUAAAAUUAAAUUAAAACUUUAUAAUAAAUCAUAAUUGAAUUAUUAUACAAAACGAUGUAAGUAUUCCAAUCAAAAUAAAAUAUUAAUACAAUAUAAUAUAAAUCUUGAACUUAUAAUAUACAGUUACCUCCUCACGUUGAACAAAAAAAUCAAUAUUAAACCUAACGAUUCAUUUUAUAUUUAUUACCUAUUAUAUGCGUGUAUUCAGUCUAAAUUAAUUACUUUUGGGUACAUCAUUGAUUUAAAAUAAAUACAAUUUUAUGUACUUACACAAUUAUAAUUUUCGAAAAGAAAAAUUGUAAACCUCCUUCGAGCAUAUUUUAAAUCAUAUAUUCUAUAUUAACAGUGAAAACCGAACCAGUAUCCGUUCGACGAUAUUCGAGAUAAGCGUAGGCUUAUAUAAUAUCGUUAUCGUAAUUAUAUUAUAAUAUAGCUACGUAUAUACGUGUACUGGAACAUCCUUUUAUACUAUACCAUAUUGAUUGAUUUUGUGUUUUGAAGGCUUUACUCUUGGAAGUCAAAACUAUUGCCUCAUCGCUCUCUACCACACGUUUGUUCCUAGUCAGCUUUAAUUUCUUUCAAUAAUUCACUGACGCUGUCCUUUCGUCUUCUUCGUGGUCUAUCCCUUGAUUUCUUUUCUCUCAUCAUAUUUGUCAAUGUUCUUUUAAACAUGCUUCUAUCAGCCCUCCAUACAUGGCCUGCCCAUUCUAUGCUUGUCCCUCUAAUUAAUUAAAUCACGUAUUUUCUGUUAUAUAGUUGGUAUAAUUGGGCGUUAGUAUUUAUAUCGAAUUUCUUUACCACGUUGUUGAACACGGAUCAAUAGAUUUUCAUAAGAACUUUCCUCUCAAAUACAUGUAGUUUUUUCUCAUCUCGUCUCGUAGUUACCCACGCGGUAUGUGGUACAUUUGUAUGUCAAUACAAAUCGCAUGUAGCUUAAUAAUUGUAAGCUUCUUAUUAUUACUGAUUGAUUAAUUAAUAUUAAUAUUGUAAAAUUCAUAAGUUAAAUUAUUACUUUUCGUGUAAAUAGUAUUGAGUAGUAACGGUUGUACGAUGUAGCUCGGAGAUACUAAUUUUUAUUUAAAAAUAUGACUUAUUCUUAAUUAUAACGAUCUUCUUUUCUUGUUUCAAUAUGUGCUACUUUAGAUCUGUAAUAUGGAUACGUUCGCGAUCCGUUCAAUCGCGCUAAAGAUGAGAUCAAUUCGGAUUCGGUUAUUCGUUCAACCGGUCAUCCUGGUAUUGAGAUAUUAUCAAGCGAUUCACAAUAGUUCGAAUUUGGAUUUCGGAUGAGGGAUCACAUAAUCCCUUUUAAUUAUCCAAUUGACUGAACUGCUUUGGUUUAGCGGCUAAGUGUAAAAUGAACCGAAAGGGUCGUUUGAGCCGAUCCGAAAGACCUGAUUUAUUCGACUGACCCGUUUUUCCUAUCCCCAGUCUGCAGGUCAAUCAUGCCUUCCUCCGAAGACCUUUAAGAAUCUUCCAAAUUGAAAUAUGAUAGCCUUUGCAGAAAUUCAUUUUAGCACCAUUCCAAUUCAUUAAGUACAAAAUAAUUCAUGUUUUGACAUAGUAGCGUAAUCAUUGAAGGUAUCGAGGUGUAUGAUCUUUAAAUGGAUGUUAUCUUGUUUACUGUUAAUUACUGUUAAUAUAAUUACAUCUAAGGUUUUCUUUAUUCUUUGAUUACUAUAAGAUUUCACAAAAUUCCGACCAAUGGCCAUAUUUUCAAUCGCAUUUUAAUAAUCAGUAAUAAUUACUAUCGGUAGAUAAUGCAUUAUUUUAAUUUUAAGGAGAUCGGAUACCAAUAUUUUAUUUCUUUAUUACACAUAUUAUCAGUAAAGCAAUUUAGAUAAAUUUUCAGUUCGGUCGAUUUUAUAAAGUGAUAUGAAUUUUGAAAAGAUAUAUUUGAAUUCAGCGUAAGAUCUAUAUAAUAUUAUGGGUCAGUCCAUUUAUUUCAAUUUAGUUUGUUUUUUUUAUAAAUUUUAAAAUCUUCAAAUCUUCAAAAUUUUGGAUAUUAGAAACUGAGAUUCAAAGAAACAGUUUGCCGAUCUCAUGUACACUUUACGCUAAAUUCAAAUCUGUUUUCAGGAUUUGUAUCGCUUCACUACGUCAAUCGGACUGAUAGUCGGAAAAUCGGUUUAUAUUGCUACGCUGCGUACCUAUGUUUUAGACAGACAAUGAGACAAAGAAACAAAAUAUUGAUAUCCAAUCGCUCUAACUAUAAAUUUUACGUCCGCUUGAUAAACUGUCUGUAGUCCUUAUUCUCUUUACAGUAACAUAUUAUAUAUAAAAUUUUGUUGAAACGAACUGAAACAAUAAACGCUUACAGAAAAUAUGAAUUUGUUUUAUCGAAAUUACCGUCUUUAUUAAAUUAUUCACUAUACCACUAUAAUAUAUAGGAUAUGGAAUAUGGAUACAUAAUUUAAUAUUAUAUAAAUGUUUGCUCGUAUUAUAUUAUUAAAUUUUACCUUUGAACUUCAAUUUACAUCAUAAAUACCUAUGCCUACUACCUAUAUAACUACUUUAUGCUCUUAAGUCUUCGAGCAAAGAUGUAAUAAUAAUUUGCGUGUAUUAUAAUCUAAAUGUUUCUAAAUAUUCAAGAAAUUAUACAUCGUUUUAUUGAAAAAUAUGCGUGUAAUUUAAUUUUGAAAUCAAAACUCAAAUAUAGUUUUAUAACUACCAUGUUUACUUAUAAGGCACUGAACUGAACAAGCUUUUUAAAAUUGUCAACGACAAACUAUUGUUAACAUCUACAAUUAACAAUAGUCUUAGUUCAAUUAGUUAUAACUUUUUCCAUUAUAGAUAUUAUUGUUUAAUAUGGGGUACAAGGCUCAUCCGAAUAAAGAAUAUCAUAUUUAAAAUUCAAAAUGAACUCAAUCCUAAAAUAUUACCCAAUUAUGGCUUUAUAAAAUGUACUACAAACCCAAACUGAAGAUAUGAUUAUUAUUGAGGAAACAAUUAUUUAAUAUUUCAUUAAAAUAUUUUAUACUCUUAGUCCAAUCACUAUAAAUUACAAACUGUUUGAUGGAAUAAUCGCAUUUAAUUUUGAAAAAAUAAGCACACAAGGUAUAAUCUGCAUAUAGGUUAUAAUAUUAUAUUGUAAGUCUUCAUCCGCUGUGUGGUUUAUAUUAUUAAAUUAAUUUCAGUCUACUCGAGCGUAUUUUUACAUCACAGUAUUGUGUACGAUGCGCUUUACACAUCUCAAAAAAAAAAAACUGAAGUAAUAGGAACUAUAAUAAUAUUAUACCCCAUGUAUAAUUACACGCGUCGUAAUUUUUAAAUUUAAUUAAAAAUUGUAUACAAACAUCAAAAUCAAAUAUGUGAUCGUAAUAUAAAGAACAUUUAAUUUUUUAAUUUUUUGACAGCUUACACAAAAUAUGAACACUGGAAUUAUUUAUCAAUUUUAUUAUUAUGAUAACUUAUUUAGUUUUAAACAAUAAUAAUUAGUUAGUAAUUUUACAUUUUUACUAAAAAUGAUUACCUAUAUAAUUGUUAUUUAAUGGUUAUUAAUAGGAAAAGGAUAUAUAUGUGCAUUUUAAAUUCAUCAAAAAGAGCUUAGAACCAUAAAAAAAAGCUAUAGAAAAGCACCAAAUGAAUAUUAUAAAAAGCAAAAACAAUAGCGGGUUUAAAAGUUCCCCCUCUAAUGAUUCUAACUUGUAAAAUACCUAAUAUUUUUUAAAAUAAAUAAUACUUUGUGCUAAUUGUAUUUUAUUAGCUAGAAACGUUCGAGUUAAACAUUCUACCAUUUUCGCUUUUUUAAAUAUUUUAAAGUGAUUUUUCAGCGUUUCUUUGACGUUUUUAAGCGCUUGUUUUGUGGUUUUUCAUGAGCAUAAAUCCGAAUAUUAGUUUAUAUAAUAAUAUACACUUAUUUUAAUAAAUUGCACCUUUAGAGAAAGACCUCUAAUGUAUGCAGUUUUUUAUUUUGAAGAAAACAAAUUUUGAAAAAAAUAUUUAUCUCGAUUUCAGUUUUUAAGUUUUACCAUUGCAACUUCUCGUUAUUUUUCGUCGUUUUAUGUACUUUAAAAUUACGCGCAAUAUAAUAUUAGGAUAUCUUCUAUUUCUGAGAAUUUACAGUAAUGAUAGUUUUUAGUUUUAGAUUCUAGUGGAACACUGCCAUAUUUUAUUGAUUUGGGGCAUUAUACUUACACAAAAAAUGGUAGCAAUAAUUUAAGUUAUAGUGGUUAAAAUAAAAACAAUACAAAUUCGAAACAGCCACAAACCAAAAUAUAGCAGUGUUAAAUUUAGUCUUAGCACCAGUACUAAACAAAACCGUCAUCAACGGAAAUUAUAGCAGUUUUCAAUUUUCAGACUAUUAUUCAAAUAUGAUUUAUCAUACAGCAAUACAUCGAUAUUGAAUAAAGGACGUAGCGAAAUCGUGAAGAUUUUAUUAAAUUUAAAAAGACUACUCAGAGUCUUACAGUGCCGAUCGCAUUUAUAGUAAAGUAUAAUCCGCGUCCGAUUCGAAAACCAAAGAGUUGUCCGAGCAAAAACUUUAAACCACUAUCCUACCGAAAAAAAAAUGUGCUUGCAAAAAAAAAAAAAUAUAGUAACAAUACCAAUUGUAAAAAUUACGUUUCUCGCUUUGUUUAGGAUUUAACAUUUUUUUAAAUUUCUAAUAAAUUGUUAAAAAGAAAACUCGAUGUUUAAAAGAUUUUUAACACUUUUAGGUGUUUUAAACGCGUCAUUUCGAACAAAUCAGUUUUAGCAUAUCAUCCGCGGGCUGACAAUAAUAAUCAUACAAUAAUAUGUAUUGUUAUAAUAUUUGAUGUACGCAUGUUUCGUACAUGUACUCGUAACGAAAGACCCACUAAAUCUGAAUUAAACGUAUAAUUUAGAUCAUUGCAAUGUGGGUUCCCAUAUUAUAAAUAUUAUGUCGGAUUAAACUUUGGCGAUUAAUUAUACUUAAGCGUAUAGCUUAAUGUUUUUAAAUAAAAUAUGCGUAUUUAUUAUAUUAAAAUAAUACAACAAGGACGUUAUUAUUAUUAAUGUUCAAAUUACUGCAGCUAUAAACCGCAUUUAAUCUGAUUAUCCGAAUUUCAUUAUUCAUUUACGGAGUUAAUGCGGAAUAACACGCGCGUUAUAAAUAGGUACCUAUUAUAAUAAUUAUAAUUAUUAUUCGACGCUACGUAAAUUCAUUGUGAAAUAUUAUUAUUAUUUACGCAAUCGCAUUAAUAACAAUGAGAAUAAAUAAAUUAGAUAUUAUUUCAUUUAACACCUCGAGCAUCCUUAAAUUACAUUAAGAUUUAACGUACAUUAAUUAACAUUAAUUUUGUAUACCGAUUUCUUUAUUCAAUUUGCAACGUCUUCAUAAUUUGUCUAUAUUCAUUAAUAUAAUUUUUAAUCUAUAUUUCAACCUGUACUUAAACCGUAAAUCUCAAUUUUAUAUCGAAUUAUUAUUCGAAUUAAUACCUUAUAAAUAAAAUGUUCUUCAACGGUAUCGCCGACAUCGAAUUAACGAAAACAAUAUUAUUUUAACAUUACACCUAUUAAUUUUAGGUGAACAAAGAUGUUUAUUUUUUUAUGUUGUGUAUGAAAAUUCUACCAGAAAUCUUCAUUAUUUCUGAAUGAAAAUUUUCCUGUGAUGGUACUUUAGAGAGGUCAUUUUUUGAUUUUCUCAAGAGUUUUCUAAAUAAAUGGGGAAAAACGGGGAAAUAGAUACGAUUCUAAACAAAUUUUAUUAAAGAGAAUACAUAAUGUAUAUGUAAUUAUUUUGCCAUGUGACAUAUAUAUAUUGUUGACAAAGCAUCACUAUUAAGCGAACUUCACUUCGAAUCGUUUUUGGUUAUUAACGGUUAAUCGUUGCGUACAUUAAAUAUACAUUAAAUUUCCCCUCUAUACCUUCCCAACUUCUCACCUACAACAGUGACCCAUCCACGUACCAAGUAUGUCCGUCUUUUUUAAGUAUAAUAAUUUAAAUUUAAUUCUACCUAAUUCGAUUAUGAUAUAAUAUACCUUUGGUCUCGGUGCCGUGUAGGGAAUGUAUCGGCCUACCUAGUUUUAGAAUUUUUACCUACCCAAAAUUAUACAAAACGAAUAAAAUUGGCAUAAAUUUUAUUCAAAAUAAAAUUUAAUUUCCGAGAUUUGCUCGGUAGUUUUCAGAUUUAAUCCGGACUUGCUGACUAUUGAAUCUCGAGUGUAGGCACAAAACUAACUUCCAAGUUGAAUUAAUAGGUGUGAGAAAAAGAAUUGUAUAUGUAAUAUACAAUUCACCUUUUUAUUCAGAUGUUGUAUAAUACUAUGUAUGCUUUAUACGAUACCGACCAACUGUUUUCAAAUUUUCGUUUUGAACUUUAAAUACCUACGCUAAAGUUUUUUUCGUUUUGUUUCGGUUAAUACUUUUCGUGGGAGUUUUCGGCACCAAUUUGUAUCCUACCUAAACUAGGAAUGUAAAAAUAUACGUACAGUUAAGUCCUUUAUCACCACGGAUAAAAUCCAAGGAAUUUAAUAAACGUACUUUGUAUAAAGUUUGAAAACUGUAUACAAAAGUUUUUAAACUUAACAAUUCUACAGAGCUCCAAUCAUAAUCCCGUUUUUCUAUUCGUUAUGCGAUUAAACCGAUGUUUUCCAAUUUAAAAUAGUUAAUAAUGCAAUGGCCUAAAAUCUUUAAUAUUAUCUAAUUGCUGAAGUAUUCGGUUUUUUUUUUUUUGUUUAAGGAAUAUUUGCUUAUGAUCAUUUUUUCACGAGCUCUCUUGAAAUCCGAAAAAGAACCGAAAUACUUCAACAGACAAAGCGCCACUCUCUGAAUAUUAUUAUCUUUAUUUGAAACCGUGUAUUGGUUUUUACGUUGCUUUUGAAUUUAUUUUACCUACGCAAAUGGAACACCGUCCUAUACAUCAAAGCCAAAGAAAUACGCUGCGUAAAACGAAUGUCCUUCGUCAAAGCUUUGUAUUUUUUUAUUUUUUUUGAAUGAGCGAAGUGAGAAAUGUAUUAGUUUUACUUUUUUUGGUAUUUUUUUUCUGCCUGUAAAUCACUUUUCUCCAAGCUAUCUUGCUCCGAUCAUUAAUUUUAAGAGUAGUUUCUGAUAGCAAAAUUUUUCAAGUCCUUGCUUUUUAAAUUUUCUUUGGCUUUUCUUAAUCAAAUUUACUUUAAAAAUUGUAUUAUAAAGUAAUUUUUUUUUUAAAGAGGAAUACGGUUAUAACAUUUUUGAAGUAAUAUUAAUAUACUACUUCAAAAUACAUAUUACUAUAUAAUAUCUAUGUAGUUUAAACUAAUAAACUAUUAUUUUACUUCAGACUUUGUUAUUUUAUACUUGGCGCCUACAUAUUUAUUUCUGGUCAGUAGAAAAAACCACCUAGUAGCAAAUUUCAUUUAAGUCGUAGCAAAAUCAUCAUUCUUUUUUUUUUAUAAGUAGUGCACAAAGUGUCGGCAUCCUAGAUAGCAUCUUAGUUUCAAGAAGAACGUGACUUUUUUUUACAUUUCUCGAGGACGCAAGUGUAAUUAUUAUUUUGAGACUUUAAACAACAUCGAAGGAGAUUUCUAUAAUGUCUUAUCGGUCCAUUAUAGAGGUUGUAAUUCGAUUUCUAAUUUAAUUUUUCCAAUAAUGGGAAAAAUCCAAAAAAAAAUAUGAAAACCGAGAAUAUUAAUAUCAGUUUUCUGUUAGAUUUGGUCAGAAUUCUGAAAAAAUCGCGCGUAACAAAAUCUUGAGAAUUUUGAUAGUAGUUUAAUAGUAAUUUGGACUUAGUUCCGGUUCAGUGCAAACUUACCUCCAGUAUAUUUAUUCUGGUCUUUACAAAAUUAGCUUGUAGGAAUAUCUCAAAAUUCUACAGCACAAUUUAAUUAUUUCGUUGAAAAAAUGGCUCUUUUUUUAAGUUCUAGCAAAAAGUGUCAAUUGUCGAAUAUUGGUUGUGUCGAACAUUUCGAUCAGAAAUCGUGUUCUAAAAUUCAACAAAAGAGGUUUUAUCUAUUUGAUGAAUUAUAAAGGUUUUACUAUGAUGUGUUUUUAAUUUUUAAAAUUGUAUGCCUGUGAAAAAUUUUUCUAUUAUAAAACUUGCUCUGAAGUAUCAAAUGUAGCAGUAUUUCUGAAAAGAUAUUUUAAUUUUGCGAAUUUUCUACGUGACUUUUAUUGGAUAGGUACUCUAGAUAACAUUGUUAGACUAAUCAAUAAUGCUUGAAAAUUUGACCAAAGGUUCAUUAUAAGUCGUACUUAUUGGUAAAAAAAAAAUUGAAUGUUCCUAGUGUAGUAUUUAUUAUUAUUUUUUUUUUAAAAGAAUUUAAAAAUUAAAUUCUGACGAAAUUCAUAAAUAUUAUAAUAUUAGCCUAUUAAAACAUAUUGUGUACCUGAACUUCGCUCCAAAUCGUUUUCCAUUAAUAACGGUUUAUCGUUGGCUACAGGUAUAAAUUAAAUAACUUUAAACAUCCCACUUUCAAAACUACCCACCUAUAAUUUUGGCUUACCCGUCUCUAGUGUCAGCUUUUUUUUUUACAUUUCUUUGUAAUUUUCUUAAAAAUAAGGGAAAACUAAAAUUUAGAAAACAGAAAUAUUACGGUUUCUGUUAUAAUUGAUUUUGUUUUAAUCCAAUAAAAAAAAACAUAAAUGUCUUAAGAACCUGAAAUUUCUACCGGGAAAACACUCAUAAUAGCACUUUAAACAAUUGAAAUAAUUUUCAAAACAGUAUAGCAUUUUUUAAGUUAAUUAUGACUAUCCGAAAUAUUCGAAUAUUCUGAGGGAACUUUUAUAUUUAUGUAUCAAUUUUGUUUACCUCUCAAAAAUGCUCACAUUAUAAUACGUAUAUGUGAUACAAAAUAUUAUGAUGACAAAGAUAAUUUAUUAUAAUUAUAGUUUUUUUUUUUUAUUCGUUUAAAGCGGUUAAAUUUAGGACAAAAUUCGUUUUAUUAUUAUUAUAAUAUAUUUUGUAGCUACAAACUGGAUACAAUUUUCAACAUAAAUUUAUGAAAUAUUUCAAAUCAUAUUUUAUUCAUAGUCGUUGUUAAAAUUUACUCGAUCGGUGAUGGGCCAUUUUUGAUUUUUUAGAAUUCUAAAAAACCGGGGACAUAGAAAAUUUGGAAUAUGCAGUAGCAAAAUUGAUCAAAACCUUUAGUACUAGUUAGGACCAAGUAUCGGUUAAACGUUCACCUAUGUCCGCCAUGUUUGUUUCUGGACUUUAAAAAAUAUCAGCCUAUAAUCUAAAAAUAGCAAAAUGUAUCAAAUCUGUAGAAAAAUCAAGAACCUUUUCUUAAUUUGUAGCAAAAAUUGCCGGUGUCUACUCACCGGAUUGUACAUUUUAAAAAAUAUCUUAACGGGACGCAUCUCGGAAUUUUUGUGUCUGACUUUUCGAUCAGAUAUAUUGAUCCUAUCAAAAAAAUAAAAGAAGGUUUUAGGUAGAAUAUGUUGUUUUCUUGAUGACUCUAAGAGGUCAUUUUUCGAAUUUAUUGAUACGUUUCUUAAUAAUAGAGGGAACCUAAACAUUAGAAAAACGGGAUUACUUACGAAACAACAGUUUCUGUUAAAAUCAAUUUUAUUCCUUUGUAAUUCUGUGAAAAAUAUUCUUAAAAAAAAAAUGAUAUUUUCACCGGAUAUUACUAGAUCUGAUACAUCUUUUUUUUUUUAUCAUAUUUUGGUUUAAAUUUAUAUUUCCAACAUGUAGAAUCUAAUGAAUCAAAAUCAAUUUUCAAAUUUUAAAUCAUAAUUCUUAAAGUUUUGUCCGGCUUUUAGCAUUUAGUUUACAUCAACUAAAUAAUUAAAUUGUCAACAAAUUGUUUACAUCGAGUUGUAAUAAUAUUAAUUAUGAUGAUUUCAGAGUUGAGAUUUUAAUGUAAUUUUUUUGCGGGUGAUUUAAAACGUGUAGCUCUAUAAGUGGAAAAUAUGUUUCGGGUGAUACCGAUUGUUUUAAUGUAGGUAAUUGUUAAAUUUAUGGCAUUUGUAUUUGACUGUUUAAGGCAAAAUUCAAGUACACUUUCAUGCAUUUAUUUUAUUUUUCGUCUUUUUGUAAUUGUACAAAAUAUUUGUUAAAUUUUUUUUCACAUUAUUCAAAUUUUUUUCGAGAGAAAGGAAACAUUUUAUCGUAUUUUUUAUGUGUUUUAUUACCCGUACACUCUUCGCCAUAAUAAUAAUGUUGGUAUACGAGUAAAAUUCUAAUAAUAAUCUUUUAUGAUAAAAGCACGAUGCAGGAUCGUGCGAUUGUAAAAGUAAUUGCGAUUAUUUGGCAAAAAUAUUCUACAAAUAUAUCAACCAGUACACCAAGGAAUAUAAUAUGUGUACGCAUGUUUAAGUCGAAAAAAAUUAUGAUAAGUUUACGUAACAGUUUUAUUAGGUUAGUCUAAACAAACUGUCAUAAUGUACGAUAUGAUGCGAUGGUGUGCGUAUAGGUACGCGACGACGAAUAAAUCAUUUUGAUAUUGAUAGAAUUAUUAAGCGCGCGACGCCAUAUCAUAAAUUAUCGCAUUCGCGCGGCGAUACAAUUCAGGCCCAACGUGUACAUUGUACAUCUGCGGUGUUCGCGAGUUUAAUUCACAGUAUUAAAUAGUGUACUAAUAAGUUAAAACAGCGGCAUGAUAAUAUUUUUUAGAAUGUUAAUAAUAUACAAUUGAUAACCUUUCGCGGUUUCGAUGUUCGACCGGUUUUCGUACGCUUAAUUGUUAACAUACGACAAAUGCAAAACAGCAAAAGCAUUCAAAAGUUCAGUAGCAGCAAUAUUAAUAACACGCUGUUCCCGCCGUGAUGAAUACGAUCCAUAUAGUCUGAAUGUAAAACCCAAAUGAUGUGUGCCGUUUUUCCUGCACGCCGGGGGACACGCUGCGCUACGUACUUAUUGCUGAAAUGACUACAAAAUUGAGGAUUCCGAAUUGUGUCAUUUUUCUCGCCGUGACCCGAUACAGUCAUAUAGCUGAUGUAAAAUCGUUUUAACAAUACGCAAAUCAUCGUCGAUAAAAUAUCGUAUUGAAUCGCUAGAGCCCUCGCGAUAGGAACCUAUGCAGUAUUGGUCACCGAUGUUGAGUCGUACCCCGAAAAUUGCACGAUUCAAUAGGCGUUGAUCGAAUUUUGAUCGAUAGAUGAUACAAACUAAAAUAAAAAAUAUUCAUGUCAACUCGUGUGACCAAAGUUAAAUAUUGAACAUUAUUAAAUCGCAAUAAAUUUGAAUAUAUUUUGAAAAAUAAUAAUCGUGAUUGUGUAAAAAUUAGCCAUUCGCGGUUGCAUUUUCUGUUUUUCUAACGGAUGAUUAUACAUUACAAUAAUAAUUUGUUCGCGUAAGAGUAACACGAACGGAACUGUCUUUAAAAACCGCUUUAUAGAAAAAACGCCUAGAAUACAAUGUGUAUGAGACCACCAUUUUUUAAGAAAAUAUCUUUGGCGUUUUACAAUAGUUCUCUGAAUAUUUUACUGAUUAUCGAAGGGACAAAAAAUCAACUUCAACAUUUAUUUUAUUUUUUUAUGAUUAACGUUUAAAAUAAUUCAUAAUUCAAAAUAUGGUCAUCUACAUUGUGUUUUAUCUCUAAAUUUUUCGUUUUUUUUUUUUUAUGUGGACACAUUUUCGCUAUAUAUAUUGCCCGUUAAAAAGACCGAGACGACAAAUUAUUCAACUGUGACGAAGAAUUUCGUGUUUUCGUACGUCAUGGUCUCUAAAACACAUAUACUUACUCUUUUUUUUUGAUUUGAAACCUAAAUGUACCGUGCAAUUUUCAUAUAAAUCGUACAUUCGUAUACAUAUUGUUAAAUUUAAUUAUAUCGAUUUAUCUCAAUUUGAUUAUAUACAUCUUGGACAGUUUUACUCAGGUUUUUUUUAUCGGAUGUGUACAUAACGUGAAAAAAUAAAAUUAUUUGAUGAAGGUUUUUUCUUUUACGAUUUCUAUUUAUAAAUACCUAGAUUAUAAAAAUACAAUUAAGAGAAGUUUAAAAAAAAAAUAAAAAAAUACCACUUAAUCCAGGUAAUACAAGGGCUGCGCGAUUAUUCUCAUUAAUCGAUUAAUAAUCGAUUAUAAAUAAACUAAAUAAAUUAUUAAUAACAAUAACAAAUCUAUAUCUAAGUUCUUUGUUCUGUGAAAAUAUUUUAAUUAUCAAACAAUUUUGUUUGUUUUUUAUGAAAUAAAAAAAUAAAAUUUAAUUUUGAACACUUUGGAUCACUCAUAGGCCGGGCCACCAGACAUUUGCCGGCAGGUCACACCGCCCUUGAAUAUCAGUGUUUUUUCAAAUUAUUUUUCACAAACUACAAAUUACAUGGCCAAUAGUCAACACUCAAACUCAAUACAAUCAAUCAGUUUUGAAGUUAAAUUUAGUCUUGUAUUUGUAUACACAGUUUUAAAAUAACAAACCUUACGUAUCAGUAACUAUAUUAGACAAAUAAAAAAAAACAAGUUGAUAUAGGUGCAAUCACCCUGGGUAAAUUGUUUUUAGAUGAAUUGUGUCUAUCAUUAUAAUCGAUCAUAAUUGAUUGUUUAAUUCAAGUGGAUUAUAAUCGAUAAAAUGUAAUAGGUGUCGAUUAUUUGAAAAAAAAAAAACAGCCCUAGAUAACCCAAGCAAUGUUGACGAUAAAAAUAUAUAGCCUAUAUGUUGAGUCCUGCGUUUAUAUUUGUAUUUAUGAUGCCUGGAUUUUGUCUAGCGAUUCGAAUAAAAUCUCAAUUAUAUAGGUGCAUGCGAAUUUAAGCUAAAAAAAAAAAGUUGUAAAAGUGAAAACUUAUUUUUUAUAUAAAAAUAAUAUGAUGUUUGUUCUUAAAAAAGAAUAAGUUUAAAAUAGUUUUGGCACUAUUAUUACAUUAAACUGUGGUAUUUAUUCAUAUUAUAUAUACAUAUAAAUAUGUGCAUGAGUAAUAUCUACAGAGACGAUUUUAGAUCCUGCUGCAGGGUCUAAAACGCGCGGGAAAACUAUUAGUUUCACAGCAUAUUAGAAAUAUACACUUUUUUGAAAUACGUUUUUAAUGUAAUCAUAUUGAGCAUUUUUAAAUUUUUAGAUCCGCUACGUUCCAAAUCUGAAAAUGCUAUUGAUUUUACUACGAUGCGAUCUUAUUUUUAGUUUUUUUUUUUUUUUUAGCUUCUGAUCGGAGCGAGGGGUCUUUUGUUUCAGCUUAACGGUUGAAAAAUUUAGCGUCAUGUAGCAGUUUUUUUUAUAAGCGUUUUAAUACCAAAUCUCGACGAAAAUUUAAAAAAAACAAUAUUUAAAACAUGUAUAACCAAAUUUCGCUCAGGAUCGUUUUUCACUAGCAAAGAUUUAUCGUUACGUACUGAUGUAAAUAAAAUAACAUUACCUCCCAAACUUCCUACGAUCAAUAUGCAGUGGUACAGCCGUCGGUCAACGGUAUCGACUAGUUUUGUUUUUAUAUAAUAGUGUGAGUAUUACCAUCGAUUAGAAAAUUAACGUGAUGUAAUUAUUUCAAUGAAAAUUAAAAAAAAAAAAAAAAACCAAUUAUAUUUUUGUUUUCAAUUCAUAAUCUAUUGAAAACAAAGGAUUUAACUCCAUUAAUCACCUCAAAAAAUUAACAAUAAAACCACCUGUAGUAUUUUGUAUUUACAAAUCAUAAUACUAUGUUGUUUUUAUUAUUAUUAUUGUUAUAUUUUUUUUUUUAUCAGUUUCACGUGUAUUGUGAAUACGUCAUGUUGUUUGUUUUUUUAACGAUUUCUACUAUAACGGGUACUUUUACACCCGUGUAUGAGAGCUUACAUUGCUCAUUCUAGGUGAAAGAUGGCCACGCGUAUGUAGAAACUUACCCAAUUCGCCUGCUAUAACAUUAGACUAUUUAUGUCCGUGUGGUUGGCAACGGCACUUUUUACAACAAGUAAAAAAGGGGUCAUGACUAUAAUACAAAUUCGCUAUAUUUUACUAUAGCAUUUUCGGAAUUUGCUACUAAUUGGUUUUUCCUAUAGACUGGAAAAAAAUCCAUGGCGAAGUUUACUCUAACCAAAAGACUCGAAAUUAGUGUCAAAAUAAAAUUAACAUACGAUUAUAGCUAUGGUAUUUUUAUAAUCAUUUAAUUUUAUUUAAAAAAAUUCCAAAUAAAAAUGUUUAGUUUUAAUUCAUUCGGCUGGUUAAGAUGGGCCAUCUUAGAUUUUUGUUAUAUUCUGGAAAAACAGAAAGGUAGAAAAUGUUUAAAAUGUCGUAUUAAAAUCUUACGAAAUUUUUGUUGCUAGUUUUGACUGAGAGACGUGCAACGUCAACUUAGAACCGGAUUGUAAAAAAAAAAAAACGAUUAAAAAAUUUGAAAAUGUCGUUGCAAUAUGUAUUAAAUCUGCAGAAAAAUCAUGAUUAUUUCUUUAAAUUGUAGCAAAAAAUGCCAGUAUCAUCUUGUCGAACAUAACUUUAUAAGAAGACAUUAUAUCGGGACGCAUCUCGGAAGUUUUCGUCCCUCACUUCUCAACCAGACAUCUUGGUCAUAUCAAAAACAUCAAGGGAGGUUUCUGGUAGAAAAUAAUCUUUGGUGCAUGCUUUAAAGAAAUCAUUUUUCGAAUUACUUUGUAUAUUUCUUAAUAAUGGAGAAAUACGAAAAAAAAAAAAGAAAAACGCUGGAAACCGAGAAUAUUCAUGAUAUAAAAUAUUUGUGGUUUAUUGUAAAAUAUAUUUUUUAAAUUAAUAUUAGCUAAUUAAAAUGUUGAUUGAGUUUCUUGUUUUUAUACAUCAACCUUUUAGCUUCUAAAAAAUGAACAAACAUUUUGUAAUACGUUUUUUUUUUAUCAUAAUUACUAUCAUAAACACUUCACAGUUUAACGUUGUCUUUGAUUUGUUUUUUUUUUUAAGCGUUUUAAGUCUAAAUUUUGAUGAAAUUCGUAAAAAUUACUGCAUAUCGCGUAUUUUGCUAUUAUUUUUAACCACAUUAUUCUCCGUUUAUUCGACUAAAACCUUUUUUUAGUUUCGUAAAAAUAUUUACAUAUUUAAUACUUAGCCCGUUAAUGGUUAUAUUCAAAUAUUUAUAUAGGUACCGAUUUAUUACAUACAAUCAAAAUAAAUAAAUAUUUUACUUCAAACCAUAACCUAAAAACUUGAAAAUAAAACCAUAUUAUAUUAAUCUCGUUUUUAUUUGCGUCAGCAUAGUUUUACUAUACUAUCGUGUGUAUAAAUGUGUGUGUGUGUUUUUUUUUAUAAUUUUAACUAUACAUUUAUUAAUGGGUUUUAUAAAAAGGAAAUUCGCAGUUCCGUUUUAACUGUAUAAUAUUCAGCGUUCAAACGAUUUUGAAUGAUCGAAGACUGAUGAUAUGAUAUUAUAGGUGUAAAAAAAAAAUAAUAAUAUAUAUAUAUUAUUAUUAUUAUUAUUUUUUUUUUUUUUUACGUAGGUAUACGCAAUAGUUUUUCCACCGCUUGCAAAAUUCUGUUCAAGCGAAAUCGGCUAUUAUAUAUUUUAGUAAUCGAUACUGAUUGCCUAUUCGCAAUAAUGAUUAAUGACCGUACGGAUUUUAAACAUCACUUUUAUUUCCGUGCAGUCUGAUCAAAUCAAAUAUUUUACCUACCUGUAACGUUUUUUCCAAACAUUGCUGCAGUAUUAGACUUUAGUUUUUCUUCGUUAUUUUCGUUCUUUUUCAAACAGCUUAUAGAUACUUCCACUGCAAAACGAACGUGUUUCCAUUUCUGUAAGUCUUGUGUCCAAGUUCAUGUUGCGGGCGUAUUUACAAGCCCGGAGUCAGGGUUAAGUCGAACGAGUAGACACACAUAUCUUAUAAGUGUUUUUUAUUCGAGUUGGAAUAUAUUCCAACACUUUUUAAUUAAUUUACAAGUCUGUCUGGCGUGAAGGUGCUUGCGGUUGAUAGUGCUCAGACUCGUCUGAAAAGGCGUUCUCGGCGACCGGCGUAUAUACCCAGAGCCCCCGACCUAAAGACGCUGAGCCCACGCUUUUCGGCGACAACAUGUCAUUGCUUAGUCGAGUGAUAACCCCCUCACGCCUGCCCCUCUGCAUCUGGGUCGUGCGAGAACGCGCCCAUAAAUAUAUCGCUGAAAUAGUUUGUCCGCGGCCGUCCGUAUUGCGCCGGAGCCAGAGAGUAGAUAGCUGCCCUGUCAAUUCGGUGCGCCCGAGAUUGGCGGCGGCGGCGGCUGAGGUGGAUUUAGACGACCAGUCCCCCGUCCGGAGAAUGUCCCCGGAUACCGAACAACUAUCGCCCGUUCAAUUCGGCCGCACGAAUAACGUUGUGGACCAUAAUUUUUUAAUACUCUAUUGCUGCGCUGCGUGCAACAAAUUAUAACAUGAUAAUAUUUAAAGGGAACACUCGAUACUAUUCAGCGGAGUAGCUCUUCGCUAAAACUGCCCGGUCCCUAGUUAUCAUGCUUAUGUCAAUCCGUCUUUGUUUUGUUUUUCCGACGUUCUUUUUUCCCGGGAGGUCUAGUUGUGUACAUCAUUUCGUUGUUGAUUUGGAUCUUAUUAUUAUACGUGACCAAGCCAACUCUGUCUCUCGCGUCGGAUUUCAGCUAUUAUAUUUGAUCUUUUUGAAUAAUUCCCGGACUUGUUUGAUCAUAUCAUGUAAGUUAGCUUCUCGUUGUUGUUUUUUUUUUUUUUUUUUUGUAAGUCCAUAGAUACUUCGGAAUUUCGUCUCCGUGACAGCUAAUUUAUUUUCAUUCUCUUGGGUUGCGGGCACGUUUCACUCGCAGGUUUACUUAUUAUUAUUACUGCUUUAUGUUAUCGACUUAUGUAAAUGCGUAAGCUUAUAAAAUAUUAUAAUACAUUUUUUUUUUUGUUUAAUAUCUAAGUAUUUAUAAGACGAUGAAUUAUUCUACACCACAUUAAAAUGAAAAAAAAAACACGUUUUUAACGAUUUUUAAUUAUAUAUAUAUAGGUAUCCUAAAAAAAAAUAAAAAAAAAAAACAAUAUGUACCUAGUCACUACAUAUUUGACAAACAAACAUUUUUUUCAUAAAAUAAUUAUUAAUAACUCUAAACUACAGCUAUAGUUUUUAGUUUUUAGCCUGUAUGUGUUUUAAUAUUUUCUCGAAGUUUAAUUUUCGUAAAAAACUCACGUAUUUCAAAAUGGAAUAUAAAAUAUAAUAUAACGAUAUUAUUACCGCGAACUAUACAAUUAAUAUUAUUAUUAUUAUUAUUAUUAUUAUAGUCUAUAGGUACUUUAUACAACUUUAGCCAACAAAAAAGAUCCAAUUUCCGUAUAAUUUCUAAAAGUUUUUAAUUUAUUCUCGUUAUAACAUGGCAUAAGAUUAUCCGACAGCCACAAGAGUUAUGGUCCCGUCUGAAAAACAUUCGAUAUCUGCUAAUAUCGACUCGCGCGGCGAACGAAACUUACGAACACGAGGAGCAAACCCCGAAAUAUUUAUAUUGUCAAACUUUUAGAACGCCAUAAUUAUUAUUUAUGAAUUUAUAUACAUAAUGACGUUAUUUGUUCAUUUUUUUUUUUCUAUUCAAUAUUUAAUGAUGAGUUAUAUUAUUGUCGUAAUAACAUUCAUAAAAUCAAUAUAACUAUCUAUACUUUGUUCGUAAUUAUUAAAUAAAAAAAAUCGGAGGUAUUUUCUAUAUUGAUAAGCUAUAGAUACUCUAUAGAACUCAGUGAUGAUUCCAAGAAAGACGAAGAGGAAGGUGAUAGGUAAAUCAUCCCUCCUCUUAGUCUGUGUUCUUGUGUAUACAUGCAGUAAAUCUAAUAAAUAGUGUAGGUACUUAUUUUUAUUCGUCCCAUGGGAGAUUUAUUACUAUAAUUUCUUUAGCGACGUCUUGUUAUGGCGGUGCCGCUAAAAUAAUUCUAUUCGCUUAUUCCCGGGUGAUAAUAAAAAAAAAAAGGCGAUAUGAGGACGAGUGAUUAGCUAUUUUUUUUUUUUAUUAAUAAAUAUAUUUCACUCUUAAAUAAAUUAUAAAAGAUAAUUUUAUUUUUAGGUUUUUUUAUAUUCAUAUCUACACUGUAUAGUUUCUGGUGAUUAUAGUACCACAUCAAAUUAAUUUUCAUGUCCCUGAAAAUGGGAGGGAGGAAGUGAGAUGUAUUUGUAAAAUAUAGAAAAUAUUUUUCUCCCCCUCCCUCUUGAGGUGUGUCAAGAAUCGACUUAGAUAGAAAUAAAACUAUAAUCAAUGAAUUGUUUUUUCGGCUUGAGUUAAAUCUAGAGAUGUGAGCUUCGUAAAUUUACCGGGUGAAUUUUACGGAUAAACAUAAAUUUACGUACAUUUUACCGUUUUUUUUUUUUUACUGUUCUUAUAUUCGAACGAUUUGGACGGUUUUACAAGCCUAAUAACAUUUAUUUUGCUACUUUUUAGUUUAUACAUAGACUGUAUUUAUUGAAAUUUUGAAAAUUGGCGGUAUAUCAUUAUGCCAUGUAUGAUUGGUGAAACAGAUUUGGCGUUGUUUAGUUCUAUUAAAAUUUGUGGUUGUAAUAUGUUCUUAAGUUUACUUAUAUUCAAAUUUGAAACUUUAUUACUGUUAUUAGUCUACAAACAGUAUUUUAUAUUUUAUUACCCAUUCAUUUUUAUUUGUUAUUUUUAUUCUUUUCGUUUUUUUUUUUUUUAAUCGAGAAUUAUUUUAUUAAACAACUGCACGCUGUUCAUUCUUUAUUUAUACUUUGUAUUUGUUUUACACUCGUGUGGAUAUAUAUAUUAUAUAUGUAUAAUUAUAUGGUUUCUUUUAUUUAUUAUAAAAAAUUACCCGAUUUACCGAUUACCGAAACGUACGUAAAUCUACUGAAAAUUUCUUUUUAUCUGUAUAUUCGACACAUCCAGUCGAAUUAUCAUGUACCUAUCGUAGUUUUAAAUUAUUAGAGUACUAUGCGUAUAUUGUUGCUCCCGAAGAUACGCGUAAGUGAAAUUUAAGAUUAAAAUAAUAUAAGCUUAUAAAAACACAAUAUUUGCAAUGGCUUCCGCCGCAGUCGUUUCGGGACAAAAUUUAAAUCCGUACAAAUCGAAUUUAUUUCUUCGGGCGUUGCAUUUUGACCUUAAUGCAGUAUAAUAUUCAAGUAGUUUAUACUCCAUGUUCGUAUAUAAUAUGGAUUUUUUUUUUUCCGUUUGUACAGUGUAUUUUCAUAUUUUUCAAGGAUACACCUUUUUUCUCUCUUUGGGGUAAGUUUUUUUUAUUACACAUCAGUACAUCACGCACUAGGGAAAUAUAGGAGGAAUCACUUAAUUAUUAUACCUGAAAAUAUGCCAAAGCUAUAUUUCAAUUUUUAUUUUACGUAUAUAUUAUCGGAGUUAUAUUUCAAUCGAUUUACAUUUCUAUUUUUUUUUUAUAUACACAUAUAUUUGAAAACACCAUCGAUAUCGUACAGUUUUUUUUAUUAGUUAAUGCUUUCACGAAUAAUUGCAUUAUACAUCCAUUGCGUUUAAAUUCAAACAAUUUCCACCUAGUAUAAUAUACUUAAUAAUAUUUACAGCAUUUAAAAAUUAAAAUUUAAGACGUGCGUAUCGUGCAAACAUUUAAACACGAAUUAACAACCACGACCGCAUAGACUUAUUUUGGAUAAAUUAAUUUUUUUAAAUAUUAAAAAAAAAAAAUAAAUGUAAACAACAAUAGCUGUUCCUUGUAUACUUUGUAAUAUAUGACUCAAAUCACAAUCACUUUAAAAACUAUAGUAUAGGCAAUUCGGUUUUCGCUAAACCCCGCGUGAUAGAUGUUUUUCAAGACGUUUACAUUUCAAUGGAUUUAUAUGCGGAAACUUCUAAAAGUUUAUUUGUUAGUUUCCUUAUCGCAUGUGUAUAUAUUACAGAGUUUGCCUCGAGUUUAAUGUGUUAUCAUGUUAAACUAUAAACUCGUGCAUGAGUAAAUUUAAUAUAUUCAAUGCACAUAUAUAUAUAUUAAGAUACUGUCUUAAUUAAGAUUUUAAUAUCUUAUUUAAAAUCGUUUACGUUCCUGCAUACGGUCAAGUUAAUUAAUUUUAAACCAAACUAAAAUGAAGGCUUGAGACCGCUUCCGGAAAUAUUGAUAAAUAUUUUUGAUAACCGGUAACCGCUUACCAUUAAUUUCUAAUACAGUGGUUCUCGGUAAUUAUACUUCUAUAUUUAUACCAACAAAUGCUGGUUAAAGACCGUUUUUUUUUUCUGGUUACUAGUUGGAACCACGAUAAAAAUUAAUUCAUUAAUUAAUAAGUUGUAGCACAGUGGUAUAUUUUUAGAGAGCUCCCGAGAGCUUUUUUUAAAAAAAAAAAAAAAAAAAAUAAAUAAAUAUAAAGACUAAUAAUAUUUUAAUUUUUAAGAAAUAUUUAACUAGAAAUCUUAUUCCGAUCACCAACAACAGGGGUGGUUUCCGACAAAAAAAUAUAGUCUAAUUUGUGUAUUAGACUAGUUGUUUUCAUUUUAUUUUUAUUUCCUUUUGAUUAUGGGAGAAAACCGUAAAAAGUCAGAAAAAGGCAGAUAUUUACAGAACAAUAAACUCUGUUUAUUUUGAUAAUAUUUUAUUAUUGUAAUUCAUUGAAAGCAUUCUUAGUUAUCUGAAAUUUUCUUCGUGAACUUAAAUUAGUACUUUUUAAGUAAGUUUUAAUUUCAAAAAUAUUCUGGUGUUAUUUAAAUAUCUAACCAUAUGUCAUAUAGCCCGAUAGCCGUAAAGCGAUAAGAAUUUGUCGAGUAUUUUUAACUGUAUGAACACAAUUUUUAAACUCUGAUGGCAUGUUAUUUGAUACAAGGUUUGUCAAAGGUUGAACUUUGUGAUAAAAAAAAAAAAAGUGAGUCAUCAAUUCGUUUAUAAACAUUUUAAACGUUCAAACAUGUAAUACAAUUUGUUUGAAACAAUUGUAAUUUUUUUUUUUUAUAUAGUUACAUUUUCAAUUUAAAUUUAUACACACUUUUUGAUAAAUUUUGCAAACUCCCCUGACUAUCAUUUGUCAAUGAUUUAUGGUAGCAUACAGUAAUAAAUUACAUAAAUUAAUCUAUACAUAAUUUUAUACCUUUCUAAAUUUGUAUCCAGAAUAGUGGCCUACAAUAGAUUUUUUUAAUGAUUGAAUGUAAAUAGUGCUGACUCGAAAUCGUAUAUAUAAUUUGUUUCAUUUGUUACAUUAUGCUAACAAUAUUUUAUUUAUUUUUUUUCAAUUCAGGGGUCAAAGGGAUCUAGAUAUAGUAAUAAGGUUACCAGUUAUUGGUUAAAAUCUUACUUAAUUAUGUCGUUUAUACCACUAAUUCCCACUUUCAGCUUUUCAAAAAUCGAUUUUCGAUUUUUGGUUCUCAUUUAAAUUGAUUUGUUGCCACUUGGCACAUUUGCAGUUUUUCAGAUACAAUUUUAUAGCAUGAGACAUGUGAAAUCUUGCAUUUCUGUGAUAUGCAACAAAAAUGCAGACAAAUCUUCUCAAACCCCAAGAAAGUUCGUCUAAUUGCUUCUUUUGGAUUCAUUACAAUAUUGCUAAACACAAAAAACCUAUAUUGCAAAAUUAUUGGUGAAAUCAAAAUGAAGUUUAUAGAAAAUCAAACCAAUCCUAGUGCUCUUCAAUGAUCAUUUUACGAAUAAUACUAUCAGUCUCGAUACAUUUUGAUUAGUCCUCUUACAUAUUUUGUUUGGACUAACGUCAAUUAUUAAGCAAUUAAUUUUCUAAAAUUAAAGUGUUGCCAAAUAUUUCAAAACGUUCCGCAAUACAUAUGCACGCGUAAUAAUCUCACUAAUAUAUAAUAUUGAGUAAUACAUCCAAAGAAUAAAUUAGUAUGUAUUAUUGUUUUAUAAAUAAGACCGAAAGUUUCAACUGAAAAUCGAAUUCGAUUUAUUUGUUAAAAAAAUAAUUAUAUACAUUUAUAAUAAUUUGUAUAAUAAUUACGCAGGUUUAAAAAAAAUUUAAAUAAGAACUGAUACUGGGAAUUGGUAUGUCAAUGUUUUUAGGAGGAAAGUUGGAAAGGUAAGACAUAUAAAUUUAUUUAAUUUACAUAUGUAAGUGACCAUUGCUAAUAAAAAAACGUUCCUGAGCGAAGUUUGUUUAUACAUGUUUUAAAAUACCAUAGUUUUUCCGUUAAAAAUGUAAAAGAUCAAUAAUUAACUUAAAAAUCGGCAGAAUAUUUUGAAAAUUUUACCGAAAAAAGGCUAAUAUAAGUACUUUAUGGUCAUUUUAGAUAUUGGCGAUUAUUUUUAACCGAAUUACAAGAAAAACAAUACAAUCUAAAACAAAAAUAAUGAAACCUAUAAUGCCGUUAACUUAAACGUAUUUCCUACGUUUUUUUCCAACUAUUAAGAAAACUACUAAUUUAAAAAAUCAAAAACCGACUUUUCAUACAUCAUCUAGACAAACAUUUAUUUUGCUAGAAAGGAUGCUAAUUUGGAGCAAGAUUUCCGGUAGAAAGGUUUUUUACAGGUAAAAAAUAAAAAAUCAAACACCUUUCAGUAAAGCCAAUACAUUUAAACUCAUAAACGGAAAAUAUAUUUAUUUUAUUAACAAAUAACGAGAUUUGUUCGCAAAUAUCUCAGAAUAGAGGUAUUCGUGUAGUUUUAUAAUAAAAUAUUAUAAAUCUUUGCAUAAAAAAAAAAGUCAGUAAAUACGCAUUCCAUCAGUGUUACCACAUUCGGUAUAUUCGGUGUAGAGCACGUAAGUUCUGUAUAUACCUACCUACUUAUUCUAGUUUGACGUUGAUUGAAUAGCACAAUACAAUAUUCUUUUAUAGUAUUGCGGAGUGCUGAGAAUUUUGAUUUCGAUUUCGAUUUAUUCGAGAGACGUACGUGCGCACACUGUAGUCAAAAUAAUCAAUCGACCACGUCAUCGGGAAAUUCGGUUUCUUCACAAAAACCCGAAACAAUCAUAUUAAAUUAGUGCGGGUGUGUAAAUAAGGUUAACUUAUUUAUCUAUGAGAAAUUGUUGCAGGAUUUAAUAAUAAUGCACGUACCAAUAUUAAGUAUAGGUUCACGCGGAUUGUGUGGUUCAUAAAUCUCCGAAAACUAAAAUCAAUUUUCGAAAACUUUGGGCAGAUUGAAUACAAAUCCGAUAAUACGUAUAAUAAGUUUAACUUCGUUGUAAUACAAUAAGAAAAUAUACGUUUUUCACUUUACGUUUCGAAUUGUCAUUACAUACAACAAUAACAAUAGCAACAAAAUCGUGCAGUAUUCGAAGUUUCAAUAUUAUUGUAACAUUAGGUAUGGAAAUAAAUUUAAGAACUUUAUCGCCAACGAAGAUGGCACAAACACUCCAAAAAAUUGUUUAUUUUGUAUUAAUGCGUAAUGACAAUUAGGUUUUGUGUUUUAACCAAUAACAAUUAAUCUAAGAUAUUUUUUUUGUACGAAUAACAGUGAAUAUUAGGUAGAUAAUACCUAAUGUUAAAUAGCACAAACAUUCCAGAUACGUGCGAUUUCGGUGUUUUUAUAUUAAACAAGAUUUUUAGAUCAAAUCGCGUUUAAACUUUAAUCUUUUGGUCCGGCUUUCGAUUCUAUUGUAUAUAUUCUUCCAAAAAAUUAAGGCAAUAUUUCCUACAGACAUAAGAAAAAAGUAGGUCGAUACACGAAGUCAAGUAAUUUUUCAAAACAGAAAUUGAAGUACUGGAAAAAUGUUAAUAUUAUUUCAGAUUAUUCGUCUAAAUGUAUGAAAAAACAAAUCGCUUUCUGUUGCUUUAAAGUUAAAAUUUAAAAAAAAUAAAUGGCCUAUAUUCUUUUUUUACAUCAAUAUUUCAAUUGGAAACUAUGUUAAUUAUUGAGUACACAUAAUCCAAGUACAAUGAUAAAUCAAAAACGAACGAACAAACGCUGGAAAGUAGAAAUUAUAAUAUCGCAAUGAUACAACGAAAAUUCAAUUAAAAUGUCUCUAAGCGUAGUUUUGGACGAACAACCACAACUUAAUACUAUUAAGACAUAUUUAUAGAAACAUUAAUCAAGGUUAUACACGCAAGAACGAAAGUUCUGUUUCCCCUUAAUUAUUCAUAUGAUAUAGCUCAACGUUUGAGAUUAACUAUUGUUCUUCACCGCGUAUUAUCGCAGUACACAAUACACUCAUUUCCACUUUUAACUAUUGCUGCGUUUGUUAUUGAGAUGCAGUUGAGACAGUCGAAACGUAGCAAUGGCCAAAGGUCUAAUUAGUAAACGUUUUACAUUUUCGUUGUGAUAAUUCAUUAAUUCAUGAAUGCGUGACUACGAAAAAGACAGGGAUGUCCCCCCAUGACCGUUUUUUUUUUUUUUGAUUUUGACACGUUUAUAGUGUAAGUACUGCGAAUUGUUUGAAUAUUCGAACGGUAUGUAUGUACAGAAAAUAAAAAACAAAAACGUUCUUUUGAUAAUCAUAAUUCGUGGUAUUCAUUGUCCGUGAUACAGAUAUUAUCCGAUGUUACUGCGAAGUACGGUGAAACGAUGACGUUAUGUUGACGGAGUUUGUGAACUUAAAAAAAAAAAGAAGAGAACUGAUAAAAGGAAUAUAUGAUAAUAUUAUUUUUUUUUUUUUUAAUUAACAAACAUUAUAGAACAUUUAUUUUAAGUUAGAAAUAAUACGAAUCGAUUAAUUUUCACAGCGUGAUGAUUUUUACCGAACAGUAUUUUCAGUAUCGCAGUUAUUCUAGCCCCUCCUUAAUCACGUCUCUGAUGGUUAUUGUUAUACUACGGAAAUCAAUCACGUUAUGCGUCCAGUAUUUAAGGGGUUGUUUACUAUGUUCAUUUUAGAAAAAAUGAAAAUUUACAUAUCCAAUUAAAAAUAUUCAAAUACAAUAUCAAAUUAAUUUACAAUAACUACAAGACGCAAGUUAUUACUUAUAGCAAAUAUUAUCAUUUAUCCUUAUACAAGAACAUUAAUUUUGUAAUUAUGAAAAUAUAUGUAUAUAUUUUUUACAUUUGAUAAGAGUAUAUUAUAUAUUAUUUAAUUUGUAGAAAAAAAACAUUUACAAUAAGCAUAUUCGAAUAGAGAAAACAAGGCGUGUGAGACGGAUAAAAUAAAUCAUCAAGCAGUGACACUUUUUGGAAAGGGUUGUUUUAUUUUUUAAAAUAUUAUUCAAAUUAUUUUAAUGUGUACACGUAUGCAUAUAAACACUAAUUAUAAUCACGUAUUUUUUUUUUUUUAUGGUUUAUUAGGGAAAAACAACAAAAUUUAAACGACGGAGAGGUUUUCCAGGGAUGAAGUUGGAAUUAGAGUUUUUAACGGGUAGAUUUUGAUGAGAAACGAGUCGUUUGCAAAAUUUCGUACACAAAUAUAAAAAGGCAUAAUAUUUAAAACAAUAUCAAAGUGGAUGUCCGAGAUGAUGCGUGAGCAUAGAAAAAAAUAUACGCGUAUGUUCCCGCUCAAAGCGAAUAAAAAUACUUUUCAACGUAAUUUCAGUCGUAAAAUACCUAUUAUACAAUUGACGAUAGAUGACAAUGUUGAUAUUUUCAAGGGGUCCGCGUUUUAUAUCAUACAAUAUAUUGUAUAUGUGAAUACCACGAACGGAAAAAUAAAUCUGUUAAAACGCGAUUAGACCCUUUAUAUAGGUGCCAUAUAUGUAGGUAUCAAUGUUUCUGAAUGAUAUUUCGGAUUUCCUUUUUCGAAUAUUGUCCUUUGUGAUAAUAAUAUUUUAUAACGCGUAAAUUUUAUACCUCUAAAAUCGUUCAAAGACGAUCUGGCGCUUGACGUUGUGCCGCGUAAAGGGCCUAACCAGGACCGGUCGACCUUUGCCUUAGGCCUCUAUAAUUAGUUUGAACCGUGGCCACCGAAAACCGUCGCCGCUGCUAUUUCCCGGCCUCGUGUACAGGGUGUAUCGCAAUAUCUGACGUGUCGGACAGUAGGUAUAGUCGAUCAAUUUCAACCCCAAGCAAUAUUUUACGGUUUUUAAUUUUAUUUUCCCCUGUCACGCCUCGCGCUACACAAUAAUAAUGCAUUAUAAUAUACGAUACAGUAUUUAGAACAAAUCAUUUAUUUAACGGUGAACCCAAAUAAAAAAAAAAAAAAACGGCGAAAUUUAAUUUUAUUGUUUUUAUUUUUAUUUUUAUUAUUAUUAUGAAAAAUGUCUGUAAUAAAAACUCUCAUUUGAGGGUUUGGCGUAAUCUAUAUUUUAUAUAUAUUUACGAUUUUUUUAUUUUUACAGUUAGUGCAAAUGUGAUUUUUUUUCCCUCGACCUGUUUAUUAAAUGGUAAAAUAAAAAUAAAUCACUGUAGUGAUCGAUUGCAGAUUUAUUGUGAUACCAACCGGACAGCAAUAAUCGUAUAAUUUGAUAAACAUUAAUCGAUUAAUACGAAAUUGAAAAACAAUAUUAAAAAAAUAUCGAUUUUCAAAAAAUUUAAAAUGACUUUAAAAGAGAAGAAUAUUAACUCUUGGGGAAAAAAAAAAAAAAAAAAUGUUUGAAGUUAAUGAUCAUACCACAAUAUAUAUAUUUUAAUUUUUUUAACAAUCUAUAAAAAGCAAUAUUUUAGACGAAGGCCAUUAUUAGAUUUGCUAAAUAUUGGGCAAUUUUCGAGAUAAAAAAAAUUAUGAAUAUCAAAGUUUUUUUGAAAAAAAAAGAGUAUUAAUAAGAGUAUUCGAAUCGAAUGUCAAAAAUAGAUUUUGUUAUUCAAAAAACGUAAUUUGUAUUGCAAGUGCGCACAUCUAAAAGGUUAGUAAACUAAAACUUUUUCUUAAGUGUGUAUUUCAGUACCCCUAUCAGCUCUCAAAAACGAAAUUCAAAUCCAAGGUUAUCCGGCCAAAAUAUUUAGUGUUAACUUUGAAACGUAAUCACGCUGUAUAAUAUUAUGUAUCUCAGAUAGUGCAAUAUCAAAUAUCCUUUUUUCGAAGAAAAUUCGACAAAAAUGAUCGUUUCCGGCACAUCAAUCAAUUCAGCGGGUUCUUGUAUAAACCUCAUUUUUUACAUAAAAUGACAUAAUGUGUAAGUUUCUACACGGGUAUAAAAGGCGGUGCCGAACUGAAAAGGUUUCGACCCACUAUUUUCGGCAAAAAACCGGCCCAUUUACCAAUAUUUAACUACCCAACAUAAAUUAAUAGAUUAUUACAUAUAUCUUAGCAUUUUAUUAGAAUUAAAGAAAUGUUUAAUUAGGAACUUUUGUACUUUUUAAUUAGAGGAAUUUGUAGAAACUGAGUUUAUUACAAAGAAAAUGUAAAAUACAUCAAUAUAUAUAAAAAAAGUAACACUUCGUAACAGGUCUGGAAAUUUAAGCGUAUAAUUAUAUUGUAUUUAUAUGAAGAUAAUAAUUUAGAUUAGACUUACUAGAUGAGUUUUUAAUUUUUUACGAAAUAGCUUUGAACUACAAAUAAUUCAAUAUUUCUUUUUCCGCAUAAAUUACAGGAAAACUUUUAAUUCUUUUGAUAAUGAUAAAGCUCGUAGACGGUUUUUUAAUAAUUUUAAAUUUACUAAACACGCGUUCAUAAUUACUUGAGUUGUGGAUAAUGUUAGUACAUAAUAUUACAUGGCUGGAAAUAGAAUAUAUAAGCGUAUAUAAGUUUAGCGAAUACAGACAAUUAAAAACAUAAAUCAAGCUUUUUUCUUGAGCUCGUAAAACUUUUAGACCAUAUUAUUACUAUUCAGAUUCUAAAAAGUAAAAAAAAUACAAUAAUUUGAUAUUUCGGUUUAAACGUAUAGUUGAUAAACAAUUAUAACUUUGUAUUUUUGUUUAGUUACCUGUAAAAUAGAAUAUAUAAGCAUAUAUAAGUUUAGCGAAUGCAGAAAAUUAAAAACAUAAAUCAAGCUAUGUUGUUGAGCUCGUAAAACUUUUAGACCAUAUUAUUAUUAUUCAGAUUCUAAAAAGUAAAAAAAAUACAAUAAUUUGAUAUUUCGGUUUAAAUGUAUAGUUGAUAAACAGUAGUAUGAACUAUACUACUAUAAACAAUUAUAACUUUGUAUUUUUCUUUAGUUACCUGUAAUAGUUAUUACAGUCAAUAGGUAUUCUACUCUAAAGAGAAAAUCUUUAUAAUUCAUAACUGUUACAACUUAUAUUUGUCAUAAAUAUUAGUAGUUUUUAAUAUCGAGGUUUUUUAAAUGUUAUCAUAUAAAUUCCAGCAAAGUGUUCAAGUUUGUCAAUUAAUUUUGAAUGAUAACUGAUGAUUGUGAGUGUGGCGAAGAAUGUGUUUUUUUGCAAUAAUGUUUAUUUUUAAAAGUAAAUUAUGUCAAGAUAAUACUUUAGAGAAAACAUUUUUUGAUUUUCCAAGCAGUUUUCAUAAUAUUUACCUGGGAAGCCUCGGGAAAAAACGUAUGAAAAACGGGAAAAUGUACGAAUAUAAUGUUUUUAUUAUUUUCAAUUUUGUUUUUAUUUUAAAUCAGUUAAACAUAUUUUUAAAGAUUUUAAAUAUGAUCAAAAACCUUCCAUUUUUUUUUUCUAGACAUGGUAAAAUUUUCAAACAGUUCAAGCCAUUUUUAGCUAUUUAUAGUCAUUUUAAUUUUGUGAGUUUUUUUAUGUAUUUUUAUUUGGUAGGUAAUAUCUACUGUUAGAAUAAACAGAAAUGCAUGGAAAUUCACAGGAGGUUCAUUAAAAAUCGUACUUUGUGGUAAAAAAAUACUUAAGCUUAUUUUAGUAGGUAUUUUUUUUUUUAUAAAGGCAUUUUAAUAUUAAAUUUUGAAGAAAAUCGUUUAAGUAAAAAAACAUGUAGAACAAAUCUAGUUACUAGUCGAUGCAAAUUUUUCAAUUUUGUUUUUUUGUUUAAUGUUUUCAACAUAUGUAUAUUGCCAAUUUAAAAACGAUGGUGAAGUAUGAAUUGAGCUGACUGACUUAGAUUCGAAAUAAUAGCUUUUUGAAGUUCUAAUAUUAUGCGGAUAUUAUAUGUGUUAUAUUAAAUAAAAUAAUAGUGUCAACUUUAUUAGUGGUGGUACGCACCUGUUGUCAUCCCAGAGAUCGUAAGUUCAAAUUAGUGUUCCGAAAAUUUUUUUUUGCAAAACUACGUCUGAUAAAAAAACAGAAAUGGAACACAUUAUGUGUUUACUGUGUAACUCAUUAUGUUCAAUACAUAUUUAUUUUACUAUAAUAUGGCGUAUAUAUUGUUGAAAAAGCAAUACUGUUAACCGAGCUCUGCUCAGAAUCGUUUUCCAUUAGCAAUAAUUAAUCAUUGCUUACAGAUAUUCAUUAAAUUUCCCUCUAUAUCCUAUUUUCUCAACUUCUCAUCUACCCAUUGUGCGAUUUAGGAAUAAAUUUGUUUCUUAAAUCAUUAUAAUAUUUUGGAUAUAAAUAUUGCACAUCUGCAAAAACACUUAUUGUUGGUGAACCUUUAAGUAGGGCAAUUAGUCGACGAUACAUACGAAAAAGUUCUACUCUAAAUGUAUGUUUUGGCUUUGUUGGUGACUCAUCGCCAACAACACCAUCAAACUCACAUUUUUUGAGUCCUAUUUGGUUUUCAGGUAAACAAUUCACAAGGCUGUUCGAGGUUUUAUUCUGAAAAAUUGUAAAACCUCCUAAAUAGUCAAACAAUUAAUACAAUUAAUACAAUUUAUUUACAAUAAUAAGAAAAAUAAUACAAGCCAUUUCAACAUUGUAAUAGGUACACAAAAAUAUAAAUAAAAUUGGUGCCAACUUGGUCACACGUCUCGUAUAUUUAUUUAUGUCUGAAUUUUCGACCAGAUAUUUUGCUCCAAAAAUAAACAUCAAGGGGGUUCCAGGAAGAUAAUAUUGUCUAGUUGACAGAUUAAACAAGUUAUUUUUUCAAAUUUCUUUGUAUUUUUUUUUAAUAUUGGUUAAAAAUUAGAAAUAUUGUAUCGAAAACGGGGAUUUUACGGUUUCUAUUAAAAUCCAUUUUUUUUUAUUCAAGUUCAAAUUUAUGAAAAAAAUCGUUAAAAAUAAUUGUAAUACUCGUACCUUAUAAGAACAAUUAUCAAUAUAAAUGUAUCAAAAAAUGUAGUUUUAAAUCAUUAUUUGACUUGUGAUGGGCCAUUUUGAAUUUUUCUGGAUUCUGAAAAAAAAAACAAGGAGUGGAUAAAUUUAAAAGUUGUAUAAAAAAUAUAUUACAUUUGUAGAAAAACCACAACCAAUUCUUUACAUUAUAACCAAAAUGGCCGGACAAAAUUUGCUGGACAUCGUUUUUUUUAAAAAUAUUAUAUUGGGACGCAUCUCGGAAUUUUCUGUAUUUGAUUUAUCGACCAGACAUAUUGCUCCUAUCAACAACAUAAAGAAGAAUGGUUGGUAGGAAAUAUUGUCUGGUAUAUGUGUUAAAGAGGUCAUUUUUCGAAUUUCUUUAUAGAUUUAUUAAUAAUAUGGGAAAAUUAGAAAAUACAUAAGAAAAACGGGAAUACUUUUCUACGGACCAAUUGCCAAUGCAGCGUCAACUUAGCUCCGGCAUAUUUCUGUAAAAAAUCAUUUAAUGAAAACUUUGCAGUAAAAAAAUUGUGACCCUUUCUUUAAGUUGUAACAAAUAUUAUCAGUGCCAAUUUGCUAGACGUAACUUUUUUAAAAAAUGUUCACGGGGCGCAUCUCUGAUUUUUUUUUGUCCAAAAAUUUUGCUUCUAUGAAAAACAUCGGGAAAUAUUUGAUAGAAAUUAUUUUAUAUUUAUAACGAUACAGAAUUAAUUUUAUGAUUUUCUUGGGUUUUUUAAUAAAUUUGAAAACCGAAAAAAUGUACGCAAUAAAGGUGUUUGUUCAUUUCGCAUUCGCUUUUGUGUUUUAAUUCAGUUAUAGAUAAUCGAAAGUACAUGCAAAUUUCGCCGAAUACUUAUAUUAGUCCUUUCUAGUCGUAGCAAUCGAUUCUGGUGACUUUUAGAUGUAUAUAACUAUCUGAAUUUUAUAUUUUAUUUUUUUAUUUUUUACUUUUAUGACUAUAAAAUUGUUUAAACCAAUGGAAAAUGGUCAACAAUUUAACACCACGUUUAUUGUAAGUUAAAUAGCGUUUGUGAUAAAAAAAAAAAAAUUCGAGCUUUGUGUUGUAGGUAGAUAGUUUUUAUUAUUAGCCUUUUAAGUAUAAAUCGUCAUCAUAGUCUUUUCAAAUCACGGUUAACCGAACUUUGAUCAAAAGCUUCCCAGAUUCCUUCUUACAUUAGUCGUACACUCAGCAGUAACUGUUUUAGAUUCUGAGCGAAAUGAGAAAUGUAUUGGUUUUAUAAUUAUGUUUAUUUAUAUUUUAUAUAUCGUGUACAAAUUUCUACCAGAAAUCUUGCUCCAAUUUUCAAGUGUAGCACUUUUUCUGAAAGGAAAUGGUCCUGGGGUGGUGCUUUAAAAAGGUAAUUUUAGAUUUUUCAAACAAUUUUAAAAAUAAUAAGAAAAAAAAUGUAUGAAAAAUGGGAAAAUUUACGAAAAUAAUGUUUUUAUUAUUUUAAAUAUUAUUUUUAUGUUGUAAUUUAGUUAAAAAUAUUUAUAGAAACUAGAAGUUUGUACAGACAGCUAAUAUUUGCCUUUUAUAGGCAUGGUAAAUUUUUUAAAUAUUUUAGCUACUUUUGAGUUACUUAUUAAUAGACAUUUUAAUUUUGCAAGUUUUUUACAGUAUGUAUUCUGUAGAUAAAUUGUUAAACCAAACAGAAAUAUUUAAAAAUUUAAAAGUCAUGGUCAACAAGAAAAAGUCGAGUUUAAUGUAUCAAAUAUAAUCAAUGUUAUUAAAAAUACAUUAAACUCCCUUCUAUAUCGUACUUUCCCAACUUCUCACCUACAACAGUGGCCCACCCAUCAUGCGAAAUAUGUCCGUCUUUUGUUUUUCACACAUUGUACGUUUUAUGCAAAAUAGUUUCUUUGGAGUAUUAUAACAUUUCCGAUUGCAUCAUUAAGUAUACGAUCGUGCGGAUUCAAUCCAAAUCGGGCGUUCAGACAAGCACGAUCGAUUUUAUGAAUAUACGCGGCCCCGCGGUUUAAUGAGAUGCAAUUUCCCCGAUUUCGUAUUGUACAUUAUAAUAUAUACUUACGUUAGAAACUGUACGAUAUUAGAAUACUAUUGUUCCGCGCAUGAAAACACGCGCACAAUACUGCGGGAUAUCCAUUAAAAAUAAACGGCGUUCCAUCGAAUCGAUCCGAAUGCCACGAGAUAAAAUAUUAAAUACCGGUACGUUAAAACCGAUUGGUAAUUACCUAUUUAAAUUAAUUCUAGAAUUUAUGAGUCAGCAAUUAUAUACAUAAAAAAAAACGGUACUUUUAACAUUUCUUUUCCUCCCUUGCAAAAAUCACCAGCCACGCGUAAUACUAUAUUAUUCACAAUCGAGACUAUUAUGGAUUUAUGGUAAUCAUCUGCGGUCGUCUAGGGACGGGUGAUCGUCGACGUUAAUCGUUAUCUAAUUCAUGUAUAUGUAUGGUUCGUCUACGCCGGGUCGGUUUUGCUGAUCGGCUUAACCGUACGACCGAAAAAUUGCCGCGGAAAAUGCUAAUAAGCCGAUCGGCAAACUUUGUCGACCGUGACCGAAGCCUCGGCUUCCCGACGGUUGUCGGCAAACAUUGCCAUAGCUGUUCAAAGAUCGCCUUAAUGUGCAUUGCACAUAAUACAGGGUGUGGCAUAAUGGACUCUGAUAGUGAGUUCUAAAAAAAAAACGUUUUAUUUAUCGGAAGUACGUAAGGUUACACACGAUUUUUAAUUUAUAGUUUUAAAAUUAUACCAUACAGAUGUUGACCGUGACGGGCAAUGCAGAUAUUAUGAAUCCGUUCCUAGAAGUUAUCCAUCACUUUUUGUAGCGUGGUCUCCUCGUUUUUCUGUAUUGAACCCUUGUGAAUUUUUCCUAUCCUCAAACUUGAGUUUUUUAAACAUCGUCCUCUAACCGUUUAUAUACUCAAGGACAGUCAUGAAGAAAUUUCCGAAAUUUCUAAAUAUAUACCACCAAACAGGGACCCGAACAAUGGAAAACUUCCAGAAGCCGCACCAUAUUUGAAUCGCUCGUCAACGUCAACAUUUGGAAGAUGUAAUUUUAUAAACUCAAAAAAAAAAAAAAACUAUACUACAUAAUAUGUAUUUACAAUAAAUAUAGUUGUUAAUUUUUUUUCUAUAGCCUGUACCAUUAUUUGUAUAAUAUAAUUGACUUCCGAAAUAUAAGAUUCCGUUACGCUGCACUUUGUUUUAUACUUAGGCGAAAACAUUACAGAAGACAGAAAUCUUCUUCUUCUACUCUCCGACGAAUAUAGAGGGGAAUAUACCUCCCGAAAAAUCGGGAUCGAAAAUACCCAGUAACUGUAGUAAUCAUAUUUGUGCAGCCACCCGUGUCCUCUUAAAUACAUCAACAAAAUUCCGUCGUCUGUUCCAAGGUCCUUCAUAAAUUAUCUCCCGCAAACACAUCUAGCUAUGACGUAUUCAAAAUGUUCUAACAAUUUUAAAAAAAUACCAGAAAUUUCCGACUUAAAAUCAACGUUAGAAAAUAUGCAGACAAAGACGAUGGUACAUGGUAUGUAGACAAAGCAUGAAUUUACAAUGUAUAAUACAAAGUAAUAUUGUGUUCCAAAUACCGUGCGUUGGUACCACGCUACCUACGUCAAAUGUGGCGUCUUGUCAAACGACCAGGAAGUCUGAUUUUAAGAUUUACCUCGUAUAUCCCCGGUAUUCAACGGUGAUAUUUUACAGAAUGUAUUUGCGACAAGAGUUUAACGAGAAUUUCAAACCUAUUUGAAAUUUCAACGUUAAAUUGUCGAAAUACUACUGGUCACACUCUACGCGGGUAGUUGUAUAAAUAGAUGCGCGUAUCGCACAUAAUAUUAUAUUUUAACAUAGCAUAUUUUAAUAUGUUCCUUCCCUCUCUAUGGUGUGAAAACUAACAAUAUUUUAGAUUCUUAGAAUAACGGGGAAUGUACUUACUGGUUAUACUUUAGUGUAUGUGUGUGUGUGUGUGUGUGUUUUUUUUGUACCUAUAACAAGAUUUCAAACGAAAUACUUGUUCUCGUUAGAAAAAAAAAAAACAUCAAGAAGAUUCCCGCGGGUAACGAUUUUUUUUUUUUAUUUUAUAAAUCUUGUCUGAACGUUUGUAACGCUAUCUUCUGAAAUGUCCACUGUUUCAUUAUAGGGAAAACCAAUAUUCCGAUAUUUAAUAUAAUGCAGUUACCGGGAUAUUAUGACAACGACAGAGCCAUAAACGUGGCGGACGAAUAAUAACAAUAGGUGGAUAUAGUAUUUGUAGCGUCGAAUCACUAUAAAUUAUAACUCAAACCUUGUUUUAAGGGCUUUUUAGAGCUGCGCGUCACAAUGCCAUUAGUAGGGUCAGGACGGAAACAAUACAAUAAAAAUUGAUAUCUUGAAAUUGUAUACCGUUUUCGUUGUUAUCGCCAUUCGAUACCGUUGUGUUAUACGUUUCAUAUUUACGGCGAUUAUAUAGAUGUGAAUUGAGCCGGCCAGUUACCAAGCAAAAUUCGGUUGGGCCCCGAUAAAUUUUAUAUUUUUGGGCCGAUGAAAAUGCUUACAUGCAUAUACGAUGUGUCUCGGAAUACCCGUAUGGAAAACUGUUGCGCAAAAUGAUAAAAUCAUAAUAAAUUAUAAUGGAAACGGAAUAUAAAAGACGGUCAUGCAUUGCAUACCUAUCUAGUCAAGAGAAGUUGAGAAGGUAGGAUAUAUAGAGGGGAAUUUUAUUUGUAUCUGUAUGCAACGAUUAAUCAUUGCUAAUGAAUAACGAUUCUGAGCGGAGUUCGGUUUUUCAGCGAAUCAUUGUAAAACCAAUACAUCGCUUCGCUCCAAAUCUAAAAUAAAACAUAUUAUUAUCAAUAAUAAUUUAUUAUAAACUUCGCGAAACCAUUUACAAUAAACGUAUUGAACGUUGUAUCAAUCAAUUCGGUUGUUUAUUCUAUUUGUUUAUAGUUUAAUCAAAACUAUUUGCGCACACGACAAAAGAAAGUGUCAUCCAAAUGUUUUAAGGAAAUUAAAAUACUCGAUUGAGAGUUGAGCCGCUUCAAAUUAUAACUCGGGCCCGUUUUCACUCUCAAUCCGGCGCUGUGUAGAUUCUGAUUAUAUUAUUAUCUAGUUAUUAAUUAUUUCACUUAUACCAAUACAUCUACCACGAACUUAGGGUCUGAAAUACUCAGUAACUAUACUCUUAUUUUCGCGGCCCUCCGCCUCUUCCUAUAUCCAUCACAAUUUCAUCACCAUCGUAAUAAAUACAAUUAGACGAGUUUGAGCAGUGUCUUUUAUCUAAAACUUAGAUACAAUUGUAUUUUGUAUCACGUUACAGUUCUGGAAAAUAUCGAGUAUCUUAUAAUGCAAUACUGAAAUAAAUGUAGUUAUAUCGAGUAUUUAGAUUAAUUUAAUUUAAUUUAAUUUAUAGAUUGAUUUAACACUUUAAAAAUUUAAAGUGAUUAUACGAAAAUGGGGAAAUUGUUGGAGAUCUCAAAAAAUGUUUCAAAUGAUUAUCCACCGUAUUUUACAAAGUACUGUGUGCGUGAAAAAUUGUAUUUAUAUUUUAAUUUUAUUGUAUCGAGUAUCGAAUAUUUAUAGACAUUCAGGUUUCUUUUUUUAAAUAAGAGCUUUGCGUUCUUUAUGUAGAAAUUAAAGUUUUACGCAAUUUAACGUGCCACGAUCGCACAUUAAAAAUAUAAGUUCCUUUUGAAAAAAAAAAAAAAUAUCCGCUAUAUCCAUACCCUAUAAUAUAAUAGCAGUAUAAAUUCACUUCGAAAAGUCGGACAUUUUUUACGCCCAUUCCAAGUACGAUUUAUGGUGUCCCCGCUGAUGUAUAAUGAUAAUAAAGUGUACCUACACACACAAACACAUAUACGCGCGCGUGUGCGCGCACGCACAUUCUUGGGAGUUCUUACGGGUCACGUAUUAACGUUCCCUACUUGAAACAACCUACACGCACAAAUCAAAUUUUCUGAUUGGCUAGAUUCGUUAUUCUUUAUAAGCACUUUAUCGCAUAGAACUCAACAUAUACCUACCGAGGGUGUCGAUUGAUAUUUUAUUUGGUUCAAAUCCGACGAUCAUUUGCGUUUGAUUUCUUCGGGUUUUAGAUUUACACUUAGGACACUACGAUUUCCUUAGACCAGUAUCAGGUUUUGAUCAACACUCAACAGUGAAAAACAGUUAACAGAGUACCUAAACAUAACAUGUAUAUUAUUGUUAUCAUCGAAAUUAUGUUAUCGGCGUUAUAAACUUGUGAAACGCAAUCAAACAGCCAUUCAGAGGAUUACAUUUGUUUCCGUGGUUCGUUUCGGAUAGAAAACGUUUAAACGUGUCCGGGUUUCUCUGCAAUAUUCCCCGCAGGGGUGAUGCCCGGCCGAUGAUUAGUGACGGUCGGGCCAAAACAUAAAACAAUGUCCCGACUACGGCCGGAGGAGGACGAGAGUGUAAGGACGUUGUUCGGGUAAAAAAAAAAAAUAGUAAUAAUGAAACGGUUUUCAUUUGUCGAUUAUUUUGUCGACCUCGUGCGGGCCCGGACGCGACGCGUGCGCACCGCAAUUGAGAUAAACCGCCUCGCCAUGAACAUUUACGCGAUAGUGUAAAGGAUCAGUUAAGGAUCCUACACGAUGCAGCGGUAGCGGUGGUGGUGGCGGUGUCAGCGGCGGUAGCGGUUUGUAAACUUUUGAAUAUUACAAUAGUACUCGCAUAUACAAUUUUAAUUAAAUAAAAAAAAAAAAAAGAGAGGAACUUAUAUUGUUGUUGGGCGUGUCACCGUUGUAGGUGGGAAGUUGGGUAGGUAGAGUAUAAUAUACAGUUAUUUUUAAUUUUUAUAUCUGUACCCAACGAUAUAUCAUUGUUAACGAAAAAUGAUUCUCAGGUUAAAUUUAAAAAUAUUAAAUUCGAUAGUAAAUAUGAAUAAUACAAAAAAAAAAAAACUAAACUAUAAAGCUCCGUCGCUAAAGUUCACUAUUCCCCGAAUUCGCGUUACAGAAAUAUUUUUUGUGUAACAAUAAACAACCGAAUACUGUUCUAAAAACACUUGGUUUUGUUAAGCGGAUUUGUAAUGGGUUCAAGUUGAUUAGUUCUUUAAACAUUUAUUAUUACGCUUUUGUAAGAUCAAUGUUAGAGUAUAAUGCCAUGGUAUGGGAUCUACAUACUACAUAUGAAAAAAGUUAUGUUAAGUGAGUGCAACGUACAUUUUUGAGUUUUACUGCUUUUCUUCUAAAAAUUGAACAUGCUCCUCAUGAUUAUCCCUCGGUAUUAAAUACACUGAACAUGUAUUCGUGAACAGGUGAACUGAACUCAACAUAAGAUUACUUCAUAAAUUAAUUAGUGGCACUAUUGAUUCCGGUGAACUCCUAUUCCAAAUUAAUAUUAAGGCUCCGUCCUUCUACUCGCAGCAUAUUUAUCCUUUUCAUGUACCUAUCUAUCACCGACUACGUGCGCAACUAACCUAUCAAAAUAAUGAUCCGAAUUGUCAACGAGGACCCACCAUUUAGUUUCUGUUCACUGUCUUUUAUUUAUGUAUAUAUCUACUACUAUACCAAUAUUUGAACGUGCAUUUGGAAUGUAUACAUGUAAACCGUUAAUUUCUUUGAACUGUAUAUCAAAUUAGGCUCCAGCCCGUAUUCUAAUAAUAAAUAUAUAAAUAAUAUAUUAUCUGAAAAAAAAUCAAUUGAAAUUUGCGCAUACAUAUAGUAAGAGUAUAAAUUGAAAGUUGAAAUACCCAAAGACAUAUUAUUGACACUAAUUCUAACGUUAUCCGUGUUAUUUCGUAUAUAAAAUUGGAUCCACGCGGCUUCUUUCGGUAUGGCUCUUCAAUGCAAAAAGAAAAAAAAACACUCUCCUCUCGUAACAACACGUACGAAUGAAAACCUAACCUAACUUUUAUUGGAAAAUUCGACAAAAAUGUCGAAAUGUUAUGCUUGUCUAUUUCAAGUGGAAUUCAACGAAUAACUAGUGAAACUGCGUGAGCGCAUAUUACAACCCAAUGCGUUUUGUCGCAAUUGCUAAACAAAUAAUAGAUAUAAAUAUUAUAUAUUUAAGUUGAACCGUGAAAUUCCUUGCGUAUUUUAAUUUUCAACAUAAAACUGAAAAAGUCUAUUGGAAAAGUAAUUGAAAUAAUUUUGGUAAAUUGUAAAAAAAUACAGACAUACUCGCACAUAGGCGGGCUAUUGUAGUAGGUGAGAGGUUAGAAAAGUAGUAGAGGGGAAAUUUAAUGUAUACAUGUACGUAACAAUUAACCAUUACUAAUAAAAGAACGAUUCUCAGUGGAAUUCGGUUAAUAAUGUUGCUUUGUCAACAGUAUACAUAUGCCAUAUUAUGGUAAAAUACUUACAUGUGCAUUAAACAUAUUCUUUAACAAUAUGUUAUUAAUAUUUUUCCUUUUUUUCCGGUUUUUCCCAUAUAUUGCGGAAACUCUUGGGAAAAUCAAAAAAUGAUCUUCUUAAAGUUUCUCUCCAGUUAGGUUUUCUUUUAGAAAAAGUGCUACUAUUGUAAAUCGGAGUAAGAAUUGUGGUAGAAAAGUUGUUCAUGGACAAACAUAAAAAAAAAUAAACAUCAUUGUAAAAUCUAUAAAUUCCUAUACAUUCCACUCAGGAUCUAAUAUGAUACAAAUGGAUAAUAAUUUUAUUGUCAGUACGAUGGUAGUCUGUGGAAGUUGAUUGUUGAAUAGAAUAGGUAAAAUCGGAAAAUCGAAAACGAUGAAAUUUAAUAUCUACCGCAAAGUGCGGGGGAAACGAAAAGUUAUAUCGGGAGUAUAAUAAAUGUUAAUGAUGUGAGUUUUGACAGAGACGCGCGUGGACAGUUGCGCAGACAACCGAGUAAGAGAGAUAGAGUGAUAGGGAGAAAGCGAGAGAGAGAGAGAGAGAGCGAGAGGUAUUGAAAACGGCCGCAGACGAAAAGCCGAGGGAAAUUCGAGGAUCGGCCGUCCGCCGCAGAUGUUUAAAACAAUAUUGUUCGACAGGAAACACCGGGAAAACAUUGUGGAUUUAUACUAAAAUAAUACUAUUAUGUUACAAUGAUGAUGGAUCGUCGACGUCUGUAUAUAUUAUUUUAAUAAUAAUAAUAAUAAUAAUACUAUUGAUUAUUACGAGCGCGGAUAUUGGUUAGAAGCUCGGGGCAAUGGGGCGGUGACGGUCCGUAAAUCUCGGCGAGCGCGGUAAGACGAUGAGCCGCAAGUACGCGUGUCUUGAUAGUAUUACCGGGAGGGGUUUCUAAACUAAUCGUGUCGUGUCGAAUACGAUAUGCUUUCUGAUUAGCUCUAUUCUAUAAAUCAAUAUGUUGUAAACAAAAAUUAAUUUGUUAAGCGCUAUUGACUUAUGUUAUUGACUAUGUGACCCAGUAAAUUACUCUAUCGAUACAUAGCGCUUACAAAACGUUAUACUACCACUUCGAUAAGGAGCUAACUGCUAAUGACAAUGAUUAUCAUGAAAGAAAAAAUAUCCUAUCCAACCACAGUGCGUAGUAUAUUAAAAUAAUUUGUUUAUGCACCAUUUUAAUUUAGUUUUUAUUUUAAAUGACUUUGGAUUUUCUCGUUCACGUCAAAAAAAUACUGGAAUAUCCGCAGGGAGUCCAGAGUUAUGUUUUCGUUGAAGGAAAGAUCUACGAGUAUUCAUUAAGUCCGUUGAUAAUUCAGGAUUUAAACGAAAUACAUCCAUAAACUCUUUUCUAGAUAGUUCAUAAGGAUUUCGUGUGUCACGUAAAAUCCGUUUUUCCAACCACCUCUCAAUUAUCUGAAGUCUUUCCUCUAAGACCUCCAACUCAUAUCCCAAAAAGUGCAAAGCCAUGUUUUGUUUUUAGUAAUGUGAUUUUAAUGUGAUGUAAUGUAAACUCAACAAUUUUGAUAAAAAGACAAAUAAACAACAAUGAAUUCAUGAAGUCUUGACAUAAAUUAGAAAUAAUUGUUUAAAAUCUCUUACAUAUUUUUAAUUCAUUUUUCUAACACGUAUAAACUACAAUGGUAACAAAUGGUAAGUUUGUUCAUUACCAAUUAAUCAGAGAACCACGCAUUUUUACUUUUGCUGAUAAUAUUCGAUAUCGAUACCUUAAUAAACCGGAAUUAUUCGAUAAGGCCACUUACCGAGUUACAGAAUAGAGCGGCUGAUUGGCUCAUCAGUAUCAUCGGUACAGAUCGCUCCUACCAAGGUACUAUCGUUACCCGGAGUAGAAUAUUAUAACAGCAUUCAGUGCUGUGAAAUAUAAUGCUGGUCGCCAUGGUAAAACUACAGUGUUGUAUAAAGAUAAUGGUUUUAAAUAUCUAGAGAAAUAUAAUAGAUAAUUCCUCGAAUAAUUAUCUAAAUGAAGAUAAAAGAUUCAUAAUAAUUUAAUUUUCAUGAUAAAGAUAAAUAAUCAGAAACAUUUGAUUAAUAGAUAAAAAAAAAAUAAUAAUUUCGUUCUUACAUUAAUCGCAAAACAAACCAGUGCUCAAAGUAGUAAAAGUGAUUUACCAGAUUUAGUAAAUAUUUUAGAUUUCGGAUAAAGAUUGUGUGAUCGAUCAAUCUACCAAACCGUAUUAAUAUAAAUUACCUUUUACUUUUCAAAUAUAAUGUACGAGUAUUAUUAUAUGAUUUUGAUUAAUCCGAUAAAUUUCGAUUUAAAAAUAUAUGUCUAGAUGACUCAAUUAAUUAUCUUAGAUAAAUAAAUUUCAUUAAUUUAGAUUAGAUAAAAGAUAAAAUAUAUAUAUUAUAUAAUUAUGUAGAUCAAUUCAUAGAGAAAAAAAAAACAACGCUACUAGUCAUCUGCAACCUCCUCCUCUCAAGCUUAUAUUUUUUUUAAAAAAUAUAUUCUGUAAAAUGCAGAAUUUCAGAAAACCAUAUACUAUCGACUAUUAUAUAGACACAUUAGCGUGCGAAGGGGCAGGGAGAUUAGGGGUCAUAUACUUCCGCCCUCUCUCCGUUGACUUUUUAAAACAACUAUAUGAGUAUUUGUUUAGUAAUCUUGAAAUGCAUAUAUUUCAGCCAAAUUACAAGGAAUAGUUUAAGUUAUAGAUUAAAAAUCGGUUUUUCGGAUCUGCCUAAUAAAUUCCUUUUGUCGAAUUGGGUAAAGAAAAUGAUUAUACGAUUUAAUUAUGAUAAUUAUUUGCUACAUCUCCUCUCCCGUUAAAAAUUCCUGGGUGCACCGUAAUAUAAACACCAUAUUAAUGCUAUCCCCACCCUCCUCAAUCGAGUCCCUGCGACGGCCCUCAGGAUCAUCUUAUCAGUUGUUUCGCACUAGAGUGUCACAAGAAUGCAUAAUACUGUAUAUAUUACAUAAAAUCCGAAAAAUUAAAUUCAUAUAUUCAAAUGCACACGACACGGUGAUGAGUUAUGAACUCCGCUUCUGGCACUUUUGGUAAAGCGCCACCGCGGCCUCAAGUCGAAUUAUGACUAAUGUUCGCCACCGCGGGCAGACAGUGCCGAAUCGGGAAAAGCCGUACCGGGUUCCGUCCGGCCCAUUUCUCGUAGCCGGGACUGGGACCGGGAGUGACACGCGAGCCUUUUUUUUCUACACGUCGUACAUCACGCGAUCGCCUCGUAUUAGCGUACCUAUCGGGUUUUAACCCUGCGAAACCCCUGGAUUACUUUACUAUACCGAAGCCUCACGGGAUUCCUCGAUCCCCUGUUCCUUCCCCCCCCCCACCGGGCAUUAUCAUUAUACCCGGAUGGGUAUAACCUUAAGCUAUCUAUACGUGCGUUUUGUUAAACAACGUUACCUCAUUAACUCCAAACUGUAGAAAAACUCCCCCUCACCCUCCCCUUCUGAAUAGUGAGUGCGAUAUUAUUAUAAUAUAUUAGGUAUAUACUAUAAAUUAUCUAUAUGUUUUACGCGUGAAAUUCGGCGCAUUAUUCUCGACGAUUUGACCUUUGUUUUCCCAAUAGUUUCACACGUCGCCGCCGUAACUUAUACUAUUAUAUAUUAUUAUACCGACUAUUUGAAGUACAUGUUAUUGAAACUUUAUCCGGCGAAGCGUGUACACAUGACUCGCCGAAACGAGAAUAGUCGUCUAAAUUCCUAAACAACAAACACUAUACCGACUAUGCUGCUGAUAUAUAAUAUUAAUAUUAUUGUUAUUAUUGUUCAGUCAUCGGUGCAAGACAAUAUAGGAAUAUCCCCUACAGGAAUAUCGUGGAGGAUAUAUUAUAGCUAUACACAUAGCAGAAUAUUAGUAGAAAGGAGACGAUAGGAGUGUCGUUCUCCAGUUAUAAAAGGUGUCACCGAAAAGAAAUUUUAUGUUGUGAUCCGACAGAGUUAUAAGAUGUGAAAACGAUUAGCGUACGGUAUGAAAACGAAAUAAACCAAGACGAUAAACGCCUUUAUUCGUCUGCAAUUAUGUUUAAAUUAAAAUAAAAUCUAUGAAAAGAUUCUCAACCUAACUUAUCUAAAUUAACUUAACAAAACAGGAUCUACGUAUUAGUCGAAUUAAGAUUUAAAAUGUAACAAUAUUCGUUUAACAUUAAUUAAUAAUAAUCUUCUUCUUACAAAAAUAUUACAUUCAUUUUGAAUACAUUAAUAAAGUUAACAUUUUACGAUUAAAAUAUAGUAAUGUAUACUGUUUGUGGUGCUUUUUCGGUUAUCAUGAGUUAUUUACCCAGUUAUUUUUGAACCGCUUCCUAGAGUUUCUGCUAUAGACAACUGACAUAGAUAAUGAUAAUGACUGUACAUAAUACAUCCAUCUAUCACGGCCCGCUUACCAAUACAGAUAACUUAAUUUGAUUAUAAUCGAUAACAGUAUAGAAGAAGUGAUUGGAUGUAAAAAUACAUUUUUUUUUAGUUAUUUGUUUAAUUCAAUUUUAAAAACAUAAUGGAACCUCUUUGGUUGGGUAACAAUAAAAACAUUUUUUUUUUUAUAUUUUUCGUAUUGAAGAUAAUUUGACAGAGAUAAUUUUUAUUGGAAAUAUUUUGAUGUAAAACCUUUUAUAUUAUAGAAAAUUUAAAAAAAAAUGUAUUUUUGUCCUAUAUUAUAUUUUAUGAUGAUUUGUUUUAAUGAUGUAACAUUUUUGAAACACCAAUAUGUUUUGAGGGUAGGGGUUAUAAAUUUUAAAAUAUGAAAAAUAUCUGAAUAUUGUGUGUUUUGAUAUUAGUUUUUUUUAAUUAUCUCCCAACCCCCCAUAGCAAAGGUCUGGAGACCCCUGUAUCAAAUAUAAUUUUUAUUGAUAAAAAUAAUAAUGUAAUUACUUUAUUUUUUUGUGGAACUCAGUAAUAAAAAAAACAAAACAAGGGCUAUAAUAGGUUCUAUAUAUAUUUCUGGAAGAAAAGUUGCUCACAGGAAAAAAAAAUCAUACAAAUAUAUAAGUAAAACCAAUACAUUCCUUCCUAUGCUUAAUAUCUUAAAAAAUGUUUGUACAAUUCUUCAGGCCUUAGAAAAUGUGAUUUUUUUAUGUUCUUACAUAAGAAAAAUUUGUUUUGUAACUUAGUUGUAUGCAAAAAAAAUGAUGUAAUACCAUACCAACAAGGCAACAAAAAUUGCAUACUAUGAUUAAAAUUUGGCAAAGCGAGUGAUGUGGAAAAUAAAAAAAACUGCAAUUUCUUGUGUUUGGAAUGUUGUACACUUUUUUUUUUUUAUUAAUUCAUUUUUACGAAAAAAUUUACAUAGUUAAUAGUGUAGGUACUAACAAAAAUUGUAUGCUAUAAACAAAAUUUGGCAAUGCGAAUACCGGGGAAACAUUUCUCUGGCUCGCACAUAGAAAAAUCCCGUUUUCUCGUGUUUGAAAUGUAUAAAAAUUUUCUUUUUUGUUGCCGAGUUGUGCAAAAAUAUAUAUAAUACUGUCAAGGUUUGGUAUUGCAGUUCAAAAGUGGCAGUGCUGGCGAAACGGAACUAAUAUAGGUUUCUUGUCUAUUUUUUACACGAAUUAUAAACCCUGGUACCUUGCACUAUUUUUGUAUUACGAGUUUGUAGGUACUAGUUAUUUACUCGAAUUAAAAACCUCAGUAAAUAACUAUUGCUACAAUAACGACUAAUGAUGUACCGAGACGGGAAUAUGUCCAGAGAUUUCUGUUCGGCGAGGAGGAAGGCUGAUAACAGCGUUUAAUUUACAGGAUUUUGCCUCGUAUUUUUAACCGCCAUAGGUUCCGACUAUCGUUUUAUUAUAUUCAUGUGAUAAGUAAUUUAGUAUUACUGCAUACCAAUGAUAAAUACUUUUUUAGUAUUGUUUUUAAUAAACACAGUACUAAAACCCCAAAACCCAUAUUAUUUUUAUUUAAAAAUUGAAACCACUGUUUUCGAGACAUUUUGGAUGAGACGACAGAGCCCUAUAAAUGUGCUCCUGUACUAAAAGAAUAAAACAAAUAUUUUUAUAUCGAUCUGUUUACGUUUUUAAAAGAAACUAUAUUAUUAUGCACCUAUAUAUUAUGUAAUAUACUAUAAUUUAAUAUUAUGCUGUUGUGAAUUGUGUUUUUUUUAUAAAUAAUAGGUAUUUGCAUUUUCGAAAAUGAAGAACUUAAUUUUAUAUUGUUAUCUUUCAAUUUUUAAAAUCUGUUUAACGGAGAUUAAUUAAAAAAUAAUAAUAACACAUCAAUAUAAUAACGAAAACGGUAAAUUUAGGUAUAUCGCACGGAGCUAAUGUUUUUCGUUUUUGUUAAAUUCUUUGAUACGUCAAUCAAGAUAGUGUACAGUGUACAUGGUAUAUAAUACGCCUGUAUAGUAAAAGAGGGGUGAAUAAUUUCACUACCCUUAUUAUUUACGUUUAGGUUGGGUUUUUUUGUCCGUCCGUUCGCCGGCCCGCCGCCUGUAAGAGAGCUGUCGUUUCCAAAAACAAACGCGUCAAAUAAGCUUUUAAUUAAAUUAUAAAAGGAAUAAGGUUAAUCAAUGUUUUUUUGUUUUUUAUUUCUGCGGGGGAGUGGGUUUUUAUUUUACCGUUUACUGUUCACGCAGUUUAAAAUGGUAAAUACACACGGAUUUACCGAACCUCCGUAUUAUAUGGAAAAAAUCGUAAAAAUAUAUUUGCCCCUCGGUUGUAGGUUAUUACGCGCGUCUAUUAUAUUUUAACGGUCGACACCCAUUAUUUUAUUCGUGCCUAAUAUUCACUAUCGUAUCUAUACACUAUAACGUUUUCUACCGUAAUGAAACACGCCCAAAUAGUGACCUGGCAUUAUGCUCGUAAUAAGUUGCAAUAUUUAUCCAUUUAUAUAUUUAUAGACUUUACGUUUUAGAAUAAUUAUUCCAUCCGAAACUACACAUAUAUUAUAAAAAUGUUCUGUCAAACUAUUUGUACAGCAGCCUAAUACAUAUUUUUUUUUUUUUUGCUAAUACUGAGAGUACGAGUUCGAUGGUAAAUUUUGAAUAUUAAAAUUGCAUUUUUAAAUGUAAAAAUAAAAACACCCGUGAGCAGCAUGAGCUCUUCCGUCACCAUAUGGUGUCAAAUUUUCCUCUACAAUGACGCUAUUUUAGUUUUUUAAUAAUUAAGGAUACCAUUUUUUCAGGCCAAUUUUUUUUCAUAAUAUUAAAUACGUGCAGUCGCGUACCAACGGUGAAAGAGUGGGGAUAGGGAUUUAACCACUCUCCUUCACCAUAAAGAAAAAAAUAUCUAUACCUUUUUAUUAAAAUAAUUACAAUAACCUCCCCUCCCCAUAAAAUAAUUUUGCUUACGCCACUGAUUACAUUAUCGUACGUGUGUAUGGGGUUGAAGGGUUAUAUAGGUAUUUAAUAUUAUAAUGAAUUCAAAUUAAUAAUUAAUAACUUUUCGCCUUUUGGUAUGGGUAAUAUACAUAUAAAUAUUCAUUAGGUACCGAAUUUAACCAAUGCAAAUAAAAUGCAUAUGAUAUAUUUUAUUUAUUAACAUACAAUAAUACAUUAGAUAUAUACGGUAUACAUUUAAUUUUUAAUUAAUUAUACUAUUCUAAUUUAUAUCUUCUAUAUUUGAAUGAUACCAAAGAAUAAUAUAAUAGUAUUAACACAAUUUAAAUAUAACUAUAUAACUAUCAGUGGCGUAAAUUUACCUUUGUAAAUGUAUCACUUGUAUUAACACAUUUUUAGUGUGGUGGUGUAAACUUAUCUUUUUGCACCACCAGAAAAUUACCCAAGUAUCUACAUAUAAUUUCCUCUUUCAAAAGUAAAAAUUUGUUUUGUAGACGGGUAAAAAAAUUGGAAUUUGUAUUAUAAUAUAAUUAUAUGAUGAUACAGUUACCAUAGGUAAGAAUGUGGCAUAUAAUAUAAAGUACGUCAAACUAAAUGGUAUUGUAAAUUAGAUCCACUGGCAUUCUACGUCCAUUAUAGGUUAUGCUCCCAUAUUAAAUAUAAUAUUUAAUAACUAUAAAUGUUUUUAGUUAUUAAAUAGUUUAAUACUAAUUUUUUUAUUUUGUAUACAAAAUAACAAAAUGUUAGAGGUUAAAAUUAAUUAUUCAAUUAGGUAUUUAAGUUUUAGUAGGUUGGCAAAUUAAAUAUUUCACUACGCUCACCCCCAGAAAUCGAAACCAAUUUACGCCACUUAAAACUAUUUCAUUAAUAUUUAAAAAUAUAUUUAGUAUAAUAAUUAUUAAUUACCUUUUUUUAGAAAACAUUUUAUCUAUACUGUAGCAUUUGGAUGAUAUUUUAAUAAUUUUUUUUCUCGUAUAAAUGAACAGCUCCAUCAUCUUUUCUAAACAACCUAUAAUUUCUUGUGAAAGAAUAACAUCCAAAAUCAUUAAAUAAGCAACCUUAUUAUUAUAAUUAUUUCAGCAAUAACGCAAUACAAUCGGUAACAUAAAAUAAAAUAUCGCAAUAAUAUUACAGCCAAACGCUGUUCUAUUAUUUACUACCUACUCCAAUUGACUGCCAAAACGCGACAAGACUGUGAUAAAAUACGAAUAUUAUCAAAACGUUAAGAACCUACUAAAUUAUUAACGUUUUAUACAUACCUAUGUAUUGUUAAUGAGGCGUGAAAUAUAUCCAGAUUUCGGAUUUUAGACAACGCAAUUCGAAAAUAACUGUGAUAAAUUUUAGACUUCGAAAUACGAGAUUUUCAAUUUCGGAUUUCAAAAUUUACAACCAUGAUUAGUUUUUGAAAUUGUCUGUAAAUGCUUUAAAGAAUCCAAAAUACCAAUUUUAAAUACAUUUCCGUAUAUCGAAAAUUCAGAUUAUCUAACAACGGCAAAUUCGGAUUUCCCCCCCUCCCAUUAUAGUAGAUACGCGUAUACGAAGAAUUGGUAAAUAUUCCUUGUAUUCCGUUUGAAAAUACGACAUAAUGAAUGUAUACUGCAGGGUAUCCUACAGUAUUAUCCGAAGGUUAAAAAUAUGCUAAUAACUGUCAACAUUAAUUUCUUUUUGAAUCGGGUUUUAAAUUAUUGAUCGAAUAUGUAAGUAUGAAUAAUAUAUUUACAAAUUGGCUAUUUUGAAAAUUUUAAAAAGUGAAAAAAUAAUGUUAUUUUUUCAGUAAUUAAGGAAUAUUAUUUCUUCUGCUAUUGUCAGUAACAUUUUUUCUGAGUUUAUUCACACUUCUUUCCCUUCUUUUACUUUAAUUUUCACCAACGGUUCCAUAUCCCUUUUUUCGGCUGGUUUUUUUUUUUUUUUAUAUCCCUGACCUACACAUCUCUCUAUUCAGCAACCUUCUUCCAUCUCCUUCUUCUUACACUACCCAAUGUUUUGUAUUUUUUCAUUAAUUGUUGUAACUUAUUGAUUUUACAAAAUUUAAAAAAAAACCUGAUUGAAAAAAUAAAAAUUAAAAAUUAAUAUUUACAGAGUUAUUAGCAUUUGGAUAACCAUGGGGUAUAUACAUGGAUAUACCAUGUAUACAUUUAAUUAUUCCUACACGAGUUAUUAUGUAGGCUAUUACGUUUGGUCAUUAUUUUAGAAAAUACGGAGACCCAGUACACAUUCAAACGAUGAACCGAAAACGAGUUCAAAAGGAUUUGAAAAAAAAAAUUAGAUCUCCAACUGUAUAUUACAGAUCUACAAAUAAAUGUUGUGUAUAAAUAUUGGCGCCGUACACUGCUGUUUACCUGCUGAAAUUAUAUAAGGCGUUCACACAAAAUUUAAAAUUAUAUAAAAUGAACACUGUAUAAUAUAAUUCUAAAUAAUUGUCAAUUUACUAUAGUUUAAAUGUUCAAUAUCAUAGAUAAAUGUGUAUUUAAUUAAUUAAAAUAUUGUAUUACGAGUACAUUGGAUAUUUAAAAUUAUAUCAAAUUAAUAUGAUAUAAUAUAAUCGGAUAAAAUUGACAAAUUAUAGUUUUUUUUCAAAUUUCUGAACAAAUAAAAACUGAUAGGUAUAAUAGUUGUACAAUUUUAUUUUACGUAAUUUUAUACGUAUCAUAAUUACAUAACAUAAACUAUACAUCGAUAUGGGUUUCGGAUAAGCAAUAACCAUAUUAUUAUUAUCGGUCAAAUGUUCACUGUUAGUAGUGUUUUGACUUUUGUUGAGAUACGUUCGGAUUUUCAAAUAUAUAAGGAAACGGUAGAGUAUAAUAAUUAGACAAUUUUUCACGAUUAUAUUAUAUAAUAUUAACUUUACAUAAUUUUAAAUUUUGAGCGAUUGAUCCGCCCAAUAUAAUUUCAGCAGGUAAAUAUUUCGAUAACGGGCGCAAAACGCACGAAAAAGAUAAUGAACGCAAAACGCACGGUCGCAAUGUACUCGCCACCAUAAAUAUUAUAAUCGGAUAACCUAAUAAUCGGACUGUUAGUAUUGCGGUGGUCAAACUUUUUAACUUAAUCGAAUAGUUUUUUUUUCGCAGACUAAUCGGCAAUGCUACCGAAUUAAUAACAUUCAAUUUUUUUUUUUCCCUCCCCGUGUAUUGAUAAUGAUAAAUUUGUACAUAUCGAUAUAUUUAGAUUCGGCGUAAAUGCGUAACAAAAUAUUUCAACCAAUAUUUUAUAACGAUUAUGUAAACACCAUUUUAUUAUGUACAUAUAUUAACACGAUGAUGAACAAUACUGCCACUAAAAACUUUUCACUUUAUUUAAAAAGGUUAUCGUCAGAUCAAUUUGUAUAUUUCGGUAAUUAAAAGUGUGUACGGCGUAAAAUAAUUUAAUAAAUUGCAUUUUAGGAUAGAAAGAUACCUUCCUUUUUUUUUUUUUACUUUUCACAGUAUUUAUACAACGAAUACAAUUGUGUAAUUAAUUUAUUUUUAGGUAUAACAAGUUUUAAAAUGAUUAAAUAAUAUUAUUAUAUUCAGAAUAUGGUGAAUAUGUUCUGGGUACCCGGCUAACGAGUAAUGACCACGGGUACACGGGCAUGUACGAGUCAAUAAUCCUUGGCCCGAACGGGCCUGGUAAUUUAUUGGUGUAGAAAAGCUCUGUCCAGCCAGGUCUAGAAUUUUUUUAAAUUAUUUUCCAAUGAAUUUACCACGUCAUCGUCAGUCGUAUAUCCUCGUAACACUAAUGGCAUUUGGUUAAAAAUAAAAAUAUAAGAAAUGUUCAGCGCGCAUUUGUAAAAAUAAAUUCCGACCCGUACUAAAUUAAAAUUUAAAAGCCCGGCCCGGAUUUAAAUUUAAAUAGCCCGGCCCGGCCCAAAGCCCCAAAUCCCAGGCCCGGCUUUUGCAGGUCUUUACAGCCGAUACCAUAUUCUGUACCCGAGUAGUACUUGGUGUCCGGCGUGAUAAUAUAUUGUUUCACCGGACUAUACCUGGUGCCCGGCUCACUAUAAUUUAACGGAAUAAAAAUAACAUGUGAAAAUAUAUCAUUUUCAUUUAUCUAGAGAAUAUUAAAACAAUAGCAUGAUAACAAUGUUGUUUAUUGAGCAAAAUGUAUUCGAUUUAGUUGUAUUGAUUGAUUGCCUGCCCAUAAUAACCGCAAUAUCACACAAUUACACAAUACGUCCGGGAUAUAGUCUUCAAUUCAUAUAAUUACUUGACUGCUAGUCUGCACGCCAGACAAAUAGGGUUCGAAGAUAUUAUCACUCGGCCAAUACUCGAUACCCGGUAUGUAUGUAAAUUAGUAUUCAGCCAAUACUCGGUACCCGAUCUGUUAAUAAAUAAUCUACCCGGAGCAUUCCUAAUUCAGAAUGUAACAUUAUGUGACAAUGUUCAAGUAAAAAAAAUUGGACGGUGUUUUUGUGAUAAAGGGUUCAUGUCCAAAUUCGCAAUAGUUCGGGAACAGCAGCGUGGUUGGGAAUUUUGUUCUGGGGCAGGAAUAUAUAAUUUUUAGUGAAACACGUUAUUUAUUAUUAUUAAACAAAUAUGCUUCGAAGUUGGUUUUAAUAACGUUUUCUAAAAAUUGAUCAUUUUUUACAUAGAAACUUAAACUAAAAUUGUACAAGAAAAAAAUUAAACAUUUAUCUUCUACGUAAGCUAACCAAUUGGAUUCCAAAAGUCAUUUGUACGGAAACGCAAUUUAUGCUUUUCAUUUUUUUUUUUUUUUUUUUUUUAAAUAUUGUGAAAAAAUAUGAUUUAAACGCUGUGCCCACAAAAUUGCGGGCACCGCAAUAAUAACUAAAUGAUGUUGUAUUAAAAUAAAUUUAAAAACAAGCCUAUACUAAAUGUUUAUAAGCAUUACACAAAUUAUUUUUAUCAGCAAAGCAAUCAAUAUUAUUAUAGAAAUUGAGUGCGUUUACUAUGUUUAAGCUGUCAUUCUUAAAAAUGUCUAUAUUUACAGUACAAUUUAAAUAAAUAGGUUAUUUCAUGUGCAUACUGCAUUUCGUGACACUAAUUCAUUGUAUAAUUCUUUUAUUUUUUUUGUUUUUCGUGAAAUAAACAUCUAUUGUAUAUUCUAUAUUAUUUUCAAUUUUAAAACAAUCGACAGAACAACCGAAUAAAACGUAAUUAUAUAUUAGAUACAUUAACCAAACUAUUUCAAAUCAGAAGAUAAUAACCUCCGCGGCCGCUCAGAAAACGAAUAAUACAGACAUGAGACUUAAUGUAUUGCCGUGCACUUAUAUAUACAACGUUAUGUUCUGUUGUCAUUCGAAUUAUUGUAUACUGAUUAAAAUCGCGUAGGCCAAAACAAGGAAUUUAUCAUCCAUCUCACUCACAGGCGCAUAAUCAAGCUCUGUUUGGAAGAGACAGAAAACUAAAUUCGAUAGUGUUUAUGAUAAUGGGCUCAAGCUUAUUUUUCGUUAUUUUGUGUUUACGUUGAUAAUCAACGGUAAUAUCAUAUAAUUUUAAAGUUUGAACUUGAAUCUUUAAUCACGUGCUAAUGUUUUUUGGCGAGACUUAAAUAUAAACACACAUGAAAAAUAAAAUGAAAAUUAAUAUCCAUGAUGUGUUUGUGAUGACCAUACAACCAAUUAAAUAAUUGCUUACAAAAUUGGAAUCGUUUAAACUCGAAAUGACGAAAAAUGUACUCGCCAGCACUGUUUAAUUAACGCCUCAUUUCUGACCGUCAAACUAUAAAAAUUCCAAAAGUAAAAAAAAAAAAAGAAAGAAGAAAAACGUACAAAUUACCACCAUAUUGUAUGCGGAGCAUUCCUGGGGUUGCGAACUAUGCGAAUGUUUACCGCCAACUCUCAAUAUUUGAAAAUUGUUCGUGAGAUAUCCUGUGCAGCAGGUGUAACGUAAUAAUGUACCGUUUAGAAAAACGCGUAUGCGCGCAUACUUUAUUUUAAAAACGAUCGUAAAUCCGUUAAAAAUCUCUAACUAAUCGUUUUUAAUAUAAUAUAAUGGUAUCCGGUUUAUAUACCUACUUUUAUAUAGUUUAUCGACUUAAUGGUAAUUAAAGAAAAAAAAAAAACUGUGGCUUAUAAACUACUCCGGAGUGAUGACGUCUGGUUUAAUACUGUUUACUUACCGGCGGCGGUUUUACCUUUAAGUGCAGCUAACCCAACCCCCGGCAAAAUUUCUGCGAUUCAAAAAAUUAAAAAUAAUGAAAAAAGUUUCUUUAAUACUGCAUUGAUAUUAUAUUUAACCUCAGCGUCAUUAAUUUAUCGUAAUCCUAUAUUAUGUUGUAAGUAAUGUGCUUACCUGCGCUGUCUGAAGUUCGUAAUUUGUUUACAUGUAAACAAAUAUUUUAUUUUAUUUACUUGCAAUACUCGUUUUAACCAGAAGAAUAAUAUAUGUAUCAUGUUCUUUUCGUUAACGAGAUAAAACAACUUUACAAAAAAAUAAUAAUGAUGGGUAUGCCACUUAUUAUAAUAGGAGGGAAGUUGAAAGGGAGGAUAUGUAAAGUGAUUUACAAUUUCUAUCUAUAUGCAAUAACAAACCAUCGCUAACUAAAAACGAUUACGAUCAGAGUAUUAUUUGUUGUAUUAAUUUAAUUAUUUUAUAACCCAGAAAUCAACAAAAAUAUUGUAAAAAUGUCCAGUUUUUCCCAUUUAAUGAGAAAACUAUCAAGAAAAUUACCUACACAGUGUACCGACCAGAUUAAAAAUGCCACAAGAAAGUACCUAUAAAGUUUUUAGUUGGUUUGAUCGGAGCAAGAUUCUUGGUAGAAAAAUUGUUUACACACGAAAAAAAAAUCCACCAUAGUAAAACCACAAAUACAUUCAUCGCUUCGCCCAAAUACUAAAAUUACAAAUAAAACACAAUUUGUUCAAUCCGCUCUUUCGUAAUGAUAUUAUGUUAUAAUACACUGUAAUACCGUAAUAGCGUUAGAGUAUAAAACAUUUUACGAAGAUUAUAUAAAAUAUUAGUCCACACGAGAGAAUUUAAACCGCGGGACUCGUCGUAAACGUUUAUCGAAUUAAAAAAUAAUGCUGGUAGGUAUGGAAUAAUUAAUUAGCAUAAAAUAUGUGUUGUACCCUUUGUGACAAAAACGCUUUAGAAAACACACACACGGAAUAUGCAAAACGUACAGCUAAACUCUCGAGUAUUUAUACACACAUAUUCAAAAUGUAUACGUCCAUCGUUAUUAAUAUGUAUGUACGAUUAACGGAUUAAAUAAUAUUUAUAUAGCUAACUUAAUUCGAACAAUUCGUUUUGAAAAAAAAACAAAACACAAAUAUUCGAGUUACAUUCGAAAACACUUCAUUAUAUAUUUAAAUAUACGUUAUUCUUUUUUUUUUUUUAAUAUUAAUUUCAAAACGAAUCGUUUUGCAUUUUACGACGCAUACCCAUAUGAUACAAUACGCGAAUAAUAUUAUUACGGUAGGUAAUAAUAACGUAAGCGCGCCGUUCCCGUCCGUUUCGUUGUGUCUGUUGGGCACCUGCGUAUAAUAUAUCGUAUUUUUAUUAAAUUUUUUUUUUAUUUUCCCGUAAUUAUACCUGGGCAUAUUAUAAUAUAGAAACGACACUCGUCGCCGUUCAUCAGUAAACAUAAUAUUUUAUAACAUUUUCGUACUUAUGACGUGUGUACACACCGUUUAUGUACCUAGUAUAUCAUGUAACAACAAUAAUAAUAUUAUUAUUAUGCUCGUAUAAAUACAUAUGUGUGUGCACAGUAACAUCGCGACCGGUUGAUAGCGUUGGUUUUUUACGGCGGAAAAGGAAAAACUCCUCGAGUUGAAGUAAAUAAAUAGAACGCGCGCGCGAUACAAUAUAAAAGAAUAUAAAAUAGGGCGGAAAAAAAAUAACGUAUAACCACUCGGACUCAAACAUCCGUUUUUUUUUUUUUUUCUUUUUAUCAAUGUUUAUUAUUGUAAUAAAAUGCCACAGUAUACGGUUGUUAUAUUUUAUUAUACGCAGCUAUUCGGUGGUGGCGUGUACGACAUAUGUAAAUAUUAUAGUAUGUUUUAUAUAUGUGUAUAUAUUAGCCAAGUUGGACUAUUUAACCGAAUUUUUUUAACCAGUCCAAUUAAUCCUACGAAGACGAAUAAUAAUGUGACUUACAAUAAGUUGAGCUAUGCAUUUUUAGGAAAUAUAAUAGCUUUAAGGUGAAGUUAAAAGUUAAUUUUUUCCGAAAAUAGAGUAUUUUUUACUGCUUCUUUAAACAGUUCCCUUUAGGCCAAGAUAGCUCCAACUUGGGAAUUAGAGUUUUUUUAUUGGCAAAUUAGUAGUGUUACAUUUUUGGUUGAAUUUCAAUGCUACACUAUGUUGUUGGGGGAAAAGGGUGUCUUUUAGCCUUGUACACCGCUAACAGAUCUCAAAUGAAGGGUUAUGCUAUUUUGUGUAUACGAGGGUGUUUCAUAUGGUGAUUUCAAUUUUAAACCCCCUCCUCAACCAUUUUUAUGUUCAGAUUUCAUGUUUUAAUAGGAAAUAUCAGGUUUUAAUUACCCUUACAUACUUAUGGAAGUAAAAACUUGAUUAAAAUAUGUCUUUAUAAAUAUAAUUAUUUUUUGGGGUAUGCCUUUAGAAAGUUUGAACUUUUGACCUCCGACACCACAGUCUGUAUUUUAUCGAAAAAUAUCGACUACAUACUUUACCUAUUUUUUGAUAAAAUGUUUUUGCUCAAUUCCUUAUCAUUGUUUAAAAAAAAGAAAAACAUGGAAUAUUGUAAAAAAUCAGCUGGUGGAAAAUUCGACUUUAAUGACGGAGCUCUACUACUCAUGUGUUUUUUUUAAUUACCUACUAUAUAAUAUGCACUCAUAAACGUAUUAUGUAUAUUAUAUACUCGUAUAAUAGAAAAUUCAUGAUUAACCAUUCAAGACUCGUGGCAAAAAAUAAAUACAAAAUAUUUAUGUACCUGAAAGUUCUUUUACAUGAAUAUUAUUCUAAAUAAACGACUUUUUAGAAAUAACUUGAAUUAAAAUUAUUCAUUAAAAUAAAUAACUAAAUUAUUGAUUAAUUAGUUAAUUUAAAAUGUAACAAAACGUGUAGAUAACUUAAUUAAUUUUUAACUUUUUUUAAACUAGUUACUAGUUAGGUAGUAACCUAUCGAGUUUCAUUUUGUUUGAUAUUCCCAUAUUAUUUAUACGGCUAUUUAAUAUUACAAUUUGUACGAACGAAAGUGUAUACUUAUAAUUUUAUGGCCCAUAAUGUUUCUUUUACAAUAUACCUUUCGUGUUUGAUCGAUAUCAAUUAAGUUUACUUAUAAAAAUAACACGCUUCCGCGCUUUAAUUAAACCGAAAGUCGUAUAACGGUAAGCGAAACUUUAAAGCGCAUUUACACUAUAAAGAUAAAGUUAUAUAGGGACAGUAAAAACUAUGCCUAUAACGAAACUCUGCGUAACCGACGAAGAACAUUUCAUUUAAAUUAUAUACUAAGGUUGUACUAAUAUAGGCCAUGCUAUGGAAUUAAAUUUUGAAACCAAUUGAAAUUAUUUUAUAACGAUUGUCUUAAUGCCAGUUGGUAGGUAACAACAAUUUUCCCGGUCCAAAAGUGUAAUUGUCGGGAUACAAGGGUAUGUAAAUUCAUCCCAUGAUUUUUUUAAACACAUCUAAAAUGUGUAGAUGUAAUUGUUAAUUUCAUAUAAUUUAUAAUCUAAAACGAUCAAUUUUGUAAUUUUACAAAAAAAUGUUGUUACUUAUAAAUUUACAAAAUUUACUUAUAAUUUUAAUAGUAUUAAAAGACAUAAACACCAUUAUUAAUAAUAUUAUGUUUAUAUUAUAAUAGUACUGACUCCAGAGUAAUGAUAGUUUUGCUAAAUUAAAUCAUAAACGAUUUUCAUAAAUGUAAGUAUUAUAAAAUAUAUACUUGCAUAUUUAUGUAUUUUAUAAUACUGUUGUGUUUUGUUUUAUUGUUUAACUUUCGAAACGUAGGUAAUCUACUUGUAAUUAAAUUAUGUUUAUUUAAAAUACCUAGGUAUAGGUAUUGUUGAGUUGUUACCACCUGAUUUUGUUUUAACUUUUAUUAUAUUUAUUAUAUUAUACGUAAUAUAAUAUUGUUUGUUCUAAUAAUAAACUUAUUGAGUAGGUAAUUUUUGUGCAUUUAUAAAAUAAAUAACCAAUAUUGAAAUUAAUUUGAAGUACGUUUUUGAAUUGUAUUAUACAUUUGAAUAUAUGAUGAUUGAAAAAUAGAGCUAAGUAUGGAAAUUAUAGAUUUCGUGCUUAAUAUGGUACGCGAGCGGAUAUCAAGUUGAUAUUAAUUUCCAGUAUAAAUUUUAAAUCCCAUGAAAAAAUAUGAAAUAAUGUACCCUGUCCCGGCCAAUUAUUAUCGGUACUUACACGAAUUUAUCACAAAGAUUUAAUAUCUGGGCGGUAACUGCAAUUAAUCAUUAUAACACGUAUAAUGUAUGUAGAGUAGUGGAAUCGCGGUAGAGAAAGUUAACAACUAUUAAAAUUAUUUUAUAUCUCUGUAAUAUUUUCUAUUUCUUGUGUAAUUUAAAUAAAUAGAACGCGGUAGUUUAAAACCACCAUAUUUUAAAUGUAGAUUUUCUUUCUUUUUUUAGAUACAAGUCGUAGGCGAUAAAUAUGUCGGUUUUACUGUGAUGUGUCCGAUUUUUUUUCUCUCUCUGUUAACAACCUUUCUGUUAGAAAUCUUGCUCUAAUCAAAAAAUUACAAGAAAUCUUUUUUUUAUUUUUUGUAUUUUGUUAUAAUUGGUGCAUUUAGGACGUCAUUUUUUGAUUUUCGAAGCGUUUAUCAUAAUAAUUGAGAAAAAUCGAGAAAAAAAUGUAUAGGAAAACUGGACAAAUAUUUACGACAGUAAAGAGUUUCAUUAUUCUCGAUUUUAUUAAACAUUUUUUGAGUAGUUUUUUUUUAUUAAAAUUACGACAGUUCAAAACACGUGUAACCCAAAUUCACUUAAAAUCAUUUUUUGUUAGUCUUGGUUUAUCGUCACGUACAAGUAUAAAUUAAAUAAAUGUAUCCUAUCUUCCCAAAUUCCCACACACUGUUGUUGCACACCCAUUACUAGAAUCAACAAUUAAUGGGAAUCAUAAAAAUUUCACUCUGUAUAGUUAUAAUGCAAUAUUUUCAUAUGAGUUUAAAUGAAACGAUUACUACUUUGAAAUCCAAUAUUUAUAGUAAAUACCUAUGGUUUAUUAGCUAGUAGCUAAACCGAUUUAAAGUUUUAAAGAGCCGACGGAUUCGGGAAAGUAUUACUUUUUCGUUUCACUGCACAAUUAUAACGAAUCCUCGAGCAAAAUAUGUUUUGUGUAAACUGCAGUAUCGUAAUCCAAUUUCACUUUAUUUUUAUUUUCCAUUGGUUAUUUUUUAGUAUACUUUAUCAUUACAAAAAAUAGCGUGUAAGAAUUUUUGGUACUUUUUUCCUCCCCUCUCCCCCUAUAAAACCUAUUUCUGAUUAUCAUAUGGCGUAUAGUGGAUAUUGGUAUAUUUGAUGAAAAAUUAAAAUAAUCCAUCCUGUCUCGUAAAAACUUUUGAUUUUAAUCGAAAAUAAAUUAUUGAUGAAUAAAAAUAUUUUAUUCAUGUGAUUUUAUAAUAUAUAUAUAUUUACAUUAAUUAUAGUACUGAAAUAGUGUAUUCGAUUUACUAUAAUGUGUGUUUCUAUUCCGUCUGUAAUCAACUUUCGACAACCGAUCUUUAUCCAACCAUUAACAUCGCGAAAGAGGUUUCUCGAGGGUAACGAAUUUUUUCCCGUUAAGUAGGGAAUCGGGGUGAUAUUUUUGAUUUUCCUAUUGCUAGUUUAAAUAAUCAAACCACCGAAAAAAACUGUAAUGGUUUGUCGUCGCCAAGUCCGAAUACAGGGGAUGUCAGAGGUUCAACCUCCCUCCCCCCGGAAUUUUUAAAAUAGGUAUUUAUUUAUAAUAUAACAAAGACUGACUUUUAACUUUAUUUUAACCCACCCCUUCUCGAAAAUUGAUCCUGAAUACGAGCUUGGUCAUUGCAUACAGUGCAGUAUGUAAAAAAAACCGAUUCUAUGAAUAUCCUAUUUUCCCGACAUUCAACCAACAGCAGUGGCCUAUCCGUGAUAGCAGUAUUCGCCAUUCUGCACUAUACUUGACGCACGCUAGAAUAUCUGUUGUAAUAGUGACAAUAAUAUUCUUGCAGGCUUCUAUAAUUAAACUUUUCCAAGAAAGUAUUUUAUGGCAACAAUCGCUUGGGGGGGGGGAUAUUGCGUAAAAAUAAUUCGAGGUCUUGAAAUUGAAAAUACGAAAUUAUAAUUAGGUACUGUUGGUACAAUAUACUUCUUCCGCCCGUAUUUAUUCUAUAUUUUCUUUCUUUUAUUAUUAUUAUUUUUGGCGGAGUGAAAUAUUUCGUAAACCUACUGAAGUUCAAUUGAGCCAGGGUCUAUUUUUUUUAAUGUAAUCCGACGCAUUGUGUGUAAUACGAAAUAAUGAAACGUCUAAUAAGUGAUGAUUAAAGAUUAACUCAUAACAAUAUUAUCAGCUAAAAAAUCUGAAAACGAGUAUAAAAUUUGUAGAAAAAUCAUGAACCUUUCGUAAAAUUGUAGCAAAAAGUGCCGGCUCACUAGAUAUUACUCUUUAAAAAAUAUCUUACCGGGACGCAACUCGGAAUUUUCGUGCCCGACUUUUCGAUCAGAUAUCUUGAUCCUAUCAACAACAAUAAGGGUAGAGAAUUCUGGUAGAAAACGUUGUCUGGCAUACGCGUUAAAGAGGUAAUUUUUCGAAUUUCUUUGUACUUUUUUCAACAAUGAGAGUAACCCGAAAAUUCCGAAAAACAAGAAUUGUACAGUUUCGGUUAAAAUAUAGAUUUUUUUUCUAGUUAAAAUUUAUAGCAUAAUAAUUCGUUUAAAAUUGUUGCAAUGCAUAAUGUAACUAUAGUGGAUAAUAUUUUCAAUAAUAUAAAUUUUAAAUUUAUUAAAAAAAAAAUGUUUAAUCGUAUUCCUCUCAGAAUCGUCGGUUGAAUUUAUUUGGCCGGUAUAUUUACGGAACGAUGGUUUUUUUUUAUUUUUUUUUUUUUAAAUCGAUUUGGUUUUAUUGUAAUUCAGCGAAAAAUAUUCCUAGAUAAAUUACAAUUUCCAUCGGAUAUAUAUUAUAUAUUAGCACUUUGUAGAAUUGGUACGGUUGAAAAAAUGCGCGGACGUUUUACAAUGCUUGCAUAAAAUUACAAUAUUAUUAAUUAGUUUCUGUUGGUGCAAUACUAUUUAAAUAUUUCGCCGUAAUUUAUUAUUACUUACUUAAUUGAUGGAACGGAAUAUAGGCACGUCAUCUCGUAUACAACCUUCUGAGUUCGACCGAACAAUAUUAUAAAUAGGUACUAUAAUAUACAUACAAUAAUAAUAAUAAUAAUGAACGAACAAACAAAACAAUUUAUAUUUUAAUUUGAAAUAUUAUAUUGUACGUACAUAUUGUUGUUGUUGUAAUACCUAUAUUGAAGUACUUCGUAUAACAGUACUUGUUUAAAUAAUUUAAUGAGGGUUUUACAGAAACGUAUUUUUAUGUAUGCGUAAUAUAUUAUAAAUUAAUAAGUAUGAAAUAAAAAAAAAAAAUAUAUUAUGUUAUGUAUUUUUUUUAUUUUUUUUUUUUAACGUUCCACAUUAUUUUAUUUAUUCACAGGUACGGUGAUAUGGUUCCGGAAACAAUAGCCGGGAAAAUUGUCGGAGGUGUGUGUUCGCUUAGCGGAGUGCUCGUUAUCGCACUGCCCGUACCAGUAAUUGUGUCCAACUUCAGUCGAAUUUACCAUCAAAACCAGCGCGCGGACAAGAGAAAAGCUCAAAGAGUGAGUGUUCCACAUGCAUACGUAAUAAUGUAAUGUACAGAUGUACAUUUAUUAUUUUAUUAAUUAAAAACGCCAACGCUAAAUUAUUAUACACUCCGAUAUAAAAUAAAAUCAAUAUUUUUCCACGACCUUGUAAUAAUUAGAUUUUAGGUGUAUAAUAUGUAACUACGCUUGUUACGCGUUUUUUUUUUAUUUUUAUUGCAUUGUAAUGUUAUUCAAACGUUUCUUUUUUUUUGAAAGUUCACGGAAAAUUAAGUUUAUUAAAACAUUUUUUUUUCGUUUUUAACUUUUGAUUUGAUUAUCCACAUUGUUCAAUAGAACCUUUGGUUUCGAGUUGUAACGACAAGUUUCAAUAUAAAGAUCCCGGUUAUAUAUUUUUACAUUAAUAAUCUAAGAAUGUUCAAUAAUAGUUUUUCUUUAAAACACAAUAUCAUUAUUAUCCGAAUUUUUUUUUUUUCAUUAUUAUACAUAUAAUAUUACAUAUAUAUGGACUAGCAAAAAUUCUUUCCUCGAUAUUUAAUAUUGCCAAAUACCAAUAUUUACGUAGAACUUGAUCAAAUCUGCAAAAAAAAAAAAAAAAAACCCGAACAAUAUUUCACUGAUAAAUAUCUACUAUAUAUUUUUUUCUUAAAAUACAUAAUAUUGUAAUGAUAAGAUGAUAUUUUAGAUGAUCAUGACGAUGACACGUCAAUUAUUUUUGACGAUUUAUAGCAAGCAUUUGAUUUGUACUUACAUGAUAAUAUUAUACUACGGUCGGUUGAACAUUUUUGAGUUUAUAAUAUUAAAAAAUUUAUCGACAUUUUUACACUAUAUGCUUCGGAUAUCUCAUAUCCCGUGUUAUCCCCAUAAUUCACAAUUAUCAAUUUAUCAAUUUCUUAUUCAUAUAAUGUAUAAUAAUCAUUAAAUUCUACUUAUUACUGUAACUUUUUAUACACAAAAUAAUCGACUAAUACAAACCUUACGUAGUAGUUAAGUUUAUAAUCACCAUUUUAAAAAUCAUCGAAUAUAAUAUAAUAUUGAUAAAUCGCCAGGCAAAUGUGUUGUUCGAGGAUAACGUGACACGUGAUUUACUUCAGAUUAAAAAAUAUGCUUGCGCCUAUUUACUUGCCUAUAGUUAGUAAACUACGGAUUAAAUCCGUAUUGGUUUUGUCAUAUAUUAAUAAUCUACAUACGAACGAUGUGAAUAAUUCGUGUUUUUACAGAAAGCUAGGCUCGCCAGAAUAAGGAUAGCAAAGGCCUCCUCGGGUGCCGCGUUUGUGAGCAAGAAAAAAGCGGCCGAAGCCAGGAUGGCCGCUCAAGAAUCCGGUGUAGAGCUUGAUGAAAACUACAAAGAAGAAGAUAUUUUCGAGCUGCAACAUCAUCAUUUACUUCGGUGUUUGGAAAAAACUACUGUAAGUAAUUUGAAUGUUGAGUGUUUACAUGUUUUUUUAUCCUAUAUUCGUAUACCUAUAAUAUACUCGUCUUCUCCGUAUAUUCGUGUACUUCACUUAUUAUAAUAUUUUUUCCCAUACAUAUAAUAUUAUUAUUGUUAAUUUUAAACUGCAAUGUGCAUUGCACGGGUACCUAAUUAUCAUUUUCCUUACGCAUAUGCUACCGAAAAAUCGCUAGUGUUCUCCGUUACACGGAAACAAAUAUAACCAUUAGAUAAGUUUUUGGGCUUGGAAGACUAAGUAAAUUGAAGACAUAACUGGAUCAAGCCUGCUUCAAUUUAAUAAGUGUUCUCCCGUUCUCCUCCCUAUCCCUAUUUCCAUAUUCCCUCUCGUUUCAACGCUUAACCCAAUAUCUGCUUCCUUCUCUUUUUUUGGAUGCAAUUUGAUGAUAUCUACAUUUCAGUUGUGUAUCCUGAGCAGUAGCACCCAGAAAUGUAUCUUAUGUAAAAAUAUAAAUAUGCUCAUUGAUUAACAAUUUUUUUUUUUUUUUUUUAGACUGAGUAUUCCAAAAUCUAAUUUCCAUUAUUCUAUAACUAGGUGUUGGUUAUGAUAUUAAACGAAUGAAUUUACGCUAUUUUUAAACAUUGAUCGAGUCACACAGAUUCUGUUUUGCGAAAAUAAUAAUAAUUUUUUUUUUCAACUUAAUAAAAAUAAAAUAAAAACGCUGAGAAUAUAUUGUUAUCUUAAUAACUGAUCUUUAUCCAACAAGGAUAGAUGAUUACGGUUUUUUUUAUUUAAAUAAUAUAUGCAUUCACUCUUACGUUUUGAUAAUGUUAUAAUUUUGUUGUUAAUUUUGUGUAAUUUUAAGUAAAGACGAUUACUCCUAAACAAAAAUGAUUUUCAUGCAGCUUAAUACGAAAUACACAUCAGUAAAUUAAAUUAAGAUCAUUUGAAUUCAAAAUACCUUUUCGUUAUAUAUGUUUUUGUUAAUUAUUAUCGUCACUUACCUACCCUAUUGAUAUGGUAGGUAUAUCUUUGGUGUUAUAAUACAUUUAAUAUAAUAUGAUGAUGGUCUUCUUACGCCCAACCAGAAAUAAUCAAGUUCGUGUGGAAACUUUUAAUUGCGCCACGGCAAAACGAAGAAAACUUUGAACACAAUAUUGUUUUAAGAUUUCAAUAUUCAUUAAAAUACUUGAUGUGAAAGAUAAAAUUAACGUACUCAAUUAAAAGCAAUCAAAAAUUACUCCUUUAGAGGUCCAAAAUACUUGCGUUUUUAUAAUUAUGUACAUUUUAUAACUUCAGUAUUGGAUACAAUAGUCGAUUGUUGCUGCAAUUAUUGUAAUAUAUUAAUACAAAAUUUGUGUACAGGUUAGGUACAUUAUAGAAAAUAUAAAUUAUUAUUUUUCAUUUUUCAUUAAUUAAAAAAUUGAAAAUUAUCGAAAUUUACUGCUCGUCCACUAAUUUUUUUUUCCAUGAAAAUUUGAAAAUUGAAUAGGUUUUUUUGAUAAAAUGUAUAAUAAUGUAGCAUAAAAAAAAUAAUGUAUAUCUAGGUGGGGAAAAAAUAUUAGGUACCGACAUUAGUAUAAUAAUUCCCAUUUCACAUAUUUUUUACUAUUUCGGUUUCAUUCUUACCCACUGCAGUACGUGUGUUAUUUAUUACAUAACCAUACGACGUACUUAAAAUUUAACAUGUUUCUAAAUGAUUAACACCUGACUAGCAUAAAAUAAUUUCAUUUCAAUUCCAUGCGUAAUUUUAGCCCGUAGAUAUUUACAUUACAUUGCAAAUAAAUGUUAUAAUAAAUCGUAUUAACAUGCAUAGUAUUAUUGUCGAUUUUACGAUGGUUCUCGGUAAAUAACUGUAUACAAUAUCUUUUAGCAUGCCAUACUUAUUAUACGUAUAUUUGUAUUUAUAUCUGCAAAUAUCAUCCGAAAAAUAUGCAUUUUCUUAGUACAAUAUCGAUUUCAAACGUGCUUAUACGUACGGUAUACAGUUAUAGUUGAAUAAAUAAUAAUAAUUCUACCUCUACGUUUAUUUAAUGAUUACUCAUAAAUUGUUGUUAUUCGACAAUUUCGUCGAAAUUUAUUAUAGUGUACAUUAGUUCAAAUUACCUGCAACAUAUACAUAGGAUUCAUUGCGAGAGCCAAAUUAUUCAUGUUACUAUAUUAUACUCGUAUAAAUAGUAAAUAAAAACAAGAGGUAGAAACUAAACGAUUUCUCAAAAAAUAUGUAUUCGAGUUCUAUUUUUACGAAUUAUUCCUUGAUUAUAUUUUCGAAUAGAAUUCAUAAUAUUUUAUAUUGUAAGUACCUAUUUGUAAAUAAUACAAGAGCAAAUGUAGGUAUUGUAGUACCUAUAUAUUUCUUAAAACAAAUAAAAAUACCGACUGCGUUAAAUGAAUAUUAUAAUAUAAUGUAGACGUGAUCAGGAAUUUUCAAUGGGAGGGGAUGUAGCAAAUAACAAUCACGAAAAAAUCGUUAAAUCUCUAUCUCGAAUUCACGUGGCCAUGGGCAUUUGAAUGCCGGAUCCGAAAAAGCCGAUUUCUAAUCAAUAAAACAACCUAUUCCUUUUUAACUCGACUGAGUAUAUACAUUUCAAGAUUAAAUUACUAAAUAAAAAUAAAUAUUCGUAUAACUGUUGCAUUAACAAGUAAAUCGAGGGAGAGAGAUAUAACCCUUAACUUCAUCCACAGCGCAUAUCAUUGAUAUAAUAUUUUUACUAUUAUCAGAUUACAUAUUAUUUCUAGACGGUGUUUCUCUGAUGAAAAAAAAUAUUCAAAAAAAUUCGAUAAAUGAUAUACCUACCAUUUUAAUGAUUAAGUUUCGCGGUUUUAACGAAUCUUUAUUUUACAUUGUAUUCCCACACUGUUUUUGGGCUGUAUUUGUAUCCGUUACAUAUUUCCGUUAGGGAAAUUUAACACCUUUGUUUGUUAUAAGUUUGCUGUGUUUAGAGUUUGUUUUAAAAAUGCGAAAUAAUCGGAUCCAGUGACAUUAUCAGGAUUUUGUACUGGAGGAGGGGCUAAAUACGUUUUUGUUUGAAUCAUCGGCUUAGAUAUGCGACUCCCUCCACACACAAAACAAUUAAUUAGAAAAGUGUAUUCAUCAACAUAUAUUUUAAUACAAUGCUUUAAACAUAAAUUGAUGAAAAAUCACAUAAAACUUAAUGAUGAUACGAGAAUAUAACGAGAGUAUAAUAAUUUAUACGUCUUGACAAAUCUUGUAACUAUAAUAUAGUAUAUACUAUACUAUACAAAAUAAACACCCCUUUGACAGCUCCAUCCUUCUAUAUACGAACAAACAUUUUAAGCAAAGGCAGUAAUUAUAAUAUAAUUGUCAUUAAUGUCCUCUUUUUUUAUUUAUAUUAACCAAAGCUGACUCACUGAGUCUAUUUUCUGACACAGUACUCCUCUUUAAAUGCGUUUUCAUACGAUUCAGUGUAGACAACUUUCUUUCGGGUAUGAAAGAAAUAAUUAGAAACGCAGUUAACACGAAAAUCGUAAAAGAGUACGCAUACAUAAAUAUUGCCUACAAGAAAGAAAGGGACUAUAGUCUUCUUAUCCCCUAUUUCCUUGUUACGACUGUUUUUACUAGACCACUUGUAUAUAAUAAUAAUAUAAAAAGCUGUAUUUUAUAACACUGUAUACACAUAUAAACCGCAGUAUUUUUUGCAGUCAGUAUUAUAACCGUCCAUUUGUUUUUUUCAUUUUCUUUUAACCGCGAAGUAAAAUCUAUAUUUUCGUUCUAUACUUUUUAUUCGAUUGUGUGUGUUUAUCGAACCUCGCGUUCCGGUUCUAUUUUAUUUUGUGAUGUUUAUUUAGGAUUCUAUAUAGGUUACGUGUGUGGGUUACGCUGCAGAAAAAUAACAACUGUUAUUAAUGAUUAACCUCACCGGCAGUUUGUUUUUCUUGAAUUAAGUACCUAACUAUGGAUUUUUUUUUUUUUAUUUUUUUGUUAACAUCUGUUCGACCGCGCGCACGGAAAAAACAAAAUAAUAUUAGACUUAUACAGAUAAAAUUAAAAUUAAAACAAAUUCAUUUAAAUUAUUUAUAUUCUUGUUUAAUUUUAAAGCUUUCAAGGUAAUGAUAAUUUUGUAAUUGAAUUAUUGAAUUUUAAUGCUGUAAACAAUGGUGACAAUAAAAACAAAAAAAACUACCGAAUCUAUGUGUUUUUAACAUGAAAACAUUGAUCAUUUAAUUCGGUCAAGUUGGCAAAAUAUGAUUUUAAUAUUUUAAUUUUAAAAUGAACGGGUACUGCUCACCUGCUCACCGGUAGGUCACUGUUAUAUGUAAGAAUUUGGAAAAUUAUAAGUACAAUACAAUGUCUAAUACAUUUUAAGCAGCGAUACACAAUCGUAAACGAAAAACGAUUCUGAACGAAAUUUAGUUUAGCGAUUCUCGGUUUUCUCCAAUGUAAAUGAUUAGGAAAAGUAAAAGUAAAAUGUAACAAUAAUCGCUCUUCAUUAAAAGAGCAUCGGUGGGACAAAAUUAGACAUCUUAAAAAAAUUAUAUAUUUUAGUAAAAUCAUAUACGUUCCUCUUUUCACCCAGAAUCUAAAAGUUAUUACUUAUCUAUUAUAAAUAAUUUGUUAAUAAUAUUUUGUAUAUUAACUAAAGACCAUAAAAUAUAGUUACGAAGUAUUCCUAAUGAAACCAGCUGGUCAUCGGUCUGAUCCCUUAGGAUUUGAUGCACGAUUCAAUUUGCGGUUGGUUAUUGUGACAAAACAUGAAGCCUCUUAUUUUUUAAUUUUUCCAUUAUUUUACAAAAUUGAAAUGACCCCAAAAAUCUUGAAAAUACGAGAACAUGGUGUUGGGCAUUUAUUAAAUCUAUGAAAUUUAUUUGUGAAAUCGGGGAGUCGAAAACAUAUUUUUGGUCAUAAUUUGAAAACGUGAAAAGAACGAUGGAAUUGUAUUCAUUUUUUUUUUUGGAAGAAAAUAUAAUUUUAUCAAAGCAAAGUUUAUUUUUAUUAUUUUUAAAAUAAAUUUCGGGAAAUAUUUAUUAUAAAAAUGAAAAAAAUAUAUAUUUGGCGUUCUCAUCCCAUUUUCAGAUUAUGGCGAAAACAAUGUGAGUUCCCGAUUUUACAAAAAUACUGCAAAUUUCCGUCUAUAUUUUCUCAUAAUGUCAAGAUUUGUGGGGUUCCUGCAUACUUGAAAAAUUUUAAAAGAUUAGAUACAUCCAUUUUUUCGCAGAACGGCCUAAAAAAUUAAUUUCGCAUCAAAAUCCCAAAGGUUAGGCUACUAGUUACUCUUGAAAUUCCCAAUAUAUUUUUUUUAUUAGGUUUUUAAAUUUUAUCGGGUAAGCCAGAUGAUUAAUACAAUAGCCAUUAUUUUGAUUUCAAUGGUUUUUAUUGUGUAGUGCUAAAAAAAACGAAUCCCGAGGAAACUCGAAAUUAAAAUCAAAACUUCCAGUUUUUAUUUCUCGUCAAUUCAAAUACAUAUUUUAUGUUCAUUAUAAAUAUAUAGGUAUUGUCGUUGUGUGUAUAUCGAAAUGUUAAUUUAAUAAUAGCUAGGUCAGAUAUUUAUCUGUAUGAAUCAUCAUAUAUUGAUUGGUUGGUCUAAAUUAUGGAUAGUGUAUACCAAAAUGUGUUUCAUGACCUAACGAUUCUGUAUAAAACAUUUUAUUUUACAUAUUUAAUUCAUAUUUUAGUGUCCUGUGCAAGUUUAUGUGAAAGAUUUCAUUCAUUAUUAAAAUAAUUUUUUUCAUCGUUAUUUAUGUUGUUGUUUUUUUUUUCGAGCAUAUUUCGGUAUUUUUAGUGCAUAUCUGCAAUCUGCAUUAUAUAUAUUUACAGGUUUUUAAGGCAUAUUGCAUUUGCCCAAUUAAUAAUAUUUAUUAAACACGACAACAGAUGUGUGAUGUUUACAUUUCACACUGUACCUAUAUAGGAACCAUGAAAGGGUUUACAAACCGUUUGAAAACUAUCUCCCCAAAAUACAACUUCGAAAUAGAGUUUUUUAAUAUUUCUUAACGAUAUAAUUAUACAUUUUUUUAUAUAACCCUGAACUUUUUACGCUGCCGAAAAAAGAUAAAUUGAGACUAACCUAAUUAUUCUCCAUUUUUAUGUCAAAUUACUGUUUUUUAAUUACAAUUUUAUUUUAUAUCAUUUUAUAUUUAACGAAAAAACUAAUUUCGUACCACUCUCGGACAAGUUUAUUCCGUUUUCGUUUAUAAUUUUGCUCGUAGGUAUAAUUUUUCCAUUAUAUGACCCUCCUCCCUACACACGGUGAAUUUAAAUGAAAUAAAUUCAUUCAACACAUAUUAUAUUCGAUCGUGGUGAUGCGCAAUAUCUAAAAUAUUCCAAGAUAUUUCUUGUUUAAAACUUAAAAUAAAUUUGAAAUCGAAUGUUUCUUCCACGUCCUCAGGAUUAUUUCUCGGCAGUUCUGAAUAUCGUAUACGCACUUAUCUAAGCUUCUAAGACAUGUGCGUAUAAACAAAGAUGAACAUAUUUUAUUAAAAUCAACUAUAAAACAUAUUGUAUACUGGGUGAUUCUUUUUGUGUUAUUCAGCGAUAAACUUCAUAUCCAUUUUUUUUCAAUAAAAUCCCAUCUCUACUCCUGUGGUCUACAUUUUUUACCUGUUAUAAUGGGUGUAAUAUAUGUAUUUAAAAAGAUGGGAGUUUAAUUUAUCAAAAAAAAGGAGCUAUUUAAAAACCUAAAGUGUACACUAGCUCAUUUAAGGUAUAAGAGGAUUGGCGGUAAAAAUUUGAAAAAGUGUUAAAAUAAGUGAUUUUAUAGUGAUUGGAAAAGAAAACCAGUAAUAAAAUUAGCAUAAAUUCCCCCGAGAAAAUCACUAAAACGUAAUAAAAUAAGAAUCGUCUUGUAUUCGCCACGUAAGUAUUUAUCGAAAGAAACCGUUUCUAAAAAUGUUUCUAAAUGGAGAGCCACGGACGACAUUUUCUGCGAACGUCCUUUAAAAUUAAUAUGCGAAGUAGUUGAAAAUCCAUUGUCGCGGAUUUAACUUUGAAUAAUGUAAGUACAUCCACAGUUUGUUUGAGAAUGAAAACACUUAAGUACCUACCUACCAAAAUGUAUUUCUUAAGUUCACUCCGCAUUAAAUGAAAUGUACUUGAAUAUCUAUAAGUUGGAAAUUCUAAGUGAAUAACAAUUUAAAGUAGAUUUACCUAUAAAUAAUAUACAAAUGGAAUUGGUAAAAUUAAUUUUAGAGCGUUGAAGAAGAAUAAAUUGAUCAAAAUGUAUUCAAUUUACAUACAUAUAAUACAUUAUAAUUACAAAAAUGAAUCAUUAGCUUCCUUAAAAUUGUAUAGAUAGGUACAGAUAAUAGAACGCAGAAAGUUAUUGAACACCUACCACAGUUUAAUAUACUGAAAAUUUAUAAAAACGGUCACACUAAUAACUGUUACCACGAGAACACAUUCAGCUAUGGAUAUUGGAUAUACCUACUCACUGUUUUCGUGAGAAACGUGUAAGACAUUUGCACAAUAUGAAUUGUGUACAAUAACGAGAUAAAAAUAUAAAAAAAAAUGAAAUGUCGGUGAGAGAACGGAAAUAUUAAUUCUGAUUUUUAAACAAAAAUAUAUUAUUCUUUUUAGUUGCGACCGUCAAAUUUGGCUAUCUUCGUACUGUUAUGUGUGUAAUUAUUAUUAUUUUUUUUUUUUGUUAUAUAUAGGUACCUAAAACAUUCUACAUAAUGUGAUGCUAUUUUAAAGUCUUCAAUAAAAGCAUAUAAUGUUAUAAUUAUAAUAUAAUAUUUAGUAUUUAAAAAUGUCGUGAGAUAAUUUGCGGGUUACGCAAAAUGGGAAUAUAUAAAUCUUCACAGGUCCAGCAUAAAUAUAUGCUUUUGAUAACAAACUUACAUUUUGAAUGUCAUUCUGUUCUAUAUCUUAUAAACUGAAUUACAAUAUAUAAUAUUAUCUACCUACUUACAAUAAUUGAUAUUAUUGUUUCAUCGUCUAUAUUACAUUAUGUCUUCUUAUAGUUACUUUCUGUACGUCAUCGUAGUGUUUAUUAUUUUUCUUUUUUUACAGUUAAUUGUCUAUAAUUUGUUUUGUUUUAUUUUUUAUUAUUUUUUUUUUUCCAUAAUUAUUAUUAUUAUUUUUUUUUGUGGAUGUUAGGAUAGAGAAUUUGUGGAGCUCGAAGUGCCGUAUAACGGUCAAUCGAAAAGGCCGUGCUCACCGUCUCCCCUACUGAGCCCAACCCAUUCUGCAUUGAGCAGGGUGAACUUCUUAAGCUCGUGCUGUACGAGAUGCUGUAAUCAACGGUAUCAGGUUUGCCAAUUUCUUUUUCAUUAAUACUACAUUAGGUUUGUAUAAAAUAGGCAAAUCGAUAACAAUUUUAAUUCGUACUGCAAAUCAACUGCAAAUUACAAUUACGUAGAUAAUCAUAUACCUACCUAUCUUGAUUAUUGUUAGAUGAUAACAAAAGCUCUCCAAUUGCUUUUUAAAUAUUAUAGUUUAGAUUUGAUAAUAAACCGUAGUAUUUUGUUCUUAUAUUCUUAAUAUGGUUUUGAUAAAAUUUUGAAUUAAUUAUAAAUAAUAGGUUUUUUUUUUUUAUGUAGACAUUUUAGAAACUUUGUCUUGCAUACCACACCGACCUCGUAUUUUUAAUUAUCUAAUUCAUUUUAUUUUUAUGCUUUUUUGUAUAAAUUAAAUUUUCUCUCAACAAUCAUCCCGUAGAAAUUGUAUUAAUAUUUUAAAUUUGCAUUUUUAAAACACAAUUUAUUUUUGUAAAUUAUUAUAAUAGCGUGAUAACUAAAAAUAAUAAGCAAUGGACAUUAUUUCCAAAUAUAUUGUGUUUCACUCACAGACUGACAAAUAUGUUUUAUCAAAUUAUUACGUAUAUAUAUAUGUUACCGGAAAAGAUCACAUUCAGUUAAUGUUAACAAUGACUAGUCAAUAACGAUAAUGCCUUAUUUAGUAAGGAAUUAACGUUAAUAACUAGUCAUUUGAUAACAAUUCCUAAUAAAAGAAGGCAUUGAUGAUAAUCAGAGCCCGGAAGUUCAUGCAUUCGCAUGUUUUUACUGAAUGGCCUGAAAAAUUGCUAGAUCAGCUACAAAUUUGAAUUAUAUUUAUACAAAUCCAAAUACAAAAUUUUAUUUUGCAUAUUAUUGCAUAUUUUACAAUUUUUUUGUUAUUAACUGCAUUUUUCAAUCAAAUAUUAUGUAAUUGACAAAAUAAAUUAUUUCUAAAUGACCUUUUAAUAAAUUUCUGAUACUUUCCAUUACGAUAACGAUUCUUUCAUCUUCUUGUAAUAUUAUAGAAUGUAGUCAGUUCUGGAUUUCUCGUUUAGAUUGUUUGGCGUGUUCCGUGAAGUAAUAUCGAGUGUCCGUCUUUUUAAUUAAAUUGUGUUAAAAUGCCGAAAGUAAAAACAUCAGCUACUUAUAGAGGUAAAAACUACGUUACUGAAUUCGGUGGACAUAUUUUCGCGUUUGACGGAAGUGUAUUAUUUUGUAAGAUAUGCGAGGUAAAGGUAAAGUACGAAAAAAUUUUCAAUGUCACUCAGCACUUCAGUACUGAAAAACAUAUAAGAGCCUCUAAUCGUCAAAAUAAAAAUACAACUCAACAGCUAAUUACUACUACACCAACACGAAAAUCCGAUUUUUCUAAGGAUUUAUGUGAAGCAUUCUUAAAAUCAAAUAUUCCAUUAGAAAAAUUAGAAAAUCCUUAUCUUUCUUCAUUCUUUGAAAAAAACGUAAACAAAGAUAUACCAUCUGUAUCUACACUGAGAAAAACAUAUGUCAAUGAUUGCUACGAAGAUACGAUGAAUGAGAUAAGAAAUCAAAUACUUAUUAAAAUAACUGGCUGUCUAUAGAUGAGACCACAGAUAUAGAAGGACGAUAUGUUACCAAUGUGAUAAUUGGAAUCUUACUAACUGACAGACCAGGUAAAAUAUUUUUACUUGCAUCGAAUGUAUUGGAAAAAGCAAACCACACGACAAUUAGUAAAUUAUUUGAUAAAACUCUUUUUUUCUUUGUGGCCUAAUGGAAUUAAACUUGACGAUGUUAUUUUAUUUGCAACCGAUGCAGCACCAAAUAUGGUGAAAGCUGUAAAAUCCAUUCAAACAUUCUAUUCUAAAAUUGUUCAUAUAACCUGCCUCGCUCAUGGUUUGCAUCAUGUAUGCAAGAAAAUUCAUGCAGAAUUUCCAAAAAUUGAUCAACUUAUUUCAAAUAUGAAAAGAGUGUUCUUGAAUUCAACGCCUGCUCGCGUUGAAUUGUUCCGAAGAGAAGUCCCAGAAACGUCAUUGCCUCCUUCUCCUGCCAUUAAACGUUGGAGAACCUGGUUAAAAUCCGAAAUAUACUAUUGUGAGAAUUUUAAACAAUUAAAAAAAGUCGUCAAUUUAUUAAAUGCUGUUGAUGUGCUAGCCAUUGGAAAAGUUAAACAAAUUAUGUCAAAAACAGAUUUAAAAUCAAAUUAAGUUUUUAUUUAUACAAAUUAUGGAAUUUUGGCUACGGGUAUUACAAGUUUAAAAACUUAGGAAACUCUUUUAACUGACACAAUCAAAACUGUGGAAAAUAUGAAAAAUAAAUUAACUACAGUAAAAUGUUCCAAAGGCAUUACAAUUUAUAAACAAUUUGAACAAAGUAUUCAAAAGAAUCUGGGCUUUAAAACACUAUCCAAAAUUUUAAAAAUUAUACUGGGAAAAGAAAUGACAAUGGAUAAUUUACCUGAAGAUGUUUCUUGUGAUGAUUUACUAUACUUUAAAUACGCACCAAUUUUUUCGAUUAACGUGGAGCGGAGCGUUUCGGUGUACAAAAAUAUGUUGGCAGAUAACAGGCGGUCGUUUAAAUUUGAGAAUUUAUCAAAAUUGUUGAUUGUGAAUUGUAAUCUUUAAAAAUGAAUAUUAAUUGAUAAAAUAAUGUUUUUAAUCACAAGUCAAGGAAAUUGAAAAAAAAAUCGUGAGUAGUAACUGUAUAACUAGUCAUUAUAUGAUAUAGUGAUAUAUACAUAUCUACAUAUAUCUAUUGAUAUGAUCAUAUCAGAAAUAAUAAGUAAUAAUGUUUUUUUUCCUCAUAUUUAUAAAUUUAAAAAAAAUAAGAGCAUAUUUAAUCACAUAUAUUAGUAUAUUACACACAUAUUGUAAUAAUGUUUUUUUUCUUCGUAUUUAUAAAUUUAAAAAAAAUAAGGGCAUAUUUAAUCACAUAUAUUAGUAUAUUACACAUAUAUUCGGUAGUUUUUAGUGCAUAAACUUCGGGGUCCUAAUGAUAACAUUAAAAAUUAAGUUUCAUAUCGAAUAAUAUAUUAUAAUACUUAUAACCCAAUUUAGGAUAAAUCAUAGUCUGUAUCUUUAUUGUUACAUGGUAAACUACUAUGACACUUAGAAUUACAUAAUCUAGUAGAUGUGCAACAAGCACAUCUAUUGGUUUUACACUGUGUUCUACAGAGGCAUCCCGUAAAACCUUGCGAUCCAAAAAUGCUGUUAUAGGCAGCUACUUCACGGAGAGUUAUUUCCUCUCCCUCUUUCGAUUUACUUACAACCGUUUCAAGAUCUAGAAUCUUCUUCUUGUAUGGGUUGAUUUCUAUCCUGGUAUACUUAUAUUUCUGAAAUCCAUUUUCUGUACCUACACAAACAAUAAUAAUAAAUAGUAAAAAUACAAUAAAAUAUUAAAUAAUAAUAAGUACAACGAACUAAACGUAGUUAGGUGGUCUUGGUAACUCAUUAUAAAUCGGAAAUCAUUUAUACUCUAUGAUUGCAUAUCUAUUAAAUCCAGUUGAGCUCGUGAGUUGUAUGCCGAAUGUAAAAUAGGUUUUGAUACAAGCCCUCUUUUUGGAUUUGAAGAUUUUUUAUGGCAAUCAAAACAUAGGCCAUUAAAUAAACCAUUAUUUUUUUUUUUGUCACAUUCGCGUAUUUUAAUUUAAAUUCAACCAUUAUACGGUCUCGGCCUUCGUGGCCGAUUGAUGUAUGUGUAGAAUGAAUGAUAUCAAACAACUCUUCAUUUUUUACCUAAUAACGCACACCCUCUAUCGCAUUGAUUAUAGUUUUAAUAAGACGAUCUUUACCAUUGACAACAAGAAUAUCGUACCUACAAACAUUCCAAUAAUUUUUCGAACACUUUUUUUACUCCAGCCGUAGAUAGCGUAAUUUUAGAUUGUUUUAUUUCUUCGAUCUAUUCACAAUAUUCAUCUUUAUUGAAAAAAAAUUUGUUGUCGUUUCGUUUAGUUUCAAUUAAUAGUGAAAUUGCGUUAUCAAAUUGUAUACGCAUUUCAAUUAAAUACAUUUUUAAACAGAUUAUUAAACACAAUAUCAUUACACUUUGCUAUGCACUAUUUAAAUGCACUAACAGUACUGUGCAUAACGAUACCCCAGCUAUGUAGUACGAUCAUUUUUCAUUUGUCAAUUUUAUUAUAAGUUAUAAGCAAUAAAAACGAUAACGUAAAACCGGGUAUACCGUACAUACUAUAGGUAUCUAUGUUCCACAAUCAGAUCGAUCACUGAUAAAGCGGUGUUGAUAUUUGUUUCGAUGCGGAUUUAUAACAUUAUCUAAUAUAAUACGGACAUCUUGAUAAAACUACGAAAUUGACCUUUCCAGUCGUCAACAAUGACUGAAUUAUCAUCUUUUCCAGUAACAUAUAUAUAUAUAUAUAGAGAGAGAGAGAGAGUUGAAACUAGAAUAUUAGUCUAUCGUGUAGAAAUCGUACAUAAAUAAAUAAACUAUUGAAAUAAAAAAUUAUAACCAUUAGGACAAUAUAUAAUGGUUAUAUAUUUAAAAUAUAUUAAUUAUUAGUUUGAAAAAAUUCAAUAGUCAUAAUUUUGAUUUUUUGAAUCACCCAUAGUUAGUUUACAGUUUUUCAAAUUUUUUACUCCAAACCGAUCGUCAUAACAGCUCUCGCGUCUUUAUAUAAUUGUCUUAUAAAAAAGUCGAGGGGGUAGUUUUUCUCUGUUCUUUUCCCCUCGAUCAUACCUUGCAGAAUGAUGAUUUUCAAUUAUUCUUCCGAGUGUCUCAUUACAAUAUGUCCGUUCAUUUCCCAUCAAUGAAUUUUAAUCAUUUCGAUCAAAUUGCGUUUCUCUCUACCAAUAUUCUCAACAACUAUCUCGUUAUGGUUUUUUGUUUUCCAUCCAACAGAAUAUUACUAUCCAUAUUUCUCACCAUCUAACUACCACCGCAUUUUUAUUACUUCCGAUUUUUUGUUCUCUUCGAUUUUAUAGGUCACAACGCUCUAGACGUAAGUUUUUAUCAGAAUUUAUUCAAUAUUCUAUUAGAAUAAUAAUUAAUUAAAACAUAAUAUGCGUAUAAAUUAUACAGUUUAUUAUGCAUUUAUUAUUAUUAUUCCACAAUAUAAUAUACACUACACUACUCUAAACAAAAUGCUCAUUAUAAUAGAACAAUAAUAUAUUUUAAUUAAUUUUCUUUUUUUAUAGACUCUAUGCAGUAUAUUUUCAAUUAGUAGUUAUGAUAAUAUGCAUUGAUGAAAAAAUCAGUAUAUUAUUGUUCAUCUACAUUACUAAUUUUAAUUAAUUAAAAUCACUCAUACCACUAUAACAGCUGAACUUAUAUAAUAUAAUAAUUGUUAAUUGUUUUAUUAAAAUUAAACGAAACAAUAUUAUUAUAAAUAACGCGCGAACCGCAUAAUUCAAACAAAACUGAUUUCUGCAGGCCACUACUGCAAGUAUAUUGAAUACUUUUGAUUUGUUAUUAUUAUGUCGCGUAUCCGUUAAUUAAUAAUAUUUGAGUUUGUAUAAUAAUAGUUUUCGAAUUUAUAUUUAUGUCGAUAUUUUUCAAUAAAUUCUUCCCUUUUAAAACACAGCAAUUACAAAUGUCUACAUUACAGAAUAUUAAAUUACACUGGCAAUUAUUAUACUAUUACAAUUAUUAUAUAUAUUAUAUUAUUAAAUAUACAUAGGAUUAUAGUCGUAUAGGCAUAAUCUUUUUCUCUUUUUGGUCUCAUAAAUCCCCGAGAGCAAUAGCUGCCGUUAUCGUGGACAGUUUUUCUUCAACCUUCUACAUCUAACAUUCUUAGAUCUUGAUUUACACCAAUCGCAUUCUUGGUCUUUCAUGGUCUUUGAUACUUCUCGGACUUCUCUCGGCUGUUUAUUCGCAUCGCGUGUUCGAACCAUUGCAAUAUCGGACCCUUUACGUACUAAAAUUGAUUACCUAAUUAAUUUAUAAUUUGCGUAGUUUCACAAAUGUCAUCAGCGAUUAUUCCCCAACGCCAGAGAACACUCUAUUUUAUUAUCUUAUACCUCAAACUCACUUAACAAUUUAUUCCAAUAUUAAUUUUUCAAAUGACAAUUAUUUAUUUUCUAUCUGUACUGCAUUCAUACACACCUCCUCGUAGCUAUAUGUAAACUUUCGUCUAACUAUAGCUUAACCGUAUACAGUGUUAAAGUUGAUCUUAUUUAGGUAUAAUACUUAAAAUAAAACAAUUGCCCUACAUGGUACCAUUAUUUUAGGAAUGGGAUUUGUUUAAACAUAACCUAACCAAAGGCUAUUUGUAUUUUUUCUAACCUAACCCAUUAUUAAUGUAUAACAUAUUCGGUAAUAACAUAAUGGGCAGCACCUAACCUAACCUAAUCUUUCGAACAACCCUUCUGACAGUAAUCCUUGAAUUCUUGAAGUAUUCAAACGUAUGUAAUGUCAAUCUCAAAAAUAAAACUCUUAUUUACAUAUUAUGCCUAUGCUUCUACACGAGCCUGCAAAACUCUGUGGGGAUCUGCAGUUAAGCCCUAUUGGACAUUAAGCCAUACGUUUCAAUUUAAAUGUCUCCGUCGAAAUUAUACGGUCCUAUAUAUUAGGUCUCUUAUUCUUCACAAAUACGUCUCUAUUCCGACAGUUUGUUAAAACGUUCUUCUAUAUACAACAUGUUUACUCCAACUUGUCAAACCCUCGAAAUCCUUUCUCAUUUCCGACCUAUCCCGAGUUAAUCCCCGAACGUACCUAAAUGGUAUCGCGACUUGUUAGGUUUAGAAUAAACCCACUCUUUAUACAUAGAUCGGUCAAUGGUGGAUGGAUAUUAUCUUCAUAUGUCUUCUUGUAGGAUCAGGGGAAGCGAAAUUUCACGUCGGAAAUAGUUACUGUAGUUUUACGGACAAUAUUUCAGUUUUACAAGAAUAUUGAUCCGACCGAAAUGUUCAUGCUAAAAUAAAAUUAUUUUUCCUAAAUAAUACUUGAAGUAUACUUCUAGUAUACUUCAUUUUUGUACAUUAAUUAAGUUAUUAAGUUAUUAUUGAUAUAUUGCCGUCUAAUUAAACACAUUUAUUUUAGAUAUUUUUAUUUUUCAAAAAUAUUAACUUGAUAUAAAACCUAACCAAGUCUAACCUAUUUAUACUUAAUACCUUACUUUAAUAAAAUUUAAAACAAUAAGAAUUCAAAUCGCUACCUAUUCAAUAUUAUUUAGCUAUUUGAAAUUAAAUAAUAUAAUACAACGAUAAUAUUUGCAAUACGUUUAUUUCGCAUAAAAUAUAAUAUAUAGAAAACAAACUAAUUAUUGUAACAUAAUUUGUAUUAUAGCCUCAUAAUAAUAUGAUUAUCAUAACACCAACCUUAAUCUAACCCUAUAGAUAUAUUAUACGAAAUACUGUUUUCUGAAAUACUGAAUUUCCGAAGAAGUAAAAACAAAAAGGUUAAAAAAACAAAGAGGCUCUUCACCACGACACGAACAUUAUUAUACUAAAAUGUAUAAUAUAAUACAGCGUAUCACGAAUAUCUGACAAACGCAAAAACGUUUGCCCUAUUUUAUAAAGUUUUAAAAAAUAAUAAUUAUUACACUCUUUUGCUCUACUAAUUAUUAUAAUGUAAAAAAAAAAAAUACGCUGUUAAAUAUUUUACAGUUUUUUUUUUUUUUUUGAAAAAUUUCAAUUAGGUGGAAGGUAGUUCAUCUUUUACUAUUUUGUAAGGCUAUUUUUGGAUGCUUUCAACAGCUCCCUAUAGACUAAAUGAGCUCAAUUUUGGAAAUUAAAAUUUUUUUAAAGGUGGUUUGAAGUGAUACAAUUUCGGUUGGAUUUCACUAUUUUUUUGCUUAAGAAUAGUGUUUUUUUAGUUUGUACAUUCCAAAUGAAACCAGGGGAUGAUAUUUUGUGUAUUUAUGGUAGAAGCCUCAAAAAUGUGUCUUUUGGGGGUUUAAACUCUUAACAAUCUCCCCAACGGUUUUAUGCUUAAAUAUUGCAUGUUUUCAAAAAAAAAAAAUACUGGAUUUUAAUAUCCCUACAGACAAAUAAAGUAUAAUAGAACUCAGAAAAUCGUAACUAUUUUAGAUCCAUUAUAAAAAAUGAAGAAAUAUUUUAACAAUGACAAUUCGGCUGAAGGGAAAAUUCGACUCUAAUGACGGAUCUCACGAGUGUUUAACUUUUAUAAUAAUAACAAAUCAAUGCCACUAAAAAUGUUAUAAAUGAUUUUAAAAUACCUACAUUAGGUUAAAGCCCCGAGCGUCUUUCGUUGUUAGGACAAAAGCGUGUUUAAAUUUUUAGCGCUCUUUCAUAAGAACACAUUUUUGUUUUUUACAAAACACUGGAAUUUCGAGUUGCACACUUUACGUUUUUUAAUACACACUUUGAUCUCUAAAAUACAUUAUUUACGUUCUGCUAAGCUAAUGUAAUCUCUAGGAUGGACUUGAUAUUUAAAAAAAAUCUGUUAUUUUACCAUGUUUUAAAAUAUUAUGAUGUCCUCUUAAUAUGUGGCACUUGUCAAAGCCAAUGUCCCCCCCCUCCAAAUACAUUCCUGCGUUUAAAAAUAAUAAUAUGUAACAUACUGAACAUAUUUUUAAAAAAUGAAUACUUUGACGAAAAUUCUCGCAGGAAAAACAUGUUGCCUGCUGUGCUUCCUUCCUACGCACACAUAUGAUAAUAAUUAUCGCUUUUUGUUGUUACCCGAUUUGUCCAAUUGUUAUCAUAUCAUAAUAAUACAGAUUUUGUGUGUAAUAUUAUUAUUAUAUUAUCGGCGUACGGCCCCAUUUCGACAUACAAAUGACACACAAGAUCGCUUCAAAAUUACAGGGACGCAUUACUACCGUAUACCUGUCAUCGUGUCUACUGAACCGGUCGAAAUCUUAACUUUACCAUGCUAUUUCGGUAUGGAAAAUAUUUUCGGUAUGACAAAAAAACCAACACACGCGUACACACAUGAAAUUUAAAAAAUUGUUUCAAUAUUCAUCCACGUGGAAUCUGUUUUUAACAUUUUUUUUACGUUUAUUUUUAAACAAAAAUAAUAAUAAUAAACCUGCUAGCAAAGAACCGAGAAAAUCGGAAAAAUCAGAAAAUAAUAUGACGACGACGUAAAAAUAAGACGACUGAAAUUGCAAUAAAAAUUACGAGACUGCGUAGUAUUACGCAACAUUAAAAACAAAAUCUAACAUUUUAAGGGUUGAGAGGUUAAAGUUUACCGCCCGGUCGCUAUAUCACUCGCAUUUCGCAAUGCACCAAAAAGUACCAUGUAUAUGUAUAUCGUAUAUAAUGUUUGUUCGCUUUGUAUAGUACAAUAUUUGUCUAUAUAUCGCACAUAGAAUUAUAAACUUUCCCUUUGAACAUUUCCGUCCGUGACGAUCUUGGCAUAAUAUUACUAUAAGUAAUAAUAAUACUAUUGUUGAACUUUGUAUCGUCUAUUGGUUUUCGACUAUAAAAAAAAAAAACAUACAUACAUAACUCAAGUCGAAUCCUGGAGAACUUCAAACCACUCUCAUCUAAAAUCGAUCCUCUAAGAUCGAUUUUAUUAUUUUAUACUGUAUAGUAUCUAUAUAUUUAUAUGGAUACUAUAAAGUACCGCGGUAGGUACACAAUCAAUAUUAUUAUAUACAAUUCUAUUUUGUUGUUUAAUCCCGCGGUCGUCUUUGAAACGUUGCAGCAUUUAGUAAAUAAUACAAUAUUGUUUAUUGGUCAAUGUUUGUUCAAUUAUUUAUUAUACACACUUGGAACCGGAUUUAUAUGCAAUUAAAAUCUACAACAAAACUCUUAAAAACGUCAAUGAAAAAAUAUUGAAAAAAAAAAAUGAAUUAAAGGGUUUUAAAAAUCUCCUCUUUAGUAGCGUUAAUUUGUAUACAGUGAAACCUCUAUAUAGUCAUCGUGGGCAAUAAUGAAAUGUCCACUGUAAGGUGUUGUCCAGUGUUGAGUAAACCUCUACAUAGUGGAUAUUAAUGAGGAAUUACAAAACGUCCAAUAUACCAUAUAGUGACUAUAGAAAGGUGCUAUAAGGAAAAAUUAUAAAAUAUAUAACAUAAGUAUACAACCAAAGUUUAACACGCAUUAAAAUCGGUAUUAUUUAUUAUAGUUUAUAAAAAGUUAACUGUUAUUUUACUGUACUGUAGAUGAAUCUAUUAAAUGAUAUUAUAAGUACGUAUAUACGUAUGUAUAUUUGUGUAUUAAAAAGCUAGUAUUUUUGUAGGAUCAAAAUAAUUAGUUACUUUUUUUGUCGAAUUUUUCCCGAAAAUAGAAAAUAUUGCAUGGUAUUGUACUAUUUUAUUUAUUUAUUUAUUUAUUAUAAUAAACGGGUUUGAAACCCUUUUGAAAAUUUGUACAAACAAUUAUAUAAUUACAUUAACGACAGUAUAUAUAUAUAUAUAUCUUGUACUAAUUUUUCCCGAUACAUUUGGAUACAACUUUUAGCGGCUCCCUCUGGAUCAAAAUAGCUCAAACUCGGAAAUUAGAGUUUUUUUUUUACAAGCGGAUUGAAGUGAUCAAAUUUUUAUCGAUACCCAAAAUGAAACCAAGUUACGGCAUUUUGUGUGUGCGUGGUGUUAGUAUCAAUGAUAUGCUUUUGGUGGUUACAACUGCCCCCUCCCCUUUUCCAAUCAUUUUUAUGCUCUGAUUUCAUGUUUCCACAAGAAAUAGCCGGUUUCAAAUACACAUCUUAGCUCAUGACAGCAAGUAACUUGGUUAAAAUGUGCAAAUAUAAAUAGAAUUAUUUUCAAGAAUAUGUCAAUAGAAGAUUUGAACUUUUAACCCUCGGCCCCAAUGUUUAUUUGUAUGUUAGCGAAAAUCUCCAAGACUACUUUACCUAUUUUGAUAAAACAUUUUUUAUUUAAUUCUUUAUCAGUUAUCAUUAUAUACUUCUUCUUAUCUUUCGCCUUCAUCCCAACUAUUCGGGAUCGGCCACCUAUUUUCUAAAUUUCUACUUCAUCCGAUCUCUCACCUUGCACACAACGGCUGUCCUCAUAUAAUUCUCAGUCGCAUCCAACAUUUUUCAAUAUACCUCUUCACCUAUUUCCCGCUGUAGUUAUUUUCAUUACAAUUCUUAUUGCUUCAGAUUCCUCUCUCUCCUUGACAUGCUCAAAUAAUCUCAGUUAAUUCCGCCUCAUUUUGUCUACUAUCGAAGCCACGCCUAAACUAUCUCUGAUGCGUACCUACUUGCCCCUUAUCCUAUCUUCUCUCGUCACUCCACUCAUCCAACCAAGUAUUCUUAUAUCUGCUGUACUCAUUCUCUGUUCUGUUUUUCUCUCUACUACCCAACAUUCCGAACCAUGCAACAUAGUCAGUCUCACUACACUUUUGUAGAACUUAAAUUCAAAUCUCGUUAGAAUUCUCUUGUCACAUAAAAUACCUGACGCUUCUCUCCAUUUUAUCCAACCAUAACUAAUCCUGUAUUUCACAUCCUCAUGAAAAGCACCGUUUUCUCAAAAACCUCUCUAUCGUUUUUGUUUUCUUUUUUUUUUAUUCCAUUGCGUUUUUCAGGACUUUUUGACAUUUUUAGACGUUUUUUUGCGGACUUAAAGUGCAUAUGAAUCCGUUUCCUAUAUAUUAUAUCAUAUAAACGGUCGUCUAACGAUCAUACCAUAGACGAUUUUCAUUAUGUUUAGUAUAAUAAACCGUCACAAUAAUAAUAAAUAGAUAUCGCGUAAAUCGACAUUACGUUAUAAUAUUAUCGUUAGCCGGGUCCCGCAAUCUUUUUUAACGAUCUGAUAAAUAGUGAUUAUGUGCACUAAGUCCGUCAGGCUUAUAUAACGGGUAUACCGAGAGUAAUCUAACCCGUCAAACGAAAUAAGACCGCGGAGGUUUAAAUUUUAUCGUGAAAAAAUACUUUCGUCGAGCUUUUCUCCGCGGCAAAUUAAUAUAUAUAUAUAUAUUAAAAAUAAUUAUCCGCGCGGUUGCUUUUUCCGGAAAAAACUUUCUUUCUGAAGAAUAAAAAAAAAAAAAGAAAAGGAAAAGUAAUCAAAUUUAAAACUGGCGUCAUAUUAUAAGAAAAAGAAAACUAAUUCGAGUUCGGUUCCACCCUACUCCGAUUUUAAUUAUUUACGUUAACCUACUACUUUCGAAUACACACUACUAAAACUAUUUUUUCGAUCGAGUAUUAUUAUUCGAUUAGUAUUCGUAUACUAUACCUAUAUACGCGUCUAUGCGCAUAUUUAGACCAAGAGAUGUGUAAUUUAUGUUUUUGGUAAAAAAAAAAAAAAAAAAGAAUCUCCAACGACGUUGAGGGCUUUUCGACACUAUAUGUUAUGUAUAAUCAGUUUGGCAAAUCGAAAAAUAAUAAUAUAAUAUACAUAAACGCACAUACGACACACGUGUAUAACAUUCUCAUAUACGGUGUCGCGAGAAUAAAUGUAUAAAAUAUAUAUAUACAUUUACCUACUCACAAUUUGUCCGCGUUUACUUUUCGAAAGUGUUCAUCGCUACACGUACUUGUACAGCGAUACAGCGUAAAAUUCCCACCGUACCUAUUAUUAUUAUUAUUAUUAUUAUUAUUAUUAUUAUUAUUAUUAUAAUCGCUAAACACGGUGUACGAAUUUAUUCGAGUGACUGCGUAUUAUAAAACGUAAGCGAAACGCACGUUAAGUAUGAAUUCGAGUUGUAGAAUAUUCUACGGGUAAGUACUUAUUAUACCUGUAUUACAGAACUCUCGUAUAGUUUUCGCGUUUCCUGCAGUUUUAACCGCCGAAAACAUAAAAAAUGCAAAACCCAUUAGCUUAUUUAGCUUUGUUCCGCCCCAAGGCUACUUUUUUUGUUUUUUAAUCGUUUCCUCCGGAACAGUCACGGUUUCCUCGCCGCCCGAAAAACUCGUGUAAUAUUUAAAAUGUACACGGUAAUACGCAUUAGUUCGAUACUAUUUUUACCGGCAAAAUAUUUGAAAAACAAAUACGCCGCACCUCCCGAAACCACCUCCCUAGAAUUCAGCCUGCAUAACCUAUCGUCAUAGAUGUAUUCACCGUUGGCAAAACCUAUUACAAUGCAAUCGCACCGUCGUGAUACGUCUUGCACUCUGACGUUGUCGUUUCCGCAGCAUUCACUUGCGUUAUUUGAUUAGAUUUCUUUAGUUUUCUUCAUUUCGGAACCGCUAGGUACCUGUUCAUACGCAGGUAUCCGCAAAACAAUUCGUAUUACAUAAUUAUUGGAUCUCGUGUGUUUUGUUGUCGUUUCAGAAGCACAAGCGAGAGAGCUCGCCGGACUCGUUAGGCGAACCGAUCCGCAACGGAGAGCUGAUCGAGGUGCAGAUGGAACAGCGUCGUCCCGCCGUCAGGACGACGGGCGAGAGCAGCGGCACCGGCGGCGGCGGCAAGUCGAGUAACUCGCUCGACUACAACAGUUGCGACAUGCCGUCGGCGGCCGGGGCGUCGUCGUCCUCGUCGAUGUGCGCUUCGGCGAUCGCGACCACGGCGGCGGCCGGAAGCAGUAGCGGCAUCGUCGGCGGAGGCGGAGCCGGUGACGCGUCCACUUCCGCGGCUGGCUGCAACAAUCCCAAUUCGAGCGCGUCAUCCGUCGUGGUCAACCUGCCCACGUCCUAUCCCAACUCGGAAAUUGAGUAUGGGUCGGCCUCGUACCCGCCGUCCCCGUCGUUGUCGUCCAACAACGACAAGCCGCAAGUACGCAUCACGUUCCUCUAGCCGCCGCGGAGGCUGCCGUCCUUCUCCGAUCCAUAGUUUUAUGUUAUUAUUAUUUUAAUUAAUUAACUAUUAUUAUUAUUAUUAUUUUAUUAUUAUUACGUUUUCAUAUCUGUUUUCGUUAUCGUUUGUUCGUCGUCGCCUUAGACUCAUGAUUACACUUAACUUAAAUUAACCGGGUCGCGGUCUUGGAAGACACCGGUAACCAAUCGCUACAUCUCGACCGAAUAACGCUUAAUGUUGUAUUAGGAGGUACCUAUAGCUAUUAAAAUUCGGUCGCGUUCGGAAAGACGCUUGUGGUUACUACAGUGUCCCUUAUUAUUCGUAGAGGUCGAAAAUUCCAUUUCGUUUUUUUUCUCGCCUCGCCCCCUUGUGAACGAUUAUUAAAUCAGAUAUUGAUAUGUACGCAUGCUCAACAGUCGUACAAUUGGACAAAGUUAUCGGGUGCU